GGCUGUGUCACUUUAAAAACCCAAGAGGACUUCCCUCUGUUUGGGUUUAGCCACCUGUCGGGACAGUUGUGGACUUUUGAAAAGGGGAGAUUUGGAUUACAGCAAGAACCUGUGUGUACUAAGCUUUGUUCUGACCUUUCUGGUUCUUGGACGUGUGGACUUGACGGGAGAAUGUCCAGUGAAGGUGAUGCUGGAGGUCAGCCUUCCACAACAACAAUCAGCACAGUAGCUGUACAGGCUGGAGACUCGCAGAUUGUUGUAGCAGUGCUGAAGUGUGGCGAGCUGGUGCAUCUACAACUGACUGAAGCACAACCCAACCUGCUGGAGAUUGGAAACAACCAGGAUGAGACCAAAAAGCUUCUAGAGGAACAUGAGCAGCUCCUUGCCAAACUUAAGAAAAAUGAAGGAGGUGUGUGGGCUUUGCUGGAGGAGGCUGAUAAAACAGCAGCUCAGAAGGAAGGAGAGGAGCUGGUUUACAAGGCCAUGGCGGUCUCUCUCAGCGAGGCUUGGAAAACACUGGUGGCCCACCUGGAAAAGAGGAGAUCACUCCUGAUCUUGGCAUGCCAUUUCUUUGAGUGUGCUCUGGAGUUUGCCAUUAGGAUAGAUGAAGCUGAAGACUUUCAGAGUGUUGGCCAGAAAUUAAUCACUGCAGACAACACGGAUGAACUGCUUCAAAGACACAGCACUAUUAGAAGAGAGAUGUUGGAGAAGUCAAUGCUGGUGUUGAAUAAGAGUCGCGAGUUGCUGGAAUUUUUGAAGGACUUCCAGUCCCUGCAAGCCCUGCAGUAUGGCAGAGCUUCUCACGGGGCCUGGAGCAGCUUUGGAAAGGUGGAAGGUUUAAUGGAGAUUCUGCAGGACAGACGCCGGCAAGUGGACCUUUGCAUGAGACAACAACAGCAUGAGCUGGAAAUGAUCUACCGGAUUCGACAAUGGGAGAGACAGGAACAGGAGGUAACACAGUGGUUUAAGGAAAAGGCUACUUUGUUUCUGGAAAACAGUCAGCUGGGUUCAUCUCUGUCGGAAAAUGAGGACUUGUUACGUGAAUACAAAGAGUUUGAACAGAAAGCCAAGGAGUGGGGUGUGCUGGUCGAGAGGUUGUUACAGCAGGCGUCAGAUCUGCUUUCCUCAAAUGAGUCCACACAACUUCAGCACUUGUCAGAGAAGAGUGAAAAGCUCAAAGCUACGCACGAGCAGUUCUGGAGCCUCAUGAUGAAUCGUCUGGCUCAUCUGAAGGAGAGCAAUGCCUUUUACAGCAGUGCUAAUAAAGCAUUUGAGAUGCUGGGCACCAUAGAGAUUGCUAUAAAGGAACUGAAGAAUCAACCUCUGCCAUUACCUGCACUGGCUAGGAAACAUGAAGAGUUUUCACGGCAUAUAAAAGACACAUCCGCUGAGCCUCUUCAGAGAGGUCAGCUGUUAAUUCAAAAGCUCGACCCACAAAGGGCCCAAGGUGGAGGGCUGCAAAGGAUGCUGGGAUACAUCAAAGAGAGAAUAGAGGUUCUGAGCCAUGAGUGUCACGCCCACAGAGAGUUAACAGGCAAAAGGCAGCAGCUGGUGGCUUCAUUUGAAGAACUAGUGGAAAAGGUAUCUGCUUGGAUUAAAAGCAGCAACAGUGUCCUCUCUUCUAGUACAGAGCCUGGUUCAUCUCUAACUGAGGCUGAGGGCACCCUUAACAAGCAUGUUGAGCUACUCUCACAGUCUCAGGAUGCUGUGAGAGAAUCAGAGGAUAUAGCUGGUUUUGUAAAGGAACUAAAGGGGCUGGAAUCCUCAGAUACAGUCGAGUUGUCUAACAAAGCUUCACUUCUUGCAGAGGAGAUGAAAACACUUGUUAGAAACAUUUCAUCACAUGUGGAAAGUCUCAGACCCUAUGUGGACUUUCUGCGCUGUGCAGAUGAGGUUGAGGAGCAAAUAAGGACACUUCAGGAAUGCUACAAGAACAGGCCAGAGGAAGAGGAGGAAAAUGAAGGAGCAGGUGCAUCCAUGAAGGAUAUGUUAGAUGCUAAGUGGCAGUCAUUGCUGCAGAAGUUUUUCACCAUGCAGGACCUGGGCAACAAUUUUAUUAACUCCUCUAACAUGAUCAGUGGCAACCUGAAUCUAAACGUUAAAGCAGCAGAGCAUGUUGUAGAAAAAUAUAUGGAGACACUGACCAAGAAUAAAUCUGAACUAGCAGACUUGUGGACAUCCUGGCAAUUGCAUUAUAGUCAGAUCAAAUCUGUAAAGAAGCAAUGGAAAAAAAUUAAGGAUCAACUAAAAAAGGUUCUUCAUGAUUUAAGGGCAAUGGAGGAGAUUUUUGCUCCAGCAUCAAAGGUUGAUUUGGGGGGUGAUUCUCAGGCUGUGUCUAAACUACAGGAGAACUUCAAAACUGUAAAGCCAGAAUUCCUGCAACUGAAUGCAGAAGUGGAAUUCCUGGUUAAGACAUCUGAGCUGCUCAGCUUGAAGGGAAUACCGGUAAAAGAGAAGAACGAGAGAGUUUCUGAGCUCCUGCAGCUACAUCAGCGUGCCAGAGAUAAAAUCAGGGAGUAUGAAACCGUUCUCAGUAUGGCCGGUAAAUUUCAUCAGCUUUAUCAAGAGCUGGAUACUGUAUUACAUGCAGAACCAGUGACUGUGUUCAGUGACACCAGCCAGGCCAGGACUCAGUUGACCCAACACCAAGAGAGGCAGAGGCACAUUCGCCAUCUAUACAAGCUCGCUCUCUCGCUGGGUGCAGAUCUCACCAGCACUGUGCAGCAGUCGCGUCUGCUGGUGUUGUCAGUGCAGCAGUUACAGGAGAAACUGGAUAAAUUGGAGAGAGGAAGCGUUGAAUGGAUUACUGAGGCCAUCAAGUGUGAAGAGAGUUUGAUGAGCAACGUCCACUUCUGCCUCUAUAAGGAAGAGAUCGGUGAGCUGAGAGAGUCCUUUAAAGAUCUCAAAAAGAAAUUCAACAAUUUGAAAUUCAACUACAUGAAGAAAAAUGAGAAGUCGAGAAACUUAAAGGCAGUGAAAAAUCAGAUCCAGCAAAUUGAGAUUUACAUUGAAAAACUACAGGUUUUGAAGAAGAAGCUGCAAGCCUUCACUCUGAAAGUAUCCAGCAGCAGUGAGAGGCAUUUAAUUGGCAACAGCCUCAGAGAGAUUGAGGAUGCCUUAAAUGAGCUGCAGAGACAGGUGGGCGAUUUUGACAGGGCGGUGGAGGAGUACAAACAGAACCUGGACAUGAAUGUCAAGCUCCAGCAAGCCUUAGAGGAGUAUCAGUUCUGGUGCGACGAAGCAAGCUCCACAAUUGUACGUGUGGGUAAAUAUUCAUCUCAGUGUAAGACUAAGGAAGCAGUCAGCUCUCUCUACAAACAGUUUGAAAAAUUUGUGUGGCCCACAAUCCCACAGCAAGAGGAGAGAAUUAGCCAGAUCACAGAGCUGGCAGUAAGGCUACAUGGUGCUGAAGAAGGAAAGAAAUAUAUGGAGAAAACAAUCAACAAACACCAUGAAAUUGUGGAAUCAAUAAAAGAACUGUCAAAUGGACUGCUGGACCUUGAGGCCAAACUUCAGUUGGAGACCUUGAAACAGCCUCUAUCACCUGAAGACAACAACAAACGGGACACCAUUGAUACGCCUGAACCAAAGGAAAGUGGACAUACCCCUGAGAUGACAGGCCCACACUGUACUAAAGAGAUGCCUGUCGGCAAGAAUCCAGAAAACAAGAAACCUCAGCUUCGCAAGACACAAUGCCAAGAUCUCCCAGACAAACAUCAUCCAGAGCAUCAAAAAGUGCUGUCAGAGACCAGGUUGUACACACAGGAGGCCUUUUCCAAGACCAGCGAAGCGGAGACCAUCACGAGCAAAUCUACUAUAGAGAGGAGAGAAGAGAUGCACACCUCUUUCUCUCACUCCCACACCAUUAAUGUAAGCCAUUCCCCAGCAGAGUGGGAUAAGAGGAGUCACAUUCUGCAGCAAACCAAGAAAGACUCACAAGAAACCCCACCUCCGCGGGAUCCAGGCGUAUCACGCCCCAGCAUCAUAGACAUCCAAAGGGAGCUGCAGUGUGCUGUUCAGAAGACCAACUCUGAGGACAAGAAUCAGGCUUGUAGUAGAAAUCAUCCUUUUCACUCAUAUUCCAAGAAUUCUGCUCAUCAUUCUUUAGAGGAGGAAUAUUUACCACAUGCGACACCAGAGCCAUCAGCUCCUGUACCUGAAGAUGACUUCCAGCCUGACCAUCUCACUGAGGAAUCGCUCUCCAAUGAUGAGUACGAAUGCACCUCCCCAGAUGACAUCUCCCUACCUCCUUUAUCCGAGACUCCAGAAUCCAACAUUAUUCAGUCAGAAAAUGACCUUGAUGACGGCUAUUGCGUGAGCUCUCACAGCCCUCGCAUUAACCAGUACAGCCACCAGUCUCACUCCCAGCACGGCGACACACUACACCAGAGGCAGCGGGAGUGGAUGUCGAGUCAGGCCGAGAGCUAUCCAUCUCCCACCACUGGCUUGGGGGCCAGGUUCAGAGCAGAGUCGUCCUCUUUUGUUCAAAGCCCCCUCACAGUACCUGCCCCUAGCCUUGUAUCAAACACCAUAUCCAGCAUCUUAAAAAGCAAAUCUGGCAACCCACCACCAAGCAGCAUCACUGAAACACUUCACUCAGUGCAUGAGAGUCGUACCGAGAUGCAAAAGUGUGUGCAUGAUUCAAGUACGAGUCUAGGUCGGCCCAAUAACACGCAUGCUACCCCUACUCAAUUAACCACAGAACAGGACUCGGAUCUCUGCAAGCCCACAGCCAUCCGAGAAGAGAUCAGGUGGGCAUCUUCCAAAAAGGUUAUGGGAAAAUUGGCAGGCGGCACAGGCCCUAACUUCUCCAAACCCUUGUCUAAUGCCACAGUAAUGGAGGGCUCUCCGGUGACCCUGGAGGUGGAAGUCACUGGAUUCCCUGAGCCUACGUUAACCUGGUUCAAGAAUGGACACAAACUGGCCAAUGAUGAGCACAUAGAACUAUCCCAUAAAGAAGGCAAACAUGCAUUGUUCAUUCACAGCUCUGCAGUGAGAGACUCUGGGCAGUAUGUGGUCACUGCCUCAAACUCAGCUGGCACUGUCACGUCCAGCUCCAUGCUGCAGGUCAAAGCUGAAACUGCACCACCAAACUUCAUUCAGAGACUACAGAGUAUGACUGUGAGACAAGGGAGCCAAGUGAGACUAGAUGUUCGAGUGACAGGAAUCCCUGCACCUGUGGUGAAGUUCUACAGAGAGGGAGCUGAGAUUCAGAGCUCUGCUGACUUUCAGAUUGUUCAAGACGGAGACCUUUACAGUUUGUUGAUUGCCGAGGCCUUCCCAGAAGAUUCUGGAACUUAUUCCGUCAGUGCUUCUAACAGCAGUGGACGUGCAACUUCAACUGCUGAGUUGCUCGUUCAGGGCGAAGAAGAAGCUGUACCUGCAAAGAAGCCAAAAACUAUUAUUUCAGCUUCUCAGAUUUCACAGACCCGACAGACUAGAGUGGAGAAGAGGAUGGAAGCUCAUUAUGAGGCCACAGCCAUGAUGCACAUGCAAGUAGAGGGUGGGGUUGUGACCAAACAGCUGGCACAUAAGACUCCACCUCGUGUGCCGCCUAAACCAACCUCCAAAUCCCCCCCUUCACAAGUGACUAAAGUGUCAGCUGCUCGCCAGCAGUCUCCCUCUCCUGUGAGGCAUGUUAAGGGCCCGACACCCACUCCUGUCAGUGAUUGCUCUUGCCAGGGUGAUGGGAAAAAAGCAGAAGCCGUGGCCACUGUGCUUGCUGCUGUUGAUCAUGCACGUAUACGAAAGCCCACGCAUGCUGAAGGGGCUCAGUUGGAAGAAGAGGCUGACAUAAGACAUCAGGAAAUGCUAGCAACUAAGCAACAGGUCACAAGUAAAAAGGAGCUGUUGCUAAUUCCCACUGAAAUGCCAACGUCUACUACCGAGAAGAGUGUACAUGUCACCCAGAUUCAAAGAACUACUGAGGUUAGCUCCAAGGUGGAGACUGACCUUGCACCAUCCCCAGUUCCACAUUUCACAGUAUCAAAAGUUACUGUACCAAAACCAGAUCAUAGGUAUGAGGUUUCAAUAGCAGGUUCUGCUAUUGCCACACUACAAAAAGGGUUAUCCUCAACAACUGCAGCUCAAAAGAUCAUCAAGCCUGUCAAGCCUCCAACACAUAAGAUUGUGGAGACUCGUGUGACCCCAGAGCCGACUCCUCCUCCUUUUAGAGACACUGCAGAGAGAUAUCAGGCUCAUUUUGAAACAGAGUUACACAGAAAGAUAGGCGUUUCAUUUGCUGGGGAAGAAUGGGACACAAAGGUUGUUGAGACUGCAGCGAUCCCCUCAGCUAUCAAAGAGCCUGUAGUGCCCCCUACGUUGAUGGCAGGUUUGAAGAAUGUGAAUGUCACAGAGGGAGAGUCUAUCACUCUGGAGUGCCAGAUUUCAGGCCACCCUACCCCAGCCAUCAUGUGGUUCAGAGAGGAUUACAGAAUUGAGCACUCCAUUGACUUCCAGAUCACUUAUGAAAACAGCUAUGCCCGCUUGGUGAUCCGUGAGGCCUUUGCUGAAGACAGUGGCCGCUUCACUUGCACUGCUACCAGUGAGGCUGGAACUAUCAGCACCUCAUGCUACCUGCUUGUCAAAGUGUCUGAGGAGAUUGAGAGCAGAGAGGACAUUACUGUCCAGGAGAAACAGACUUUCAUUGAAGCCAAAGAGGAGACCAUUUCUGAAAUAAGUGCGGUCUCUGUGGAAACUGGAGCACCUGCUGCUCCUUUCUUUGUGAAGAAGCCAGUGGUUCAGAAGCUGGUCGAGGGGGGCAGUGUUGUCUUUGAGUGCCAGAUCGGAGGAAGCCCUAAGCCACAUAUUUACUGGAAGAAGAGUGGAGUUCCACUCACUACUGGAUACAGAUAUAGAGUUAGCUAUAACAAGGAUACAGGGGCAUGUAAGUUGGAAAUUUCUAUGACAUUUGCUGAUGAUGCUGGAGAGUACACCAUCUUUGCCAAGAACCAACAUGGAGAGGUGUCUGCUUCCACGAGCCUUCUUGAAGAAGAGGAGUUUGAAGUCUAUAUGAAGAAACUGGAUGUGACAUAUGUAACGGAAGUGACAACAGUGGUGCAGGAGCCCAAAGUGGCAGAUGUGCCCCCUGUACUUGUAAGCGAAUAUGAAAAAGAGAUGAUGCAGAGGAGGAUGGCUCAGCAAACACAGAUGAUGCAGUCCUUCAUCUCAGAGACGGAAUUUCAAAUAUCUGCAAUUGAACGAAAAAUAAUCCAAGAGAUUGAAAUCCGCAUCCUUAAAAUAACUUACCGAGAACUGGUGAUUGAGGAUAGUGAGGAGAUGGUCAUGAAUGUUGCUGAGCAUGAGGCUGUCGGAUCCUCAUUUAGCACUCCAGUCAAAAGCUACAGAAUUCUGGAAGGCAUGGGUGUUACUUUCCAUUGCAAGAUGGAAGGAACACCAUCACCAAAGAUUGCCUGGUAUAAAGACGGUAAGCGCAUUAAGCAUGGAGGCCGCUAUCAGAUGGAGGUUCUACAAGAUGGUAGAGCUAGUCUGCGUCUACCUGUGGUGUUGCCAGAAGAUGAGGGCAUCUAUACUGCAUUUGCUAGCAAUAUGAAGGGUAAUGCUGUCAGUUCUGGAAAGCUCUAUGUGGAGUCCACAGCAGCUGCUCAGCCUUACUACCCACAGGCCGAAGCUGUGAGGAGAGUCCAGUCUACAUCUCCAAUGUCUGCUCGCUCAACUAGUUACUCCCCUGGCCGUUCACCUGCUCGCUCUGUUAGCCGUUCUCCUGCUCGUAGACUUGAUGACACUGAUGAGAGUCAACUGGAGAGGCUAUAUAAGCCUGUCUUUGUACAGAAGCCAUCAUCCUUCAGGUGUUCUGAAGGACAGACUGCAAGGUUUGACUUAAAAGUAGUUGGAAGACCUAUGCCCGACACUUACUGGUUCCACAAUGGACAACAAGUGGUCAAUGACUACACCCACAAGAUUGUGGUAAAGGAGGAUGGUACUCAGUCAAUGAUUGUGGUUCCUGCCAUGCCUCAGGACUCCGGAGAGUGGACAGUUGUUGCUCAGAACAGAGCUGGAAAGACUACAGCAUCUAUGACUCUCACCGUAGAAGCAAAGGAAAAUUUGGUCCGACCCCAGUUCAUUGAAAAGCUAAAGAAUAUCAGUGUUAAGGAAGGAAGUUUGGUUGAGUUGGCAGUAAAAGCCAUUGGAAACCCCCUCCCUGACAUUGUCUGGCUGAAAAACAGUGACAUCAUCUCUCCUCAUAAAUACCCUCACAUCAAAAUUGAGGGUACCAAAGGACAGGCACAUUUCCAGAUUCCUCAGACUGCUGGCUCUGACAGUGCGUGGUACACAGCCACAGCCAUUAACAAAGCUGGCAGAGAUACCACUCGCUGCAGAGUCAAUGUAGAGGUUGAGUUCACCGAACCUGAACCAGAAAGAAGACUCAUCAUUCCCAAAGGAACAUAUAAGGCAAAGGACGUUGCUCCACCAGAAAUUGAACCACUGCAUCUUCGCUAUGGUCAGGAACAGUGGGAAGAGGGUGACCUCUAUGACAAGGAAAAGCAACAGAAGCCACACUUUAAAAAGAAGCUUACAUCAGUCAGGCUGAAGCGAUUUGGACCUGUGCACUUUGAGUGCAGACUGACCCCUAUUGGUGACCCAACUAUGGUUGUUGAGUGGCUGCAUGAUGGCAAGCCACUGGAAGCUGCUAACAGACUGCGUAUGAUCAAUGAGUUUGGCUAUUGCAGUCUUGAUUAUGAAGUUGCUUAUUCCAGAGAUAGUGGCAUCAUUACUUGCAGAGCUACUAACAAAUUUGGUGCUGACCAGACCUCGGCUACACUAAUUGUGAAGGACGAAAAGGGUCUAGUGGAGGAAAGUCAGUUGCCAGAAGGUAAAAUGCACAGAAUGGAUGAAAUAGAGCGAAUUGCCCAUGAGGGCGCACCCUCAGGAGUAACUGGAGAUGACAUGUCAGAGAAGACCAAGCCAGAGAUUGUCUUGCUCCCAGAACCCAUAAAAGUAUUCGAGAGUGAAACAGCCAAAUAUCGUUGUAGAGUGACUGGUUACCCCACUCCCAAAGUCAACUGGUACCUAAAUGGACAGCUCAUUCGAAAGAGCAAACGAUUCAGACUACACUAUGAUGGCAUUCACUAUAUGGAAAUCACUGACUGUAAGUCGUAUGAUUCUGGAGAAGUCAAAGUAUUGGCUGAGAACCCAGAGGGUACAGCUGAGCACACUGUCAAGCUUGAAAUCCAACAGAAGGAAGACUUCCGGUCAAUUUUGCGCCGUGCUCCUGAGAAGGCUCCAGAGGCAUCUGGCCCCGAACCUGGCAGAGUAUCUUUCGAUGUUGUGAAGGUAGAUAAACCUACAGAGGCUUCACAAGCAAAAGAAGUUGUCAGACUGAGGAAGGCUGAGAGAGUUGUUCAUGAAAAAUCCACAGAAGAGACAGAAGAGCUGCGAAGCAAAUUUAAACGCAGGACUGAAGAGGGCUAUUAUGAAGCCAUAUCCUCAGUUGAGAUGAAGUCUCGCAGAAAGGAUGAAUCUUAUGAAGGAAUGCUAAAGAAGAGAAAAGAAGAACUUAUGCACUGGACCAAAGAGUUGACUGAGUCAGAAAAGAAGAAAGAGGAGGAGGAAGGCAAACUUAAAAUUCCUACAAUCAGACCUGAGAAAAUUACACUCUCUCCCAGCAUGGAGGCUCCAAAGAUCUUGGAAAGAAUUCAGAGCCAGACAGUGUCUCUGUCUGAUGAAGUUCGCUUCCGUUGUAGGGUUGUUGGUAAACCAGAUCCAGAGUGCCAGUGGUUCAAAAAUGGCAUUUUACUUGAGAAGUCAGAUCGUAUUUAUUGGUAUUGGCCCGAGGACCAUGUCUGUGAAUUAGUAAUCAGAGAUGUCUCAGCUGAAGACUCUGCUAGUAUCAUGGUCAAAGCCAUUAACAUUGCUGGUGAGGCCUCAAGCCAUGCUUUCUUGUUGGUGCAAGCCAAGCAGCUUAUAUCUUUUACCCAGACACUGGAGGAUGCCUAUGCUAAAGAGAAAGACACAAUGGUAACCUUUGAAUGUGAGACAAACGAGCCAUUUGUCAAAGUCAAAUGGAUGAAGAACAAUGCCGAAAUUUUCUCCGGAGACAAAUACAGGAUGCACUCUGACAGAAAGGUGCACUUCCUAUCUGUGCUGAUAAUCGACAUGCAAGAUGAUGCAGAGUACACUUGUGCUUUAGUUGAUGAUGACCACAUAAGAACUUCUGCCAAACUUCAUGUUGAAGGUGCACCAUUGGAAAUUAUAAAAAAUCUGGAUAGCGUUGAAGUGCCUGAGACAUACUCUGGAGAGUUUGAAUGUGAGCUGUCUCGUGAAGAUGCCGAAGGCACCUGGUACUUUGAGAAUAAAGAAGUUACGCCAAGCCUUAAAUAUGUUGUAUCCUCUCGUCGUGGCCGACACUCCCUGUCUGUAAAAGACGUUAGGAAGGAGGACCAAGGCAAAUACACUUUUAAAGUGGGUGAUCUGAAGACAAGUGCCACACUGAAGAUGAAAUUGCGUCCUGUAACUCUGAUGCAAGGCCUCUCUGAUCUGACAAUUUGUGAGGGUGAUAUUGCCCAGCUGGAGGUGCGAUUCUCUCAGGAAAAUGUGGAGGGAACAUGGAUGAAAAAUGGUCAGCCCAUCUCUGCCACAGACAGAAUUCACAUUGUCAUUGACAAACUUGUCCACAAACUUCUGGUCGAAAAUGUCAACAGGGAUGAUGCAGGAAUCUACUCAUUUGUUGUUCCUAUUCAAAACAUUUCUACAACCGGAAAACUUACUGUCCAAACAAUUGAAAUCAUAUCACCUCUAAAGGAUGUCCAUUCUAUAGAGGGUACGAAGGCAGUACUAGAAGCUAAAAUCUCUGCCUCUGAUGUUGCUUCUGUGAAAUGGUACCAAAAUGACAAGCUCCUUGUGGCUAGUGAGAGAAUCCAGAUGGUUGCCAAAGGAACCAAGCAGAGACUAGUUUUGAAUAGGUCCUUUGCUUCUGAUGAAGGACACUAUAAGAUGGUUGUCGGCAGAGUGGAAACAGCUUGUAAACUUACUAUUGAGAAGGUCAGCAUCAUCAAGCACAUGCAGGACUGUGUGUGCACUGAAACUCAGAAUGUCACCUUUGAAGUAGAAUUAUCCCACACUGGUAUAGAUGCCUAUUGGACCUUCAAGAAUCAGCCUCUCAAGGCUGGACCCAAAUACAAAAUUGAGUCCAAAGGGAAGCACUAUAGCCUGACCAUCAUCAACGCUAUGAAGGAUGAAGAGGGCCAGUAUACAUUUGCAGCAGGCGAAAAGACAUCCAGUGCAAAACUAACUGUAUCAGGUGGCGCUAUAAACAGACCACUCCAUGAUGUGACUGUAGCAGAAUCCCAAACUGCUGUUCUGGAGUGUGAGGUUGCCAACCCCACCUCUGAAGGAAAGUGGCUUAAGGAUGGCCACUCUGUUAACUUUAGUGACAAUGUCAGAAGUGAGGAUAUAGGUACAGUCCGCCGACUUUUCUUUGUUAUCACAAGACCACAAGAUGUUGGGGAGUACACCUACCAAGUGGCAAACUCCAAGACAUCUGCCAACUUAAGGGUUGAAGCUGUGAAGAUCAAGAAAACAUUGAAGAACCAAACAGUCACCGAAACCCAAGAGGCAGUGUUUAGUCUUGAACUGACUCAUUUAGAUGUGAAAGGAUCCCAGUGGAUCAAGAAUGGAAUAGAAAUUAUCCCUAGUGACAAAUAUGAGAUAACAGUAGAUGGAUUGGUUCACAGCUUAAAGAUCAAGAACUGCAACUCCCAAGAUGAAUCAGUCUAUGGAUUUAAACUGGGAAAACUCUCUGCUAAUGCCAGACUCAAUGUUGAAACUGUUAAGAUUGUGAAAAAGCCGAAAGAUGUGACUUCCCUGGUCAAUGGAACUGCCUCUUUUGAGCUGAGUUUAUCCCAUGAUAACAUACCUGUUCAAUGGAUGUUCAAAAACCAAGAGCUGAAACCUAGUGCCAAUGUUCAAGUAAUGUCUGAAAGAAAAGCACAUAAGCUGGUCAUUCAAAAUGUUGAUGAAAGCAGUGAUGGAGAGUACACAGCUGUAGUUGGACAUUUACAAUGCAGCGCAUAUUUACAUGUUGAAUCUUUGAGAGUCACAAAGCCCCUGAAGAACAUUGAGGUUCCAGAGACCCAUGUGGCCACGUUUGAAUGUGAAGUUUCACAUUUCAAUGUUCCAUCCACCUGGCUGAAAAAUGGAGUUGAGAUUGAGAUGAGUGAGAAGUUCAGGAUUGUGGUGCAAGGCAAACUGCAUCAGCUGAAGAUCAUGAAUACCAGCAGAGAUGAUUCUGCAGAAUACACUUUUGUAUGUGGAAAUGACAAAGUCUCUGCCACCCUGACAGUUAACCCUGUCCUCAUCACAUCUAUGCUCAAAGACCUGAAUGCACAAGAGAAGGACACCAUCACAUUUGAGGUGACCGUCAACUAUGAAGGUAUCACCUACAAAUGGCUGAAGAAUGGUGUAGAAAUCCGAUCCAGUGAUAGAUGCCAAACUCGCACCAAACAGUUCACUCACUCGCUCACUAUCCGAAAUGUCCACUUUGGGGAUGUUGGAGAGUACAAAUUUGUGACUGGAUCUGCUGAAACCGCAGCAAAGCUGUUUGUUGAAGCUCGUGUCAUCGAGUUCACCAAGCACAUCAAGGACAUUAAAGUUACUGAGAAAAAGAAGGCCACUUUUGAAUGCGAACUCUCUGAGCCCAAUGUCCAAGUAACAUGGAUGAAAGAUGGUCAGGAACUUGAAAUAUCCGAAAGGUACAAAGUGUCCACAGAGCGACACAUGCAUCGUUUUAUGAUCCAAACUGUGCGCAUGUCUGAUGCUGGUGAAUAUUCUGUGGUUGCUGGAUCUAGUGUAUCGAAAGCUACCCUCACAGUUGAGGGCAAGGAUGUGCGUAUCAGUGAACUUGCCGAGAAAGAAAUCACCGUACUUGAGAAACAACGAGCUACAUUUGAAUUUGAAGUCAACGAGGAUGACAUUGAGGGUCGCUGGCUAAGAAAUGGAGUCGAGAUCCAGUUUUCUGUAGAUCAGCGCUUCAACUAUGCCGUUAUUAGAAAAAUUCAUCGCCUGACAAUCACAGAAACAUACAGAAGCGAUGCUGGAGAAUACACAUUCAUUGCUGGAAAGAACAGGAGUGUUGUGACCCUACAUGUUAACAUCCCAGAGCCUCCUCAGAUCAUCAGGCACAUGGAGCCCCUGUCUGUUGAGGCUGGCAAACCUGCACGUUUCUCUGUGGAAGUGAAAGGAAUUCCUCAGCCUCAGGUAUCUUGGUAUAAGAACUCUCAGGCCCUGUCUUCUGGCUUCAAGUGUAAGUUCCUGAGGGAGGGAAAUGAGCACACAUUGCUACUUAUCGAAGUCUUCCCAGAGGAUGCAGCUCAGUACAACUGUGAAGCUAAGAAUGACUAUGGAGUAGCCACAAGCUCUGCAUCACUUAAUGUGGAAGUUCCAGAAGUUGUUUCCCCUGACACUGGAGCACCACUGUCACCACCUGUCGUCAUAACACCAAUACGCAACACUUCUGCCAAUGAAGGACAAUCUGCUAGGUUCCAAUGUCGUGUCUCAGGGGAAGAUCUGACAAUUACUUGGUAUUGCAAAGAUAAGGAGAUCAAGCAGUCUGAUGUAUUCAGAGUGUCUCAGUUUGAUGAAAACUGUCAGCUGGAGAUCACCAGAGUUUAUCCUGAGGAUGAGGGCGAGUACACAUGUGUUGCCCGUAACUCUGCAGGAAUGGUCUCCUGUUCUGCUGUACUGAAAGUGGAUGUUACAAAGGCACGAGAGGAGAUUGAAGCAAAAAUUGAGGAAGAGGUCAAAGAAUUUUCUAGUUUGACUGUGAAGACCGAAGAAGAGGAAGAAACCUACAGCACAUCACUACAUUUACCUGAAAAAUCAAAAACACUUGAACUCAAGCCAGAGCAAAAGCGUUUUUCCAGUACUUUGGAAAGGAAAAAAGAGAAACCUGUGUUUCAGUCCAAGCUUACAUCUGCCGAAGUUACCGUCGGAGAGUCAGUUAGGUUUACUGUCACAGUAUCUGGUUUUCCAAAGCCAAAAGUUCAGUGGUUCCACAAUGGAAAGGUUAUCACUACUUCAACAGUUUAUAGGUUUGUAGAAGAGAAAGAUGAGUACACCUUAAUAAUAACACAAGUCAAGAAAGAGUAUGAGGGAGAGUACUCUUGUACUGCCAGUAAUAGAUUUGGCCAAACCACCUGCAAGACAAUGUUAAAGGUACAAGUGAGUCAAUUAUCAGCAGCAGAAAAAUGGGUGGAACAAAUGUUCAAGCUACCAGGGCAACCACCAUGCUUUACCACACAAAUCCAACCUGUGCAGUGUGCAGAGGGCAGCGAGGUAAAAUUUCAGUAUAGAGUUACUGGUACUCCUUUCCCUGAUGUUCAGUGGUUUAAGGGGAAUUCUCAAAUUAAGUCAAGCCAGACCUGUUCUGUUGUAAGUAACCCAGAUGGCUCUGGCAUCCUUAGCAUGAAUAAUAUCCUACAGAGUGACAGUGGACUCUACACAUGCAAGGCUGUCAAUCCAUUUGGGGAGGCAAGUUGCAGUGCUGAGCUGAUAGUAUUCCACAAAAAAGUCUCUGUAUUUCAUAAACAGCAAUUAGUCCAAGAGCAAAAAAGUUAUAAGGUGUCCAUGAAAGAGGAAGCCACUGAAUCUCGCUUGUACAGUGUUAGCCUACCUGGACAGGCAGGUGCUAGUUUGCAGGGAGACCAUCAGGUAAUUUACACCAUUGGCACAGAAGAUAGGCAAAUGGUAACGAGUGAGCAGGUUGAUACUCUGCAUGACCUGGAUGUUUCCAUUGCAACUAUGCACAAGGAGCAGGUGACUCAUCAAGCUGCCGUGUUGCAGUCUCAUGAAGUUCAAGAGAGAGUCAUAUCUGCUUCAGUCCAGCUACAACCAGUGGUAGCAACCCCUUUGAAACAGCUCCAGGUGGCUACUAUGACCUCAGCAGUUCAAGAACGCCAAGGCUUCACAGAACAGCACUUUGAACGAAUCAAAAGUCCUGAGGUUACAGAGCUAGAAAUUGAGAAAGAGCAUCCCUCACAGGUAAUGUCCGCCAUAACUGAGAGUGUAACUCCACUGACGAUUGUCAAAGCUGAGCCUUUAUCAACCAGAGAAACAGAACAGAUCAAGUCAUCUCCCGAGCCCAAGUAUCUGAUAUCAAGUCACCAAGUUGAGACAAAACUCCCGAUUGUUAAAGAACAUUCACAGGUUAUACAGCAUACUCAGCAGGAAAAGGGCUACCAGGUUAAAGAGGGAGUUAAAAUCCUUUACAGUGCAGUUUCAACUGAGAAACAACAGAUCACAGAAGGUCACUCUAAAGAACUCUCAACACAAGAAUCCACCUUUCAGACAUCUGUGAAGAAAGAACCAGCGAAACCAGUUGUCCUUUCAGUUAGUGAGACUGCUCAGACUUUAUCAAAAGAAGAGAGGUUAUUGAUGCACAAACCAGAUGAGGAGACAGCAUCUUUAGUCAAAGAUAGUGUAUUUAAAUCGGCUCUUGUUGCUGAGGAAAAGCAUCAACUCCAAGCUGAUCAGUCAAGUUUGAUCCCAGGUUUAGAAAGUGCCAUUUCAGUGCCGUCCCAGAGAGAAGAAGGUCAAGUUCUGCAUUUACAGGUCAUCACAGAUCAGGAUAUUCUUCCAUCUGAAGGCAGGUUUAGCAGUGAGAAGCCAAGCCCAGAGAAAGCAGAUGCUCAAAAAAGUCCUGUUCUUAAGCAUACAGUGUCAGUGGAUUUACAACAGAUGGUGACAUGUGAGGAGUCUUCUCAGUUUUCAGCACAAGAAACAAAAAUUUCCAUUCAGCCUGGUAAGGAAGCUCCUGUCCCUUUGCAUCUUCAGGCAGUUCAUUUAGAAAAUACGUUGACGAAAGAAGGGAUAAUCUCAAUGGAAAAGCCAGACGAACAGAUUGCGAUACAGAGACAAGAAAAAGCCCGUCAUCAUGCUGCAAGCACAGAAGAAAAAAGAGAGCAUACAGCAGAUUAUUGUAAAGAUCUUGAUGUGUCUGUUAAAGGUGUGCAGUCUGAAAUCAGAAAGGAACCCAAACCUGAAAGCAUUCUUCAAGUCUUUUCAGAGCCAGUGCCAUUACCAAAGGAAACUCCUUUUGUAAGUGAUGUUAAACAGCAGCGUGCCCUAGUACAGAAAGAAGAUCACUGGAAUAUCAUGCAUGUGCCAUCUGUGUCAGAGAGUCAGGAUAUAGAGGAGGGGCACACAGAGAAUAUAGGAACAAUUGAGAAAUGUGUGUCUAAAAGCGAAGUUGAACCCAAAAUUCCAUCUGAAUUAAUUUAUGUUGAAGAAAAGGCUAUCUCGACAGAGAGUAGCAUUGCUCUUGAUGCCACCGAACAAGAUUUCGCCGUUCAAAUUCAAGAAGGACAGUCUGUUAGACAGUCAGUAUUAAUGGAAGAAAAGCGUCUAAUCAAAGGUGAGCUAUCUCAGGAUAUUACACAAUCUGAAACAUCCACAGCAGUUGUCAGUAAGCAGAAGAUGGGUACUCUUUUAGUGUCAGAGUCAAGAGAGAGCCAAACUCUACCCAAAGAGCUCACUUUUGUUAUUUCGCCUCCAAAACCGCAUUCAUUGGACAUUAAGCACCAAUUAAAAAGUGCUCUUGCAGCUGCUGUUGCUCUUGACCAACCAUUGAUCCUGGCAGAUGUAGUUGAGAGUCUAGGAGCUGUAGAAAUUCAUGAGGUAAAAGAAAGGAAAGAACCCAAAUAUGUCAUGUUCACAUAUCUUAUUACAAGUGCAAGUGCCCCACUUGAAAUUACAAUUGCUUUUGAAGGCGAGUACCCCCAGACUGCUGAUCUCAGAAGUGAACUUAAAGCUGCUUUCUACUCCAUUGUCUAUCGAGAGCAACAGGUUAUGAUCUCAGAGCAGCCAGGCACAAUGCAAAUUGACAGGCCCCAAAGAUUACAGGUUACCAAGGCUUCUACAAAAGAAAUGCUUUCACCUGUGGUAGAGAUGGUAAGAUUGACAGAAAAUGUAGAGCCUUUUACAUCACCAAUGUCUCAGUCUGCAACUGUGAAAACUGACGCGAAAGUCUCUUUUCAGUCCGUAACAGCUAAAGAGCAAGCUUUUGUGCAACAGUCAACAAUUCAAAUGGCAAGUGAAUCAAAAAUUGAGAUUCAGCAGUCCAUCCAUGUUGAGCGACAAGAAACCAGAUCUGUGUCAGUAAAAGAACUUGAGAAGGAUGUAAGGGCAGAAGGUAUGACAACUGAACUUGUUUUGGGGCCUGUUCCUAUCGAGCGGUCAACUGAAGUCGUCUUUCAGAGAGAGGAAAGGGAGGAAUAUAUAACCGAAGCAUUUAUGAAAUUAGAGAAAGAAGAAAUUAGAGAGAAGGCUUACCCAGUUUUUGAAAGCUCCUUGGAGGAUAUUGAAAUAGAUGAACAUUCAGAGGCAAAAUUCUCAUUGACUAUUAGACAUGUAACGAAAGUAAAUUGGCUUUUUAAUGGAAAAUCAAUUAAAUCUGGCAAAGAGUUCAAGUGUUCCAAAGACCACGACACUUACACACUAGUAAUCAGCAAGGUUACGAAGGAUCAUCAAGGAGAAUAUACCUGUGAGGCUGUAGGUGAUGCCGGCAAGACCUCAACAUCCUCUCACAUCACUGUGGUCUCAAGAGUGCCACCUGUUUUCAGGCACAAAAUUAAAAAUCUGGAGGUCAGUGUUGGCAGUCCUGCAAAGUUCGAAUGUGAGAUUGAGGAGGCUCCAGGUGUGACCUUCAAGUGGUUGAAGUCUGGUUCUGAGCUCAGACAUAGUGACAAAUGCAGGAUUAUCAGUCGUCUUCACACCUCAUCUCUGGAGCUAUUUAGCCCAACAGUCGCUGAUAGUGGAGAAUUUACCUGCAAAGCUUCAAACCGCCAUGGAAGUGACAGCUGCUCUGCUAAACUAAGUGUGACAGAAAUGUUCCCUCCAGAAUUUGUAUCAAAGCCUGAUUCGAUGACUUUAUUUGUGGGAAAGCAAGCAAAAUUUCAAUGUGUUAUUUCUGGUUCUGAACCAAUGAAUGUUGUCUGGCACAAAGACAAUAUUGCCAUUUCAUUUGAUGAUCACUGCAAAGCGUCAUCUGACAAGAACAAGUAUUUUCUUGAAAUCUUGAAUUUACAACAAAGUGAUCAGGGAUCAUAUCUUUGCAAAGCUUCAAACAGUGUUGGUACAGCUACAUGCUGUGCUGAACUGAGGGUUGUAGACAAACCCAACUUUGUGAAGAGCUUUGAGGCAACCACUAUUGCUGUGGGAAACCCACUACGUCUUGAGUGUCAGGUAGAUGAAGACAAUGGGGUUUCCAUCACCUGGAUGAGAGAUGGCAAGAAACUCCAUACUACAAUGGACUGUAAACUCGCUUUCGAGGAAAAAAUAGCCUGUCUUGAUAUUCAAAAGGCUAAACUCAAAGAUACAGGUUCAUAUACCUGUACUGCUGCCAAUGACGCAGGAAGCAGCAGUUGCUCUUCUAGUGUGACAGUGCAAGAACCUCCAGUCUUUGUUAAAAGGCUGGAGCCUAAGAUCUUAUGGAAACAAGGAAUGUCAUCACGUCUGUUGUGUACUGUCAAAGGAUCAGCUGAACUGCACGUGACUUGGUUUUCGAACGACAAACCACUUAGUUCCUCUGAAAAACACAAAAUAACUUUCAAAGCUGGCCAAGCCACUCUUGAGAUUAUUAACUUAUCUGAGUCUGACAGUGGAAAUUACACUUGUGAAGUGAUGAAUGAGGCUGGCUGUGAAAGCUGCACCUCUCAAGUAACUGUAAAAGAACCUCCUGCAUUUAAAAAGGAGUUGCAAAUGGUGGAGGUAGUCAAGGGGAGCACAGCCCAGCUGGAAUGUGAAGUUACAGGCACUGCUCCAUUUGAGGUGACCUGGUUUAAGAAUAAAAACCCAGUAUCCUCUGACAAGAAGUAUAGUAUUGUCUCAAAAGAGACUGUUGCAUAUUUGGAAAUCAAAUCAUUUGAAAGUGCAGAUGUUGGAGAUUACCAGUGUUGCAUUUCUAAUGACGUUGGCAGAAUAACUUCAAAAGCAGUGGCAAAAUUGAAAGACCCUCCAUUGUUUGUAAAGAAAGUUGAGAACACCACUGCAGUUUUAGGCAGUGCUGUGAAACUGCAGGGAACUCUGAAGGGUUCUGCUCCUAUCACAGUUCAGUGGUUUAAAGAUUCUGAGAUAGUCAGAGAUGAUGAUCCUAAUAUUACCACGACGUUUGAAAACAACAUUGCUAUUCUGGCAAUAGCAAAUGUGGCCAAUAACCAUGGGGGUAAAUAUACUUGUCAAGCUGAAAAUGAGGCUGGAAAACAAAAAUGCGAGGCCACUGUAUCAGUUCAAGAACCAGCUAGAUUUGUUGAGAAACCGCCAUCCAUCAGUGUGACUGCAGGUGACUCUGCAACUCUCGAGUGCAAAGUUUCAGGGAGUCCAGAUCUCAAAGUAAAAUGGUUCAGAGAUGGCAAAGAGAUUACAGGAAGUCGAAAAUGCAAAAUCUCUUUCAAAGAUAAUGUGGCAGCCUUGAAAAUCCUCUCAGCAGAGAGGGGAGAUAGCUGUGAAUACAAAGUUGAAGUUUCUAAUCGGGUUGGAAAAGAGCAAUGCUCUUGCUCGAUUGUUAUUCUUGAUAAAAUAAUACCCCCAACUUUCACAAAAACACUUAAGAAGGUAGAUGGUAAUGUUGGAGGUACUAUUCAGUUGGAAUGCAAAGUGUCAGGAUCCCAACCUAUAACGAUAUCUUGGUUCAAAGAAGGAAAGGACAUUACAACUGGAACAAAAUAUAAAACAGAAAUGCAGGAAAGCACUGCAAUACUGAAAAUAACUGAUUUAGAGACAUCAGAUGCUGGGGUUUUCACCUGCCAUGCAACUAAUGCUGCAGGACACAGUGAAACAAGUGGAACUGUUUCUGUUAAAGAACCCCCAGUCUUCUCUUUGAAACCUCAAAACCAAGAUGUUAUACCAGGAACUACAGUUGUCCUAACAGCUGCAUUCACUGGGACAGCACCUUUUAUUAUUAAGUGGUUCAGAGAAGACAAAGAAAUGUUAACUGGAGGAACUUGCUUCAUCAAGAAAGAAGCCAACUCAAGUUCACUGGAGCUGCACUCUGUGAAGCCAUCUCAGUCUGCAAAAUACACAUGCCAAGUUUCCAAUGAUGCUGGAAAGGUCUCAUGCACAGCUGCCUUAUUUGUGAAAGAACCUCCAAAAUUUGUAAUGAAACUUGACUCGACUAAACUAGCAUUGAAUGGGAGUCUUGCAACUUUGGAAUGUAAAGUCACUGGCAGCCCAGAGAUCACUAUUAGAUGGUAUAAAAAUGAAACUGAAAUUAGCUCAAAUGAUAAAUACCAAAUGACCUUCAUCGACUCAGUUGCUACACUACAAAUUUCCAAUUGCUGUGUUGAAGACAGUGGAGAUUAUAUCUGCCAAGCAUCAAGUGAAGCUGGCAGCGAUAGAUGCAGUUGCUUGGUUACAGUCAAAGAACCUCCCGAAUUUGUGAAACCUUUUGAAUCCAAAGAAAUUGUUAAAGGCACAGAUGUUGCACUGGAAGGAACAGUGUCAGGCUCAGCUCCCUUUGAGAUUUCCUGUUUCAAAGACUCAAAGCAGAUCAGAAAUGAUAGAAGACACAUCAUAAGCCUGACAAAGGAUGUAGCAGCUCUUCAGAUUUUGAAAUUUGAACCUGGGGAUGCUGGCAAAUAUCAGUGCACUGUAGGAAAUGAAGUAGGGCAGACCUCCUGUGAUUUUCAUGUUACUCUGAAAGAGCCACCAUCAUUUGUGCAGAAGUUGGAUAAUACAAAUGUCCUGCUUGGUGGUGAGGUUUCCUUGCAGUGUGUUUUGAAAGGGUCAUUGCCUAUGACCGUCUCUUGGAUGAAAGAUGACCAUGAGAUCAAGGAAUCUGAGCAUGUUCUGAUAUCUUUUGAGAACCAGACAGCAGUGGUAUACAUUUCUAGUGUGCAGUUAAAACAUGGUGGAAAGUACACUUGCCAUGCACAGAAUGAAGCUGGUAGUCAGAAAUGUACAGCAGUAUUGGCGGUAAAAGAGCCUGCAAACAUCACAGAGCAAGCCAAGUCCAUCAGUGUUACAGUAGGUGAUCCUGCCACUCUAGAAUGCAGAUACUCUGGUUCUAAAGUUCUUAAAGCAAAAUGGCUAAAGGAUGGCAAAGAGCUGACAUCAAGCAAAAAAUACAAAGUACAGAGCACCGAUACAAGCUCCAUAUUAAAAAUUCUUUCUGCUGAAAAAAGUGAUGGUGGAGAAUAUAUCUUUGAGAUUUCAAAUGAUGCUGGAAGAAGCAGUUGUGAGGCAGUUGUGACUGUUUUAGAUCAAAUAUUCAAACCUUCCUUCACAAGAAAAUUGAAGGACAUGGAGAGUAUAAAAGGAUCUUUUGCACAGUUGGAAUGUCUGGUCUCUGGAUCUCUUCCCAUAACUGUUACUUGGUUCAAGGAAAAUAAGGAGAUCGAGACAGAUGAGAAGCACAAAUGCAUAUUCUUUGAGAGUGCGGCAUCUUUGGAAAUCAGUCAUCUUGAUAGCUCAGACAGUGGCAACUACACCUGUAUUGCUAAAAACCAAGCAGGCACUGUUCAGUGUUCGGGCACGCUGAAGAUCAAAGAACCUCCAGCAAUCAUUGAGAAGCCUGAAUCACAAGACGUUAUACCAGGAUCCAGAGUGCAGUUUAAUGUGCUUGUGUCUGGCACGCCACCACUGACCAUUAAGUGGUUUAAAGAUAAGAAAGAGGUUUCAUCUGGGAUUGACUGUUCUGUUCAGAAAAAUGACACCUUUAGCUUACUGGAGCUCUUUUUCGCUAAGCCUUCCGACUCUGGAGACUAUGUCUGUGAAAUAAGUAAUGAUGUUGGAUCAGAUGCUUGCCAAGCAACACUCCUCGUGAAAGAACCCCCCAAAUUUACCCGCAAACCUGAAAAAGUAACAGUGGUAAAACCAGGCCAAUUGGUAGUUUUUGAAUGCCAGAUUACAGGCACUCCAGAGAUAGACACAUACUGGUUCAGAGAUGGGAAUGAAAUAAGUCCAAGUGACAAGCAUAAAAUGACUUUUGUCAAUUCUCUUGCACGGCUUGAGAUAAGUAGCAGUGAUAUCAAAGACUGUGGAGUGUACUACUGUGAAGCCCGGAAUGAGGCGGGCAGUGAGAGCUGUAGUAUGGAACUAAGAGUGAAAGAGCCCCCAGUUCUUGUCAAGCCAUUGAGUCCUCUUGAGGUUGUGAAUGGCUCAAAUGCAUAUUUUGAAUGUCAGGUAAAAGGCACAGCUCCUUUUGAGGUGACCUGGCAAAAAGAUUCAAAGGACAUUAAAUCAAGCCUCAAGCAUGUGAUUUUGCAGAAGAAUGGUUCUAUAAUGACUCUUGAUGUACAGAAAUGUGAUGCUUUAGAUGUUGGAGAAUAUCAGUGCAUUGUAGCAAAUGAAGUUGGGAGUUGUUCAAGUCAGACUACACUCAGCAUAAAAGAGCCCCCAUCGUUUGUGGAGAGGAUUGAGAAUGUUGUCACAGUUCUUGGAAAAAAGGUUGAAUUUAAAUGUGUUGUAAGAGGUUCACCACCUCUGUCCAUACAAUGGCAGAAAGAUGAAAACUGGAUUUUGGAGGAUCCUUCAAUUGAGAGGACAUUUUUAAACAGUAUUGCUACUUUGAGAAUCCCUGUGUGUGAGUCCAACCACAGUGGAAGAUACACCUGUCAGGCUGUGAAUGAGGCAGGGCAAGAAAAGUGUUUUGCUACCCUUGUGGUUCAAGAGCCACCUCAGAUAAUUGAAAAGCCAGAGAUGAUUAAUGUCACUGCUGGAGAUCCAGUAAGUUUUGAGUGCAAAGUUACAGGCUCUCCUGAACUGAAAGUCAAAUGGAUUAAAGAUGGCAAUGAAGUUAUGCCUUCAAGACAGCACAGCCUAAGCUUCAUCAAUAAUGUCAGCCAACUUAAAAUUCAGUCUGUCCAGUUGGAAGACAAAGGAACUUAUGUGUUUGAGGUUUCCAACCACAUCAGUGUCUGCCAGUGCAAAGUGACAUUAAACGUGCUAGAGCAAAUAAUCCCCCCAUCUUUCAUUAAACCUUUGAUGGAGAUGGAGGAAAUUCUGGGCACAAAUAUUCAAAUUGGAUGUAAAAUAUCUGGCUCACUCCCCAUAACUGUGGAGUGGAUGAAGGACGGGACUAAACUGUCAGGAAGAACCAAACAUAAACUUCUUAAGGAUGACAACAGCGUGUCUUUGGAAAUCGAGUGUUUAGAGAAAGCCGACACUGGAACGUAUACUUGUAAACUUACAAACAAAGCAGGCGGUUGUGAAUGCAGUGGUACACUGAGGGUGAAAGAGCCACCAAGCUUUGUGCUGGUUCCAGAAUCACAGGCUGUCAUACCAAAUACCACUGUUCGGUUUAAGAGUACCUUUAAGGGAACAUCUCCCUUCACAGUGAAAUGGUUCAAAGAUGACACUGAGCUGAUUUGUGGACCUUCAUGUUUUACUGGCCUGGAAGGCCUCUCAUGCUUCCUAGAUAUUUUUGCCGUUGGAAUAUCACACAGUGGAACUUACUCUUGUCAAAUAAGCAAUGAUGCUGGUACCGCUAAAUGCACCACAACCUUGUUGGUAAAAGAACCUCCAGAGUUUGUACAGAAACUGCCAGCUGCAAAAAUCAUGAAGAUGGGAGAGCGACUCCAGCUUGAAUGCAAAGUUACUGGCACAGCUCCUCUGAAAAUUAGCUGGUACAAAAAUGACGCUGUACUCAGCGAUGGUGGCAACAUGAGAAUGACUUUCGAUAACUCUGUGGGAGUCCUUGAAAUUUUCAAGUGCAGCUUUGAGGAUAAUGGAGUCUACACCUGUGAAGUCCAGAAUGAUGCUGGAACUAAGAGUUGCAGUACCACACUCACAGUCAAAGAACCACCAACAUUCCACAAAGUGCCAACACCAGUUGAGGGGCUGAAGGGCAAAGAUGCCAGUCUUAACUGUGAGCUGAAAGGCUCAGCACCCUUUGAGAUAACCUGGUUUAAAGAUAAAAAACAGUUAAAGGAGAGUAGGAAGUAUAAAUUUGUGUCUGAGGGAUGCUCUGCAACUCUCCACAUCCUUGGACUGGAAGCAUUAGAUGCAGGGGAAUAUGAGUGCAAAGCAUCAAAUAAUGUAGGAAGUGAUUCCUGCCAGGGCACUGUAAAGCUAAGAGAACCACCAGCGUUUGUGAAGAAAUUAUCCAACAUUACAGCCAUCUCUGGUGAGGAAGUGGUUUUGUUGGCAACGGUUAAAGGCUCGCAGCCUAUGACUGUGUCUUGGGUUCAGGAUAAAGACCACAUUCUCAGAGAUGGUGACAACAGGAAAAUUAUAUUUGAGAAUAAUCAGGUCACCCUGAAGAUCUUUAAAGCUGACUCUACCACUGCUGGAAAAUAUACAUGUCAGCUCAAAAAUGAUGCUGGAGUUGCUGAAUGCACAGCGAACCUAACUGUCCUAGAACCUGCAGCAAUUGUGGAUAAGACAGAGUCAAUCAGUGUAACCGCUGGUGACACUGCAGUCUUAGAAUGCACUGUAUCUGGAACUCCAGAACUUAAACCAAAAUGGUACAAGGAUGGUGUGGAGUUGUCUUCAGGCAGAAAAUACAAAAUCACCUUCUCAAAAAUGAUCUCCAGUCUUAAGCUAUUGUCAACAGAGAAAAGUGACACUGGAGAAUACACAUUCGAAAUCAAGAAUGAAGUUGGCAGUGAUAGCUGCAAAAUGCACCUCACUGUUUUGGACAAAAUCGUUCCUCCUUCGUUCUCACGAAAACUGAAGGACACACAGAAUAUUGUUGGCAAAACUGUUGAAAUGGACUGCAAAGCCUCAGGGUCUGCACCUCUCACCAUCUCUUGGUACCAUAAUGAAGAGGAGAUUAAAAGUGGACCGAACUAUGAGAUUACAUUCGCUGAGAAUACCUGCACAUUGAAAGUGCCAACUCUGAAACUUUCAGACUCGGGCACAUACAAAUGUAAAGCAGUAAACAGUGCAGGAACGGCAGAGACAUCCGCUUCCUUAGUUGUUAAAGAACCCCCCUCUUUUGUGACCACACCUCAACCGGUGGAAGCCCUCCCAGGCACAAAUGUCACCUUUACAGCAACCGUUCAAGGAAGUACCCCAAUGAAACUGAAAUGGUUUAGAGGCAGUAAGGAAAUAGUGUCUGGGAGAAGCUGUGAGAUUGCUUUAAGAGGAGAUAAUGCAAUUCUGGAGCUCUACAACAUUGAUAAAUCUCAUGCUGGCGAGUACACUUGCCAGAUCAUUAAUGAUGCAGGGAAGGAAAACUGCACAGUGAACCUUUUUGUUAAAGAGGCUGCACACUUUGUCAAGAAGCUCAAGAACCUGUCUGUUGAAAUGGGCAAGUCUCUGAUACUUGAAUGUACGUAUGCGGGAAGCCCAAAGAUUCUUGUGAAAUGGCAUAAAGAUGGCCAGGAGAUUUACUCCUCUUACAAGUACAACAUCACAACCACUGAGAGCUCCUGCAUCCUCGAGUGUCUAAACAGUGAUAAAGAGGCUGCUGGAAAAUACACUUGUGAGGUUUCCAAUGAUGCUGGACACGACACUUGUGAAGCAGCAGUGUCCAUCUUAGAACCACCUAUCUUUAUUGAGAGUUUGGAACCCAUGGAGGUCACUGCAGGGGAUGCAGUUUGUCUGAAAUGCCAGAUUGGUGGCACUCCUGAAAUUAAAGUGUCAUGGUUCAAGGCAGAUGGCAAAGUGCGGUCUUCUCCAACCUGUAAGAUGGAGUUCUUCAAAGGCACUGCCUGCCUGAAACUAGCUAAAGUUGCCAAAUCUGACAUUGGUGAAUACACAUGUAAGGCAGAAAACAGCAUAGGAUCUGCCUCUUCCAGGUGCCUCUUAACUGUACAAGAUGUGAAAACACCACCGUCUUUCCCUAAAAAGAUUACUAGCAUUACGCAAAUUGAAGGACAUCCUGUCCAGUUUGAGUGUCGUGUUGCAGGAUCCUCUCCUAUGGAGAUCUCUUGGCUCAAAGAUGGUGAAGCUCUUAGGAGCGAUUCAGAAUACACAAUGUUUUUUGACGAUAACUCUGCUGUCCUAAAUAUAGUCAAAGGUGAAAUGAGACAUUCUGGAGAAUACACUUGCAUUGCGACUAAUAGUGUUGGAACUGCUUCUUGUAGAGCCAAGCUCACACUUCAAGAGCCAAGAUAUCCACCUGUGUUUGAUAAAAAGCUCAUACCUGUGGAUGUGACAGUGGGAGAUACUGUCGAACUGGAAUGCCACAUGACGGGAUCAUUGCCAAUAAAAGUUACUUGGUCCAAGGAUCACAAAGACAUCCGCACAGGGGGCAAUUAUAAGAUAUCAUGUGUGGAUAACACUCCACAUUUGACAAUUUUGAAAGCUGAUAAGGCAGACUCUGGUCGUUAUUCUUGCCAUGCUAGUAAUGAUAUUGGGAAGGACUCUUGUUCUACAGACGUUUCUGUGAAAGAACGCAAAAUUCCACCUAGUUUUACCAAAAAACCUUCAGCAACUAUUGAGGACACUGAGGGCAAAAUAGUGAAGAUUGAGGGUCGUGUAGCUGGAUCACAGCCCCUGACUGUCAACUGGUAUAAAGAUGGCACGGAAAUCUUCACCUCUGACUGUUAUGAUGUAACCUUCAAGACCAGCCUGGCUGUCCUGUGCAUCAAAAAAUCUCAGCUGUCAGAUAGUGGAACAUAUAUGUGCAAAAUCUCCAAUGAAGCUGGCACGGCCUCUUAUGAAGUGUCCGUUAAGAUUACAGAGCAAAAGGUACCACCAAGCUUUGACUUGCCUCUUAAACCAGUGACUGUGACUGAGGGUGAGACACUUACCCUCAGCUGCCAUGUACGUGGAACUCCUCCUCUAAAGAUUCAGUGGAUGAAGGACAGGCAGGAGCUUUCUUCGUCUGAAAAUACUAAGAUUACAUUUGUUGAUGGCACUGCCACAUUGGAGAUGAUCCGUGUAUCUAAGGCAUAUACUGGGGAUUAUCUCUGCAAAGCAACCAAUGAGGCUGGUAGUGAAUUCUGCAAGUCUAAAGUCACUAUCAAAGUUUCAGAGAAACCAGGAGCUCCUGCCCCGGCACAGGCAGCCCCUUCACCACCUGAAGCAGUUAAAAAGUUGGACAACCUCUUCUUCAUUGAGGAGCCAAAGAGUGUCCAUAUCAUUGAGAAAGGUACAGCUACCUUCAUUGCUAAAGUUGGUGGUGAUCCCAUUCCCAAUGUGAAAUGGAUGAAGGGCAAAUGGAGGCAGAUGACUCAUGGUGGUCGCGUCAGUAUUGAACAAAAGGGCCAAGAGGCCAAGUUGGAGAUCAAAGAGGUGACCAAAUCUGACUCUGGUCAGUACAGAUGUGUUGCUUCAAACAAACAUGGAGAAAUUGAGUGCAGCCCCAACCUGAAUGUUGAUGAGAAGAAAGAGACCACUUUAGAAAUGGUGAAACUGAAGAAAACUCCAUCUAAGCAGAAAAGCCCUAAAGAGGAAAAGGAUAUUGACAUUGUUGAGUUGCUUAGAAAUGUUGAUCCCAAGGAGUAUGAGAAAUAUGCCCGCAUGUAUGGCAUCACAGACUUCCGGGGUCUCCUUCAGGCUAUUGAGUUUCUGAAGAAGGAAAAAGAACACGAAAGUGGAAGACCGGAAGUGGAAAGUGGUGCAAGAGAGUCUGAGGAGGAUUUGGCUAAACUUGUUGCCGAUUUGCAAAAGAGGAUGGAACAAACUGAGCCUGUCACUGUGGUACGUGACAUCACGGACCAGACAACUACUGUUAAGAAGGAAUCUGUGUUUGAAUGUGAAAUCAAGAUCAACUACCCGGAAAUCACACUGUCCUGGUACAAAGGAACCCAAAAACUUGACAGUAGUGACAAGUAUGACAUCAAAAUUGUGGGUGAUCGUCACAUCUUAAAGAUCAAGGAUUGCCAGAUGAGAGAUGAGGGCAAUUAUCGUAUUGUGUGUGGCCCACAUAUCUCCAGUGCCAAACUGACAGUGCUGGAUGCUGAAGUGGAACAGCGUAUGCAGGAUGUGGCUGGUAAGGAAGGCCAAACUUGUGCAUUGACUUGCCAGCUCUCUGUACCUAAUGUAAAAACCCAGUGGUUUAAAAAUGGGAAGCUUUUAGAACCUCACAGCAGAUACACAUUUGCUGUGGCAAAUUACGCUCAGAAGCUCUCAAUCAAAGAUGUUAGACCUGAAGACCAAGGAGAAUAUACCUGCAAAUACAAAAAUCUUGAAACGACUGCAAAUCUUUGGAUCGAAGCCAAGCAAAUACAUUUCACCAAACGCAUCCAGAACAUUGUGGUGCGAGAACAUCAGUCAGCCACUUUUGAGUGUGAGGUGUCUUUUGACAAUGCUAUUGUAACAUGGUAUAAGGACACUUGGGAGCUUAAAGAGAGUCCCAAAUAUACCUUCCGAAGUGAAGGGCGACGCCACUUCAUGAUCAUCCGCAACGUUACCUCUGCCGAUGAAGGCGUGUACUCGGUCAUUGUCAGAUUGGAGCCCAGGGGUGAGGCUAAAAGUACAGCUGAGCUUUACCUGUCAGGCAAAGAAAUUGAUAUAGAAAGGGUACCUUAUGACAUCCCAGAUACAUCAAUACAAGUGCCUGAAGCAGCUGCGUUAACCAUUGAAGCUGAAUCUUCCAUGGGAUAUUACCAUUACGAAGAAAAAAUGGAAACACAAGAGUAUGUGAGCUGGACAGCGGAGAGUGUUGUAGAGGAAAUAUCAGUUACAGCCCCAAGGGUGCCAGUCGAAGAGGCUGUCAGUAGAAAAACCCUGGGAAUGAGAGAGGUGGCUCCAACAACAGAAUUCGAGGAACCUGAGCCAUCUAAACCAGUGGAGCUAGUGCCUGAAGUACCUGUGAAAGCCAAAAAGCCUGUGGAAGAAAUAGUUACUGCAGUUAUAUUGCCAGAGCCAAUUGAACCCCCCACAGCAAAAGAAGUGCCACAGCCAGCAGCACCUGUAGCUCCUGUGCCUUCUGCACCUAAGCCUGAAGAGCCUAAAGCUGCACCAGUAGCUGAGCCCAAACCAGAACCAAAGCCUAAGCCUGAGCCUACACCUGUGAAAAAACCUGAGCCACCCCCAGCCAAAGUUCUUGUGGAGGAAAAGCCAAAACCAACAAUUCAAGAACCACCAAAGAAAGUGCCAGCUAAACCCCAUGAAGCCAUAGCAGUUCCAGUGGAAGAACCGCCAAAGAAAGUUCUUGUGGAGGAAAAGAAGCCAGAACCACCAAAGAAGUUGCCAGCUAAACCUGAUAAAGCCAUUUCAGUUCCGGUGGAAGAACCUCCAAAGAAAGUUCUUGUGGAGGAAAAGAAGCCAGAACCACCAAAGAAAUUGCCAGCUAAACCUGAUGAAGCCAUUGCAGUUCCGGUGGAAGAACCUCCAAAGAAAGUUCUUGUGGAGGAAAAGAAACCAAAACCACCAAUUCAAGAACCACCAAAGAAAAUGCCAGCUAAACCUGAUGAAGCCAUUAAAGUUCCAGAGGCAGAACCUCCAAAGAAAGUUCUUGUGGAGGAAAAGAAACCAAAACCACCAAUUCAAGAACCACCAAAGAAAGUCCCAUCUAAACCUGAGCAAGUGAUUACAGUGGAAGAACCUCCAAAGAAAGUGCAAGAACCUUCCAAGAAGUCAGAGGCCCCUCCGUUUUUGCCUACACAGAGAGAAGACUUGAUUGAGGAAAUAGGUUAUAAGAAACCAGAUGCUGCUGUUCACAAAUUAGAAGAUAAAGAGAGCAAGGUGCCUCAGAAGCAAGAGACUGUUGCUGGUAUCAAAAAGGAAGAAAUUACAGACAAACUACUUACAAAAGAGACUGUUCCUAUCCCUAAAAAGCAGGAAAAGCAAGAGGUACCCCUUCCUUCUAAAAAGGAUGAGGCAAUUGAACCUAAAAAGAAAGUGGUUCCUCUUCCUCCUAAAAAGGAUGAGGCAAUUGAACCUAAAAAGAAAGUGGUUCCUCUUCCUCCUAAAAAGGAUGAGGCAAUUGAACCUAAAAAGAAAGUGGUUCCUCUUCCUCCUAAAAAGGAUGAGGCAAUUGAACCUAAAAAGAAAGUGGUUCCUCUUCCUCCUAAAAAGGAUGAAAUUGUACCUCAAAUGAAAGAGGUUCCUCUUCCUGCUAAACAAGUUGAGGAAAUAUUACCUAAAAAGAAAGAUGUUCCUCCUUCUCCUAAAAAGGAUGAAGUUGUACCUCAAAAGAAAGAGGUUCCUCUUCCCCCUAAAAAGGAUGAGGCAAUUGAACCUAAAAAGAAAGAGGUUCCUUUUCCUGCUAAACAGGAUGAGGAAAUAUUAUCUAAAAAGAAAGAGGUUCCUCUUCCUCCUAAAAAGGAUGAGGCAAUUGAACUGAAAAAGAAAGUGGUUCCUCUUCCUCCUAAAAAGGAUGAAAUUGUACCGCAAAAGACAGAGAUUCUUAAAAAAGAUGUGCCUCAAACUGUACUUCAAAAGAAAGAGGUACUUCCCACACAAAUUUCAGAGAAGAAAGAAGAAAAAGACGUUUUCUUCAUGAAAGAAAUUACACAUCUACAGAAGGAAGUAAUAGCUCCUGCACAAAUUGUAGAGAUGAAAGAAGAAAUCGAAGAAAUUUUCUUCAGAGAAGAAAUUACACAGAUGGAAGUAUCACUUAAAUCAAAACUGGAAGAGAAAGAAGAUAUUUUACCUAAAAAGAAGGAAGUAGUUGCUCUCACUAAAAAAGAAGAGGUCGUAAUGACUCAAAAGAAAGAAGUUCCUCUUCCUGCUAAAAAGGAUGAAGAAAUUGUACCCCAAAAGAAAGAGGUGACCCCUACAAAAGUAGCAGAGCUAGAGAAGAAGCCAUCUCCAGAGAAGACACCUGUUUCUGUGAAAGACUUCACAGCCCCAAAAGUUGAAAAGAAACCAUCUCCAGAACCUGAAAGAAAGAAAGAACCUUUGCCAGAGACUGUUUCCCCAACAGUGAAAGAGGUCGAUAAGAAAGCUGAAGAUAAACUCAUCUCUAAGCCCAAGGAAGAGAAGAUAAUUCCAACAAAAGUACCUACACCUAAAGAACCAGAGAAGCUAAAGCCUGCUCCAAAGGAAGAACCGGUACCAAUUGUCCAAACCGUGGAAGAUGGUGAAAAGGGACCCGUUUCUGCACCUGCUCCAGGAAAGAAAGGAAAAGUUCUUAAAGUGAAGCAAGAAGAGGGAAGAUUUGAAAUUCCCACCUUAAAGAAACCUACAAGAGUUUCCAAAGAUAAAGACGAAGAUCAAGAAAUGGUAAAACUGAAGAAAGUGCUCAAACCACAAGAGGAGGAAUAUAAAGAGAGUCCCAAAGUGUAUGCUGAGGCUCAUACUGAAGUUAUGAUAACUGAAAGUUAUGAGGCAGAAAUGCAUUUUGAGACUUAUGAAGUGACUAAGAGAGUUGAGAAAAUCCAACCUGAGGUAGGCAAAAAGAUGCCUGAUGAACCUGAGCAAGCACCACCUCAAAUAAAACCAGAAACCGUAUUAGAAGAAAAAGUGAAAAAGACACCAAUUGGAAAGGUUCCAAAAAAAGAUACACCGGAGGAGCCUGGCUUAGCUCUGAAAAAGGUUAAAAAGUUACCAGUAGACACAAAAGAACAAGAAUCUGUCAAAUUAAAGCCAUUUGAGAAACCUGUAAAACCGCCAAGUGAAACCGAAAAAGACACCAAAAAAGAAGAAAAAGGAAGAGAACCUAUAACUUUUGACAGAAGUAGGGAACCAGUUACUUUUCAGAAAGGAGACCGACCUGAAAAGGAUGAGAAGCCAAAAGAACCCGAUGUCCUCACGAAAAAAGAAGUGCCCUCCGUUCCUGACAAAAAGGUGCCUGAUGAAGUUGCUGUUAAACCUGUAACCAGACCUCCCAAAGAGGAAGCACCUACAGAGCCUAAAGAUAAAUUAUUUAAAGGUAAAGGUAAAAUUCCAUCUAAAGAUCAGGAGCCUGAGGUGGUUCAACUAAAACCAAUUCCGAAGAAACCUUCAGCUGGAUCACCAAAAGAAAAGGAGGUUCCAGAGCCAAAAGAACGAAAACCAAUUGAGUUGUCACCACUUACUAGGCCACCAAAAGAUGAAGUUAAAACAGAACCAAGUAUUCCACCAAAAAGAGUUGACAGUCAAGAAACUCCAGAUAAAGGUAAAGAGGUUGAGAAGAUACCAACUAUUGUACCAGUAGAAGACAAAAAGGUACCGCUUAAAAAGUUUAUGCCGGUAAAGAAGGAGAUUACACCAAAGGAGGAUGAGAAGAAGCCAAUAGUCACCAAAAAGGGUAUUUUACCCAAAGAGGCUGAGAAGAAAGAAGACAUAAUUCUAAAACCAGUUGAGCGUGCAAAGAGUGCAGUAGAGCCUGAAAAGAUUCCUUCGCCUAAGGUUGAGAAACCAAAAUCAACUGAACCAGUCUCAGUGGAGAGGAAGCCUAGUGAGGAUUUAGCAAAGAAGCCAAAGAAAGUUUCACCCAAAGACUCGAUUGAAGCUGUUAUUUUGAAGAAAGUACCUCAGAAGGUUUCACCUAAGGAGGACAAAUCUGAAGAAACUCCUCAGAUCCCUGAAAAAGAGGAGAUUCCAGUCAAAAAGGAACUGUCUCCUGGAGCUGUAGAGUUAAGAAAAGUGUCAACUCAGUUUGAAGAAGAACUGUUUGAAGAAGAGGUUGAGGUUGAAUUUGAAGCGGAAUAUGAAGAUGAAGAAGAAGCAUGGGGAUGGGAGGUUGCUUCUCGAGAGAGUUAUGGAUCAGAAGGCUCUGAAGAAAGGUAUCUGGAGGAAGGGGCACUUGAGACUCCUGGGAUGCCAGGGGGUAGACGAGAGGGAAAGCCUAAAGAGGAAGCUGGAAGAGGCAGAGGCUUAAGACCAAGACAAACUCCAUCUCCUGGUGAUGCUGGAAGGGGUAGAGGGCUGAAGCCUGGUGCUGGUGGUGAUAAGCCUCCAGGAGAAUCACCAUUUGGUGCCCAGCUCAAAGCCGUCCCCUUGAAUUUUGUGAAGAAGCUCAAAGAUAUUGUGUUGCAGGAGGCCGAGUCCAUUGGCUCCUCUGCUGUAUUUGAGUGCCAGAUCUCUCCAUCUACUGCUAUCACCACCUGGAUGAAAGAUGGAAGCAAUCUAAGGGAGAGUCCAAAGCACAAAUUCACAUCUGAUGGCAAAGACCGCAAACUGGCCAUCAUUGAUGUACAGCUUUCAGACACUGGGGAGUACACAUGUGUUGCAAAGCUUGGCAAAAAUGAGAAGACCUCAACAGCUAAACUUAUUGUUGAAGAGUUACCAGUGAAGUUCACAAAGAAUCUGGAGGAGGAAAUGUCUGUGAUUAAGGGACAGCCAAUGUACUUAACCUGCGAGUUGAGCAAAGACAGGGAUGUUGUCUGGAAGAAGGACGGAAAAGAGCUCAAGCAAAUUGCUGGCAAAAUUCAAAUCAGUGUUAUUGGAUUGCAGCGCUCUGUGACAAUUCAAGACACAAAUGACGAUGAUGCCGGUGUUUACACUUGCGAGUGCGAGGACAUCAAGUCACAAGCCAAUGUGAAAGUCAUUGAAAUAAUCAGAGAUUGGUUAACAAAACCUUUGAGGGACCAGCAUGUGAAACCAAAGGCUACUGCCACAUUCAAGUGCGAACUGUACAAGGAUACUCCUAACUGGAAGUGGUUCAAGGGAGAUGAAGAAAUUCCCACUGACCCUACAAAUAAGACUGAGGUGAAAAAGGAUGGAAAAGAUAUCACGCUUACAAUCAAGAAUGCUCAACCUGGUGAUGUUGGAGAAUAUGCCAUAGAAGUUGAGGGCCGCAGAUAUGCAGCAAAACUCUCUCUUGGAGAGCGUGAAGCUGAGAUCUUGAAGCCUCUUGCUAGUGUGGAGGUGGUUGAGAAAGAGGAGGCCAGCUUUGAUACUGAAAUUUCAGAAGAUGAUGUGCCUGGAGAAUGGAAACUUAGAGGGCAGGUUCUGACAAGAUCACCGACGUGUGAUAUCAGAGCUGAAGGAAAUAAGAGAUUCCUUACAUUGAAAAAUGUUCAACUUGACCAGGCUGGAGAAGUCUCUUACCAAGCUUUGAAUGCUAUCACUACUGCAAUGUUAACGGUCAAAGAGAUUGAAAUGGACUUCACAGUCCCAUUGAAGGAUGUUACUGUGCAUGAAAAGAAACAGGCAAAGUUUGAAUGCACGAUCACAAAAGAUGUGCCUAAAGUCAUGUGGUUGAGAGGAUCUGAUAUUAUAACACCAGACCAAAAAUAUGAUAUCAUUGAUGAUGGAAAGAAACACAUGUUGGUCAUAAACCAGUGUGAAUUUGAGGAUGAGGGAGAAUAUACUAUUGAGGUGUUGGGUAAAACAUCAACAGCCAAACUGACAGUUGAGGGUAUGCGGCUGAAAUUCAUCUCACCGAUAUCGGAUCAAACUGUUAAGGAAGGUAAAACAGCUCGGUUUGAGCUUGAACUGUCCCAUGACAAUGUACCAGUGACGUGGUACAAAAAUGAAACAAAACUGCAUCCGAGCAGAACUGUACUUACGCAUGUUGAUGGAAAGAAACAUAUAUUAGAAAUCAAGAACGUCACUCUAGAUGAUACUUGCCAAAUAAAAGCAGAGGCUAAAGGAUUAUCAACAACAGCAAACCUGACGGUGCUAGAGGGAGAUGCCUACUUCACAGUUAAACUGCAAGAUUACACUGCAGUUGAGAAAGACGAGGUCAAUCUUGACUGCGAGCUCAGCAAAGAUGUUCCUGUGAAGUGGUUCCACAAUGAGACUGAAAUUAAAGCCUCCAAGAUGGUUGCCAUGAAAGCUGAUGGCAAACGAAGAAUCCUGAGCAUCAAGAAAGUUGAGGAAAAAGAAAAAGGAUUAUAUGUUUGUGACUGUGGAACAGACAAGACUUCGGCCACGAUGAACAUUGAAGCUCGUGACAUCAAAGUGGUGCGACCAAUGUAUGGUGUUGAGCUGUUCGAUGGUGAGACAGCUCGUUUUGAGGUGGAAAUUUCUGAAGAUGAUGUCCAUGGCCAGUGGAAGCUGCAAGGAGAAAUCCUCUCCCCAUCACCUGAUGUUGAAAUCAUUGAGGAUGGCGCAAAGCACAUCUUAACUUUGUACAACUGUAAAGUGUCCCAGUCUGGAGAGGUUUCAUUCCAGGGUGCCAAUGCAAAAUGCUCUGCCAAUCUAAAAGUGAAAGAGCUUCCCAUUACUUUUGUAACACCUCUGGCUGAUGUGCAUGUAUAUGAGAAAGAUGAUGCAAGGUUUGAGUGUGAGAUCUCAAGACAACCAAAGAGCUUCCGUUGGUUGAAAGGAUCUCAGGAGAUUACAACUGAUGAUAAAUUUGAGGUACUUCAGGAGGGCAAAAGACACAUUCUGGUGGUCAGAUCUGCUGCCUAUGAGGAUGAAGCUAAGUAUAUGUUUGAGGCUGAGGACAAGAGAACAUCUGCCAAACUUAUUAUCCAGGGCAUCCGUCUUGAGUUUGUCAGACCCAUUAAAGAUGUCACUGUUAAAGAGCGUGAGACUGCAGAAUUCAGCAUCGAACUCUCUCAUGAAAAGGUUCAAGUAACCUGGUACAAGAAUGACGUGCGUUUGCAUCCAAGUAAAGUGGUACACAUGUCAGAGGAUGGCAAAACCCAUACUCUGUCCUUCAAAGAGGUGUCUAUUGAUGACACUUCUCUAAUUAAAGCUGAGGCCCUUGGGAAAACCUGUGAGGCAAUGCUCACUGUACUUGAGGGAGAACCUUACUUUACUACCAAGUUGCAGGACUACACUGCAGUUGAGAAGGAUGAGGUUGUCCUGAUGUGUGAAGUGAGCAAAUCAUCUGCUCAGGUGAAAUGGUUCAAAGACGGCAAGGAGAUCACUCCCUCUAAGAACGUCCUCAUCAAGGCUGAUGGAAAGAAACUUAUCUUGACAGUGAAGAAGGCAGAGAAGGCCAAUAUUGGUGAAUAUGUGUGUGACUGCGGCUCUGACAAAACAGCAGCCAAGCUUAACAUUGAAGAGCGCGAUAUUAAGAUUGUCCGUCCACUGUACAGCGUGGAGGUCACAGAGACAGAGACUGCUCGCUUUGAGACAGAAAUCACUGAGGAGGAUGUUCAUGGUAACUGGAAACUCAAAGGAGAUGCCCUGCACCAGUCACCGGACUGUGAAAUUAAGGAGGAAGGCACGAAGCACAUGCUUAUCCUUUACAAUGUUCGCAUGGAUAUGGCUGGGGGGGUGGACUUCAGUGCUGCUAAUGCUAAAUCAAGUGCUCAGCUCAGAGUUAAAGCACGAGUGAUAGGCCUCUUGAGGUCUCUCAAGGAUGUAACAGUGACAGCGGGAGAGACAGCAACCUUUGACUGUGAACUGUCUUAUGAGGGCAUACCUGUGGAAUGGUUCCUAGGGGGUACAAAGCUGGAACCAAGUGACAGAGUGGUGCACCGUUCAGAAGGCAGAACUCACACGCUGACCCUUAGGGAUGUGAAACUGACAGAGGCAGGAGAAGUAAAACUCACUGCAAAGGACUUCGUGACACAGGCUCAACUCAUUGUAAAUGAACCUCCAGUUGAAUUCACCAAACCUCUGGAGGACCAGACUGUAGAAGAGGAAGCCACCGCUGAACUAGAGUGUGAAGUCUCCAAAGAGAAAGCAGAGGUCAAGUGGUUUAGAGAUGGACAAGAAAUUCGCAAAACCAAGAAAUAUGACAUGGUUGCUGAUGGCCGUAAAAGAAAACUUCUUAUUCAUGACUGCACACUUGAUGACUCAAGGACAUAUACCUGUGAUGCUAAACAAUUCAAGACUUCAGCCUUCUUAAAUGUUGAACCUCCACAUGUUGAGUUCACAAAGCCACUCCAUGAUGUUGAGGUCAAAGAGAAGGAAUCUGCCAGAUUUGAAUGCGAAGUGUCUCGUGAAAGCGCUAAGGUUCGCUGGUUCAAAGAUGGUAAUGAAAUCAGAAAAGGCAAGAAAUAUGAGAUCAUUUCUGAAGGAGUAAAACGUAUUCUCAUCAUAAGCAAGUCUGUCUUUGAUGACGAAGCAGAAUAUGAAUGUGAUGCCAGGACUUCCAAAACCUCUGGAAUGCUGACUGUCAUUGAGGAGGAGACUAGAUUCACAAAGAACUUGGCUAAUGUUGAAGGCACUGAAACCGACAGUGUUAAACUGAUUUGUGAAGUCUCCAAACCCAGUGCAGAGGUUACAUGGUACAAGGGUGACCAAGAGUUGCCUGAAGUUGGUAGAUAUGAGCAUAUUGCAGAUGGCAAAAAGAGAAUCCUAAUUAUUAAGGGCCUCCGUAUGGAUGAUGCCGGAGAGUACCACUGCAAACUGCCCACCUCACAAACCACAGGGAACCUAAGGAUUAAUGAACUUGCCGCUGAGUUCAUUGCAAGGCCUCAAAACCAGGAGGUGGUUGAAGGUGAAAAGGCAGAAUUUGUGUGCUCUGUCUCCAAAGACACAUAUGAAGUGAAAUGGCUCAAAGGAGAUAAGGAACUUCAAUCAGAUGACAAAUAUGACAUAAUUUCCGAGGGCAAAAAGAGAGUUCUUGUUGUCAAAAAUUGUGAACUCAAGGAUGAAGGUGGCUUUGUAGUCCUCAUUGGAACCACAAGAGCCUCAGCUGAUCUGAUUGUGCUUGAAAAGCUUAGGAUUAUCACUCCUCUAAGAGACAUCAAGGCAAAUGAAGGACAAGAGACUGUCCUCAAUUGUGAAGUUAACACUGAGGGGGCCAAAGCCAAAUGGCUGAAGAAUAAUGAGACUUUAUUUGAAAGUAGCAAGUUCAUCAUGGUCCAGAAGGACAAUGUAUUCUCUCUGAGGAUCAAAGGCACUCAAAAAUCAGAUGAGGCCAACUACACCAUUACACUGACCAACCAACGUGGUGAACACGCAAAGAGCUCUUCCAACAUUACUGUGCAAGAGGAAGAUCUUAGAAUCAUUGUUCCCCCUGAGGAUGUUGACACACAGGAGAAAAAGACCAUCAGCUUCACAUGCAAGGUGAACAUACCAAAUGUAACAGUACAAUGGAUGAAGGCAGGUCAAGAAAUCACUCUCAGCAAGAGAAUUCUCUAUCGUGUGGACAAGGACAAGCACACUCUGACCAUUAAGGACUGCAGUCUUGCAGACGAGGGUGAAUACGGUGUAGUUGCUGGUGCUGAUAAGGCCACAGCAGAACUGAUCAUCAGUGAGGCACCCGCAGACUUCACCGCUCAGCUCAGUGACCAAACUAUCAUUGAGUUUGAGGAUGCUGAGUUCACAUGUGAACUUUCCAAAGAGAAGGCUGAAAUCAAAUGGUACAGAGAUGGCAGGGAGAUCAGAGAAGGACCCAGAUACCAAUUUGAGAGAGAUGGCAAAACAUGUAGACUGCGUAUAAAAGAGUGCAGACCAGAUGAUGAGUGUGAAUAUGCCUGUGGAGUGGAUGACAAGAGAACACGAGCCCGCCUCUUUGUUGAGGAGACCCCUGUGGAGAUUGUCAGACCACCCACAGAUGUGUUUGAGCCCCCAGGCUCAGAUGUUGUGUAUGAAGUUGAGCUUAACAAAGACAGAGUUGAGAUCAAAUGGCUGAGGAACAACAUGACCGUUGUUCAAGGUGAUAAGUACCAGAUGAUGAGUGAGGGUAAGAUUCACAGGCUUCAAGUGUGUGAAAUCAGGCCACGUGAUCAAGGCGAGUACAGAGUCAUUGCCAAGGACAAAGAUGCCAGAGCCAAGCUUGAGCUUGCUGCCGUGCCAACAAUUAAAACCUUGGAUCAAGACCUGGUGACAGACGCUGGAAAGCCAUUUGUUAUGGCAGUUCCUUACAAUGCUUACCCACAGGCUGAGGCUGAGUGGUUCUACAAUGACAUCAGUCUUCCAAAAGACAAUGUUCACACUUCUGUUGACAGGACAGAAUAUAGGCUAAAGGACCCAAAGAAGUCAGAGGAAGGCCGCUAUAAAAUCCUCAUCCAAAACAAACAUGGAAAAGGAGAGGCUUUUAUAAACCUAAAAGUUAUUGAUGUUCCUGGGCCUGUGAAGAACCUUCAGGUUGUUGACACAGCUGAUGGUGAGGUCAGCAUUGCAUGGGAAGAGCCAGAGAGUGACGGUGGCAGCAAGAUCUUGGCUUAUGUGGUUGAAAGACGUGAUAUCAAACGUAAGACCUGGACUCUGGCCACUGACUGUGCCGAUAGCACAGAGUACUGUGUAACUGGCUUGCAGAAAGACUCCAAGUACCUCUUCCGUGUCUGUGCACGUAACCGAAUCGGAAGUGGGCCCAAUGUUGAGACAGAUAAAGCUGUUCAAGCUAAGAAUAAGUUUGAUGUUCCUGAUCCACCCCAGAAUGUUAUUGUUGGAAAUGUCAACAAGUUUGGUGCCACAGUCUCCUGGGAACCACCACUGUUCAAUGGUGGAUCUGAGAUCACAUCAUACAUUAUUGAGCUCCGUGAUAGAACUUCUGUGAGCUGGUCUCCAGUCAUGGUGACCAAACCACACGAACGCUCAGCUAUUAUUAAUGAUGUUAUUGAGAACAAAGAAUACAUCUUCCGUGUUAAGGCUGAGAACAAGGCUGGAAUUGGCAAACCAAGUGCUGCCACUAACCCAGUGAAGAUCAUGGACCCUAUUGAGAGGCCGAGCCCUCCACUGAAUCUGACACACUCUGAGCAGACAAAGGACUCCUGUCUGUUGACAUGGGAGACUCCCUUAAAAAAUGGAGGCACAACUAUCACUGGCUACAUCAUUGAGAGAUGUGAAGAAGGCACAGACAAGUGGCUCAGAUGCAAUGCUAGGCUUUGUCAGGACCUGCUCUACAGGAUUUCAGGCCUGAAAUUUGGAACAAAAUACAGCUAUAGAGUACUUGCUGAGAAUGCGGCCGGCCAGUCUGACCCCUCAAAUAUUGUUGGGCCUGUGUUGGCAGAUGAUCCCCACUUUGCACCUACUCUGGACCUGAGCGCAUUUAAGGAUGGUCUAGAGGUUAUUGUCCCUAAUCCUCUUGCAAUCCGUGUCCCUAUCACUGGGUACCCAGUGCCCACAGCAAAGUGGACCUUCGGUGAAAAUGCACUUACUGCUGGUGACCGUGUGUCCAUGGUUACAAAGUCAACCUUCACAGAGCUCAUUGUAACCCCAAGUGUGCGCCCUGACAAAGGCACAUACUCCUUGACGUUGGAAAAUGAUGUGACUAGUGUCUCAGGAGAGAUUGAAGUUAAUGUCAUUGCCUCUCCAAGUGCACCCAAAGACUUAAAGGUUGCAGAAGUGACUAGAAAGCAUGUUCACUUGAUGUGGGAGGCACCUGAUCACGAUGGAGGCAGUCCGAUCACAGGCUUUCAGGUUGAGAAGCGUGAGGUUUCCAGGAAGACCUGGGUGAAGGUGAUGGCAGGUUUGCAAGACCAGGAAUGCACAGUCACAGAUGUUGUUGAGGGCAAGGAGUACUUGUUCAGAGUUAUUGCCUGCAACAAAUGUGGCCCUGGAGAGCCCGCCUACAUUGAUGACCCAGUGAACGUGUCUUCACCUGCAACUAUACCAGACCCACCAGAAAAUCUUAAAUGGAGAGACAAGUCUGCUAGCAAGAUCUUCUUGUCAUGGGAGCCUCCCAAAUGGGAUGGUGGAACUGCAAUUAAAGGUUAUAUUGUUGACAAAUGUCAACGUGGUACUGACAAGUGGGAACCAUGUGGAGACCCAGUUCCUGAUCUUAAGUUUGAAGUGACUGGUCUCAUUGAAGGACAGUGGUAUGCUUAUCGUGUGAGGGCUUUGAACAAACUGGGUGCCGGUAAGCCUUGCAAGGCGACAGAUGAGAUUUUGGCCGUUGAUCCUAAAGAGCCUCCAGAGAUUCAGCUGGAUGCAAAACUGCUGGCUGGCCUCACUGCUAAGGCUGGCACAAAGAUUGAACUUCCUGCUGACAUCACAGGCAAACCAGAGCCUAAAGUCAAAUGGACCAAGGCUGACCUAGUCCUGAAGCCAGACGACAGAAUAUCAAUUGAUACCAAGCCUGGCCACUCAACUGUGUCCAUUGCUAAGACCAAGAGGGAUGACACUGCUACAUACAUCAUUGAGGCAGUCAACAGCAGUGGCCGUGCAACUGCAACAGUUGAUGUCAACAUUCUAGAUAAACCUGGUCCUCCAGCUGCCUUUGACAUCUCUGAAAUCACCAAUGAGUCCUGCUUGUUAGCCUGGAAUCCUCCAAGAGAUGAUGGUGGCUCAAAGGUGACAAACUAUAUUAUUGAGAGGAGGGCUUUAGACAGUGAAAUCUGGUACAAGUUGUCCUCCACUGUGAAGCAGACCACCUACAGGGCCACCAAACUUGUGGCUUUCAAGGAAUAUGUCUUUAGGGUAUAUGCUGAAAAUCAGUUUGGAGUUGGUGCCCCAGCAGAACAUGCCCCAAUAACUGCCAGAUACCCCUUUGAUACUCCUGGUCCUCCAUACAAAUUGGAGGCAUCUGAUAUUGCAAAGGAUGCAGUAACUCUGUCUUGGUAUGAGCCUGAUGAGGAUGGUGGAAGUCCUAUUACUGGAUAUUGGGUUGAGAGAUAUGAGCCUGAUCACGACAAAUGGAUCAGAUGCAACAAGCUGCCCGUCAGGGACACAAACUUUAGGGUAAAAGGACUGCCCACAAGAAAGAAGUAUAAGUUCCGUGUUUUGGCAGAGAAUCUUGCUGGACCUGGCAAACCAAGCAAAGAGACAGACCAGAUUUUGAUUAAAGAUCCAAUAGAUCCCCCAUGGGCUCCUGGUAAGCCCACUGUUAAGGAUGUGGCCAAAACAACUGCCUUCCUACAAUGGACAAAACCUGAACAUGACGGUGGUGCAAAGAUUGAGUCUUACAUCAUUGAACUCCUCAAGAGUGGAACUGACGAGUGGGUUCGUGUAGCUGAUGGUAUCCCCUCUCUUGAGUACUUCUUGAAAGGAUUGAUGGAGAAGCAAGAGUACUCAUUCCGUGUCAGAGCUGUCAAUGCAGCAGGCGAGAGUGAACCUAGUGAACCAAGUGAUCCAGUGCUCUGCAAGGAGAGACUCAAUCCUCCAUCACCCCCAAGAUGGCUUGAAGUAAUUUCUAGUAGCAGGAACAGCGCUGAUUUGAAAUGGACAGCACCUGAGAGAGAUGGUGGCUCUCCAAUCACAAACUACAUUAUUGAGAAGAGAGAUGUCAGACGCAAGGGCUGGCAGGCUGUGGACACCACUGUGAAAGAGCUGAAGUACACUGCCACCCCACUGAAUGAGGGGUCUCUCUAUGUUUUCCGUGUUGCUGCAGAGAAUGCUGUGGGACCCAGUGAAUUUUGUGAACUUGUAGACUCUGUUCUCGCCAAAGAUACUUUCAGUACCCCUGGACCUCCAUAUAAUCUGACCAUUACUGAUGUCUCCAAGACUCAUGUUGACCUGAAAUGGGAAGCACCUAAGAAUGAUGGUGGAAGACCUGUCUUGAGAUAUGUCAUUGAGAAGAAGGAGAAACUUGGUACCCGCUGGGUGAAAUCAGGAAAGACUUCAGGUCCUGACUGCCAUUACAAAGUGACUGAUGUAAUUGAGGGCACUGAAGUGCAGUUCCAAGUCGCUGCUGAGAACGAGGCUGGAAUUGGUCACCCAAGCGAACCCACGGAUAUUGUGAUCAUUGAGGACCCAACAGGCCCGCCAUCACCACCUCAGGAACUGCACGUCACUGAGGCAGCCAGAGAUCAUAUUUGUAUUGCUUGGAAGGCACCAGAAAAGAAUGGAGGAAGUCCCAUUAUUGGCUACCAUAUUGAGCUCUGUGAGACUGGAACUGAGAAGUGGAUGAGAGUCAACUCUCGUCCUGUCAAAGAGCUAAAAUUCAGGGCAGGGGAUGAAGAAGGCAUUGUUCCUGAGAAGCAGUAUACCUUCAGAGUCCGUGCUGUCAAUUCUGUUGGUGACAGUGAGCCCUCUGACAUUUCUGAGAAUGUAUAUGCCAAAGAUUCUGACUGCAGCCCAACCCUUGACUUCCAGACCAAGGAUCUUGUUGUUGUAGAGGGUGAAAAGAUGCACCUCCCAAUUCCAUUUAGAGCUGUGCCAUCACCUAAAAUUACAUGGCACAAAGAUGGAAAUGAACUAAAGACUGAUGACAGAACUUUCUUCAGAGUUGAAUACACAUCAUGCCAUCUGGAAAUUCCAAGCUGCUUACACGCUGAUGCUGGCCAGUACAAAGUUACCUUGGAGAACAGCAAUGGUUCAGCUAGUGGAACAAUCAAUGUUAAAGUUAUCGGUCUUCCUGGGCCAUGUAAAGAAAUUGUUGCUAGUGAGAUUACCAAGAGCACCUGCAAGGUGUCCUGGGAUCCUCCAGACUAUGAUGGUGGUAGCCCUAUUCUCCACUAUGUGCUACAACGCAGAGAAGCAGGCAGGAGAACCUAUGUCAAUGUUAUGUCUGGAGAAAACAAAGUUAGUUGGCCGGUUAAGGAUCUCAUUCAAAAUGGAGAGUAUUACUUCCGUGUCAGAGCUAUCAACAAGAUUGGUGGUGGUGAAUACAUUGAACUUCGCAACCCUGUAAUUGCUGAAGAUCAGAAGCAACGUCCUGACCCACCAGUCGAUGUGGAAACACACAACCCAACUUCCGAGAGUGUGACCCUUACUUGGAAGCCUCCCAUGUAUGAUGGUGGAAGCAAAAUUAUGGGUUACAUUCUUGAGAAGAUGAUAAAAGGGGAAGAGAACUUUCAGAGAUGCAAUGACUUCCUUGUGCCAGUCAGACGUCCUGGUGUACCUGUAGGACCAAUUAAGAUUGGGGAGAUUUUUGCUGAAAGGAUUGGCCUCUCCUGGAAUCCACCAUUAGAUGAUGGCGGUUCCAAGGUUACAAACUAUGUCAUUGAAAAGCGUGAGGAAAACAGAAAAACAUGGGUCCAUGUUUCUAGUGAUCCAAAGGAAUGCCAAUACACUGUACAAAGGCUAACAGAGGGCCAUGAGUAUGAGUUCCGUGUUAUGGCUCAGAAUAAAUAUGGAGUAGGACCACCUCUGUACAGUGAACCUGAGAAAGCACGUAACCUUUUCACUGUGCCUGGCCAAUGUGAGAAGCCAACUGUCACAGAUGUUUCACUUGAAUCUAUGACCGUUAACUGGGAUGAACCAGAAUAUGAUGGUGGCUCUCCUGUAACUGGCUACUGGCUAGAGCGUAAGGAAACUACAGGCAAGCGCUGGACAAGAGUGAAUCGUGAACCUAUCAGAAUCAGGACUCUAGGAGUUUUCUGCUUUGUUGUUCCUGGACUUAAAGAGCUUGGACUCUACAGAUUUAGAGUGAGAGCUGUAAAUUCUGCAGGUGUGGGAGAACCUGGCGAGGUUGCUGAAGUGAUUGAAGUCAAGGAUAGGACAAUUCCCCCUGAGGUAGACCUGGAUGCAACUGUCAAGGAAAAGAUUGUUGUUCACGCUGGUGGGGUAAUCCGCAUCCUGGCCUAUGUGUCAGGAAAGCCUGCUCCAGAAAUUAUUUGGAAUAGAGACGAUGGUGAUUUGCCAAAGGAGGCUGCUAUUGAGAUCACUUCUAUAAGUUCAGCUUUGGUUAUCAAAAGUUGCAGGAGACAACACCAAGGCAUUUAUACAUUGACUGCCAAAAAUGCAGGUGGAGAGAGGAAGAAAGCAGUCAUUGUUGAAGUUAAAGACAAGGAAAUCAGAGGCACCAAGUUUGUUGUUCCUGGACUUAAAGAGCUUGGACUCUACAGAUUUAGAGUGAGAGCUGUAAAUUCUGCAGGUGUGGGAGAACCUGGCGAGGUUGCUGAAGUGAUUGAAGUCAAGGAUAGGACAAUUCCCCCUGAGGUAGACCUGGAUGCAACUGUCAAGGAAAAGAUUGUUGUUCACGCUGGUGGGGUAAUCCGCAUCCUGGCCUAUGUGUCAGGAAAGCCUGCUCCAGAAAUUAUUUGGAAUAGAGACGAUGGUGAUUUGCCAAAGGAGGCUGCUAUUGAGAUCACUUCUAUAAGUUCAGCUUUGGUUAUCAAAAGUUGCAGGAGACAACACCAAGGCAUUUAUACAUUGACUGCCAAAAAUGCAGGUGGAGAGAGGAAGAAAGCAGUCAUUGUUGAAGUGCUGGAUGUCCCUGGCCCUGUGGGUCUGCCCUUCUCUGGUGAGAAUCUCACCAAUGACUCUUGUAAGUUGGCAUGGUACUCUCCUGAAGAUGACGGUGGCUCAGCUAUCACCAACUAUAUAAUUGAGAAAAGAGAAGCUGACCGCAGAGGCUGGACUUCAGUGACAUAUACUGUCACAAGACACAAUGCUGUUGUCCAGGGUCUUAUUGAUGGCAAGGGUUACUUCUUCAGAAUUGCGGCUGAAAAUAUUAUUGGGCUGGGUCCGUUCACUGAGACCUCAGCUCCUGUCGUCAUCAAGGAUCCACUUUCUAUACCUGAGCGCCCAGAGGAUCUUGAGGUGACAGCCAUCACAAAUGAUUCAAUCAGUGUCACAUGGAGACCUCCAAAGUAUGAUGGAGGUUCAGACAUUACAAGCUAUGUUCUUGAGGUUCGUCUUAUCGGACAGGACAACUUCAGCCGUAUUGCCAUAGAGGACAAACUUAUGGAACGUAAAUUCACACACUUGGGUCUUAAGGAAGGUUCUUCUUACGAAUUCCGAGUUAGUGCUGUGAAUCAAAUCGGUCAAGGCAAACCAUCAUUCAGCACCAAACCAGUUACAUGCAAAAAAGAGUUUGAACCACCAAACCUUGAUCUUGAGUUCCGUGACAAGCUUGUUGUUCGUGUUGGGGAAACUUGCACUCUUCAAAGUGGGUACUCAGGAAAACCAGCACCAACUAUUAAAUGGUUCAAAAAUGAUGAGGAGCUUCAGGCAAAUGAAGAAAUUGCUCUCACCAGCACAAAGAAUAAAUUGUGCUUGACUAUUGCAAAGGCAAAACGUGAUCACAGUGGAAAAUACACUGUUGUUCUGGAGAACUCCAUUGGCUCACGCAAGGGCAUAUGUAAUGUUAUUGUUGUCGACCGUCCACAACCUCCAGAGGGUCCUGUUAUCUUUGACGAGAUCUACAGGAAUUAUAUGCUCAUUUCCUGGAAGCCCCCACUGGAUGAUGGUGGAGCUGCUAUUUCUAACUAUAUUGUUGAAAAGAGAGACACCAACAGGGAUCUAUGGAUGCCUGUUACAGAAUCUUGUACAAGGGCAUCAUGCAGAGUUCCAAAACUGAUUGAGGGAAGAGAGUACAUCAUUAGAAUCUGUGCUCAGAAUAUUCAUGGCAUUAGUGAUCCAUUGCUAUCUGCUGAGACAAAAGCAAAGGAUGUUUUCAAGGUUCCAGAUGCUCCACAGGCACCUGUGGUAAAAGAAAUCUAUAAAGAUACAGCGCUGAUUUCAUGGCUUCAGCCAGCUGAUGGUGGAAAACCAAUCACAAGCUACAUUGUUGAAAAGAAGGAGACCAAGGCCAACAUGUGGUCUAGAGCUGGAAAAGACCGCAUUUACCCUAACACAGAAUUCUGGGUUCCUGAGCUUCUCAAGGGAUGUGAAUAUGAAUUCCGUGUCAUGGCAGAGAAUGUGAUUGGUGUUGGUGACCCCAGCCCAUCAUCAAAGCCCAUCUAUGCCAAAGAUCCUAUUGUGAUUCCAAGCCCACCUGUACUUCCAGUAGCAAUUGACAAGACAAAAGAUUCUGUCACUCUUUCUUGGCAACCACCAAAAGACUGUGGCAGAGGCAAAAUUUUUGGCUAUCUCAUUGAGUAUCAGAAAGCUGGUGAUGAGGAAUGGCUUCAAGUUAAUCAAACACCUGACUCUUGCCAGGGCACUACAUUCAAGGUUAUCAACCUUGAGGAUGGUGCACUUUACAGAUUCAGAGUGAAGGCAGUGAAUGCUGCUGGUGAAUCAGAUUCUGCAUAUGUCCCAGAGCCCGUUCGAGCACAAGACAGACUUGAGCCCCCAGAACUUCAACUGGAUUUGGGCAUGCCUCGUGAGAUCAAAGCAAUGGCUGGAACCCAUAUUAAUAUUAUUGCUGGAAUCAAGGGAAUACCUUUCCCCAAAGUCACAUGGAAGAAAAAUGAGGCAGAUGUUCCAACAAGAGCAGAGAUUGAAACAUCUGGAACAGCAACCAAACUAGAGAUGCGUUAUUGCACCCGCGCAGAUUGUGGAGAUUACACACUUACUGUUGAAAAUCCAGCUGGAUCAAAGACAGCCACAUGCACCGUGCUUGUUCUUGACAAGCCUGGACCAGUUCAGCAUCUCAGAGCAUCUGAUGUCAGAUGUGAUUCUGCCCAGCUAUCUUGGAAAGACCCAGAAGAUAAUGGUGGUACACGCAUCACUAACUUUGUUGUUGAGAAAAAGGAUGCAGCAUCUGCACAAUGGGUGCCAAUCUGCUCAUCUUCCAAAAAACGUAGCAUGUUGGCCAAAUAUUUGAUUGAGGGAACGUCAUACAUGUUCCGUGUGGCGGCUGAAAAUCAGUUUGGAAGAAGUGAAUAUGUUGAAACACCAAAAGCUAUUAAAGCAAUGAAUCCACUGUUCCCACCUGGUCCACCUAAAGACCUGCAUCAUGUAGAUGCUGACAAAACUGAGGUGUGGCUCCAGUGGAAUUGGCCUGAUCGUACAGGAGGAAGUGACAUCACAGGGUUCUUGGUUGAGUACCAAGAAGAAGGUGAAAGGGAUUGGGUAGUUUUUAAGACUGUCAGCAUUCCUGAGUGCCAUGUGACUGGACUGGAAGAAGGAAAGACCUACAGGUUCCGUGUUAAGACAGAGAAUGCAGUUGGUUUAAGUAGACCAGACACCACUGUGCCAGUACUUUGCCAGGAAAAACUAGUGCCGCCAAUUGUUGAGGUGGAUGUGAAGUUGAUAGAGGGAAUCAUUGUGAAAGCUGGAAGCACUAUAAGAUUGCCUGCCAUAAUGAGAGGCCUUCCGGUUCCCACUGCCAAAUGGGUCAUUGAUGGAGAGGAAAUAAAGAGUGAAGGCAAUAUCAAAAUUGACACUGACAACUUCUCCACUGUUCUGAGCAUUGCUGACUGCACAAGACAUCACACUGGAAUCUAUAUUCUCACAGUGUCUAACUCAGCAGGAAGUAAGACUGUUUCUCUGAAUGUCACAGUGCUUGAUGUGCCAGCUGCCCCAAUAGGUCCUGUAAAUAUCCUUGAAGUGACUCCUGACUCCAUGGUCAUUGAAUGGCGUCCUCCCAAAGAUGAUGGUGGAAGUCCUGUCAUGAACUAUAUUGUUGAGAAGAGGGAAUCGAAUAAGGAGACUUGGGGAGGAGUAAGUUCUGGCAGCACUUCCACAACACUCAAAAUUUCUCGUCUGCAGCAAGGAGUUGAGUAUGUUGUGAGAAUUCGUGCUGAAAAUAAAAUGGGAAUUGGCGCAGCUCUUGAAAGUGCUCCAACUGUAGCCCGGCACCAGUUUGAGGCCCCUGGCCAUCCUGGAAAACCAGUUGCAUCUGAUAUUUCUGAAGAUGCCCUCACACUUGGAUGGACAAUGCCUCUGUUUGAUGGUGGUAGUCCGAUCAGUGGUUAUAUUAUUGAACGAAGACAUAAAGGAGGAAAAUGGAUUAGAGUGAAUAAAACACCUUGCAAGGACCUUAGAUAUAGAGUACUUGGGCUUUUUGAAGAUAAUGAAUAUGAAUUCAGAGUAUUUGCUGAAAAUAUUGCUGGCUUUAGUGGACCUUCACCUAUCUCAGAUCCUGCCAAACCUUGCAGACCAAUUACUGUUCCAGGACCUCCAGUGAACCCUAAGGUAAAGGACUACAGUUGCACAUAUGCUGACUUAGUCUGGAUCAGACCCACAAGAGAUGGAGGCAGUCCAGUCUUAGGAUAUAUUGUUGAAUACCAGAAGGCAGGUGCUGAUUGGGAGAAAGUAAAUAUGGAUGAUCUAAUUAAACAGUGUGCUUAUAGGGUUAAGGGACUGACAGAGGGCACAGAAUACAGGUUCCGUGUUAAAGCCGUCAACAUGAUUGGAGAAGGUGAGACCAGGGAAAUCCCAGAGUCAGUUAUUGCUAAGGAUAUUGUCAUUCCUCCGGAAAUUGAGGUGGAUGCCACAUGCCGUGACCGUUUGACUGUUCGUGUUGGGCAUAACAUUAAUGUCGUAGCAUAUGUAAAAGCACGACCUGAACCAGAAAUCACUUGGAGCAAAGGUGAAAGUGUUUUUGAAAAGGACAAGCGCACCACUCUGACAAACAACUUACCAGUAGUGCAAAUGCGUAUCAAGGAAGCAACCAGAGCAGAUCAUGGAAAGUAUACACUAAAAGCUGUAAAUGAAGCUGGAGAGGCCUCAGCUACUAUUACAGUAAAUGUUCUGGAUAGACCUGGGCACUGCCAAAAUCUUAAGUUGACCUAUGUAACUAAAAACUCUUGCAUGGUGUCCUGGGAUGCACCAGAGGAUAAUGGAGGCACUGAGAUAACAAAUUACAUUGUGGAAUGUCGGGAGCCAAGUAUACGAGCCUGGUCAAUGAUCUCAUCUGACUGCACAAAUCGCAUGGUAAAGGCUAAGCUCAUGGAAAAUCAUGAAUAUUUAUUCCGUGUAUCUGCCGAGAACAAGUGUGGUCCUGGGCCAGCAACAGAAACCAAAACUCCCAUCCUUGCAAUUGACCCACUUCAGAAGCCAGGUGAGCCAGAGAACUUCCACGUCAGUGAUAUUGGUAAAAACUUUGUUUUCCUUAAAUGGAGAAAACCAGAUUAUGAUGGUGGCAGUCCUAACCUGGGCUACUAUUUGGAGAAAAAAGCAAAGGAUGCUGAAGAGUGGGAGAAGGUACAUGAAGGAGUCCUGAAAGAGACAUUCUUCAUGGUAGACAAAUGUGUUGAGAACCACACAUAUCAAUUUAGAGUCCAGUCAACAAAUGAUGGAGGAGAAAGUGCCUGGGUUAGGACAUCUGAUAUUCUUGUCAAAGAAGAAGUUCAGAAACCAGUUCUUGACUUGAAAUUUGUUGGUACUGUUGUGGUCAAAGCUGGUGAAUCAGUUAGACUUGAAGCUGGACUUAGAGGAAAACCACAGCCUGAGGUUACAUGGGUUAAGGAAAAGACUACAGGCGAUAACCCAAGGAUCAGCAUUGACACUGGACAUGAUUACUCCAAAUUCCUCCUUACUAAAACCAAGCGUAGUGAUACUGGAAAAUAUGUGGUCACUGCUACAAACUCAGCAGGAUCAUUCACAGCAUAUGCCAAUGUUACAGUUUUGGAUAUACCAGGACCUGUCAGAGAUAUGAAGGUUUCUGGCAUUUCCACAGACAAGUGCAGAGUUGUAUGGGAUCCUCCAGAGGAUGAUGGCGGUUGUGAGGUGGACAGCUAUAUUCUAGAGAAAUGUGAGACGAGAAGAAUGGUUUGGUCCACUUACUCUGCCUCUAUUGUCACCAAUUACUGUAAUGUAACACGUCUUGUUGAAGGAAAUGAGUACAUAUUCAGGGUAAGAGCAGAAAAUAAGAUGGGAACUGGACCACCAAUGGAGAGCAAGCCUAUUACUGCUAAGACACAAUACAACAGGCCUGGUCCACCUGAUGCACCUGAGGUAACAAAAAUUGGUAAAGAUGAGAUGACUGUGGUAUGGGCUCCUCCUGAAAACGAUGGUGGAAAGUCUAUCACUGGUUACAUUCUGGAGAGAAAAGAAAAGCGGGCUGUUCGGUGGGUCCCUGUCACAAAGAGCCCUAUCUCGGAGAGGCGUAUGAAGGUCACCAAUCUGAUCCCUAACCACGAAUAUCAAUUCCGUGUCAAAGCAGAAAAUGAAGUAGGAUUGGGAGAACCAAGCAAACCAUCCAGACCCAUCACUGCAAAAGAUCCAAUUGAGCCCCCUGGUCCUCCUGGCAGCCUUAAAGUAGUUGACAGCACAAAGACAUCCAUUACACUUAGCUGGACGAAGCCUGUGUAUGAUGGUGGUGCUCCAAUUAUUGGAUAUUUGGUUGAAAUGAGGGAUAAGGUGCAAAUGGAAGGUGAACAAGAGAGAGAUCCAGAGGAAGGCUGGAAGAAAUGUAAUACUGCUGGACAGCUUGUCAUAACUGAAUUUACAAUGAUUAACUUGGAUGAGAGACAGGAAUAUGAAUUCCGGGUGUCUGCUCAAAACCAAGUUGGCAUGGGCCGUCCUGCAAACCUCAGGGAUGCUGUAUCACCAAAGGAGAUCCAUGAAACUCCAGAGAUUGAUCUUGAUGCUAGUCUAAGAAAAGGCCUUAGCGUAAGAGCAGGAUGUCCUAUCAGACUUUUUGCAACAAUUAGAGGAAGACCAGCACCUAAAGUGACUUGGAAGCGCAUGGGUGUUGACAAUGUCAUUAGGAGGGGCCAUGUGGAUCAGAUUGAUACAAUGACCUUCCUUGUGAUUCCUGAGUGCUCACGUGAAGACUCUGGCAAAUAUUCUUUGACUCUUUCUAACCCCUCUGGAGAAAAGGCUGUGUUUGUUCGUGUUAAAGUCUUAGAUACUCCUGGUCCCGUUGGUGGACUGGAGGCAACUGACAUUACCAAGACAACCUGCCAGCUUGCAUGGUUGCCUCCAGAAAAUGAUGGUGGUAGCCCAAUCUUAAACUAUGUUGUUGAGAAGCGUGAGGUUGAUAGGAAGACAUGGACAAAUUGCACAAGUGACUUGAAGAAAACAAGCUUCAAAGUCACGACUCUGACACCAGGAAUAGAAUACUACUUCCGGGUCAUGGCAGUUAACAAGUAUGGCAUUGGGUUGCCUCAAGACUCACCAAAAUCCUACCUCGCUACAGAUCCCAUGAGUGAGCCUGAUCCUCCGAAGAAGAUGGAUAUAUUAGAAAUUACUAAAAACAGUGCAACUCUAGGGUGGCUGAAGCCACUUAGAGAUGGUGGAUCUAAGAUUAAUGGCUACAUUGUUGAAUACCAGCAGGAUGGUCAACCUGAGGACAAGUGGACAUUAUACGCUGUUGUGAAAGACUUGACAAUUGUUGUAGCUGGACUGAAAGAAAACACUAAGUACAGAUUCAGGGUUGCAGCCAGAAACGCAAUAGGAUGCAGUUUGGCAAGAGAAGCUGAGGGCAUAUUUGAGGUCAAAGAACAGCUGAUGGCACCAAAGAUCAUCAUGUCUGAUGUGGUUACAGCAAGAGCAGGAUCUAAACUUAUAGUUGAGGCUCUUGUGUCUGGGAAGCCUGCUCCAGUCACAAAAUGGAAAAGGGGAAAUGAUGACAUAGUUACAUCUGAUCGUCUCUUCAUACAAAAAACCCCAACCACAAAUUCACUUUUGAUCAAAGAUGUCACAAGGAAGGAUAGUGGUUAUUACAGUCUGUCUGCUGAAAACAGCACUGCAAAGGUCAACCAGAUCCUCCGAAUAAUUAUUAUGGACAUCCCUGGUCCUCCACAGGGUCCUCUACAAGUUCUUGAGUUUGACAUGGAUUCCUGCACACUUGCAUGGGAUUCACCUGCUGAAGAUGGUGGCAGCAACAUCACAAACUACAUUGUUGAGAAGUGUGAUGUGAGCAGAGGUGACUGGGUCACAGUGGCAUCUUGCACCAAGACCAGCUGCAGAAUUGGAAAGCUCACACCUGGCAAAGAGUAUGGCUUCCGUGUCCGUGCUGAAAACCGUUUUGGCAUUUCAGAACCAAUUUACUCUGAGAAAAUGAUUGCUAGACAUCCAUUUGAUCCACCCAGUGAGCCAAGGAACUGUUGUGUCAACAAAAUCAACAAGGAAUCUGUUGUGUUGUCAUGGGAGAGACCAGUGAACGAUGGUGGCAGUCCCAUCACUGGAUAUUGCAUUGAGCGCAAAGAAAGAAAUAGCCUCCUGUGGGUCAAGGCAAAUGAGGUCCUUGUUCGCUCAACUGAAUAUACAUGCUCUGGCCUCAUUGAUGGUCUGGAAUACACAUUCAGAGUAUCUGCUGUCAACAAGGCGGGACAAGGCAAACCAAGCAAGCAGACAGAUUUUAUCACUGCAAGAAGUCCAGUUGAUCCACCUGGAAAACCCCAAGUUCUUGAUGUGACUAGAAAUUCUGUCUCUCUUGUCUGGAGCCGUCCAAAACAUGAUGGUGGAAGUAAACUCAUUGGUUAUGAUGUUGAAUCUCUGAAGCUUCCAGGUGACAAAUGGGUGCGAGUUAACACAAGCAGUCAAAAUAUACCAAAGGAAGAGUACAUUGUUCCUGGACUUGAGGAGGGAGUCCAAUACAAGUUCAGAAUAAUUGCAAAAACAGCAAUUAAUGUCAGUCUGCCCUCAGAGGAGUCUGAUGCUAUCCCAAUUAUUGCAGAGCAUGUUCCACCUAGAGUUGAGAUUAGUCUUGAAAUGAAGAACUUAAUUGUUGUCAAAGCCGGAGCAAAUGUCUGCCUGGAGGCUGAAGUUUUUGGCAAACCAUUGCCAAAGGUCACUUGGAAGAAAGAUGGUGUUCCUUUGAAAUUGGCUGAAGGUAUGAAAAUGACUCAGAAGGUUCAUCGCUUCUGCAUGGAACUGUUCUCUGUGACAAGAAAGGAAUCUGGAGAGUACACCAUUACUGCUGAGAACCCAAGUGGCACAAAGUCCGGCAACAUUAAAUUGAAGGUUCUAGACAAACCUGGACCCCCAGCAUCAGUGAAGAUAAGCCAUGUGUUUGCCGACCGGGUGAAACUGAGGUGGGAGCCACCUCUUGCCGAUGGUGGUUCUGAAAUCACAAAUUACAUUGUUGACAAACGAGAAACAAGCAGAGCUAACUGGGCACAAGUUUCUGCUAACAUCAAUGGUCAGAUAACAGACUGUUCUGUGGAGAAACUGAUUGAAGGCCAUGAAUAUGAGUUCCGCAUCAGUGCUGAGAACAAGUAUGGUGUUGGAGACCCAAUUGUGACUAACUCUGUGAUUGCCAAGAAUCCAUUUGAUGUCCCAGGACCAUGUGAACCUCCAGUUAUUACCAAUAUCACCAGGGAUCACAUGACUGUUAGUUGGAAGGCCCCUGCUGAUGAUGGCAAGGCCACCAUUCUUGGAUAUAUGGUUGAGAAACGUGAAACUCAAGACCUCAAUUGGGCUAAAGUGAAUAGAAGACCAGUUAUUGACAGGACAAUUAAAGCUGGAGGCCUCACAGAGGGAUCGGAGUAUGAAUUCAGAGUCAUUGCACUCAAUAAAGCUGGUCUUGGCAAACCAAGUGAUCCAUCAGCUGGUGUUCUUGCAGUAGACCCAGUGUAUCCUCCUGGACCACCUGCUUUUCCAAAGGUUGUUGACUCUACACACAGUUCAAUCAGUUUGUCCUGGACCAAACCCGCCUAUGAUGGUGGAUGUGAAAUUCUGGGCUAUCUUGUUGAGUUCAAAAGAGCAGAUGCAGAAGACUGGCUGAAGUGCAAUGUGCCAAAGAAUCUCCAGGCAACAAAAUUUAAUGUUACUGGUCUUAUGGAUAACACUGAGUACCAGUUCCGUGUUACUGCUGUAAACAAGAUUGGAUUUGGUGAGCCAAGUGAAGUUCCUGGAAAACAUAUGGCAAAGGAUAUCCUAAUUGCCCCUGAGGCUGAACUUGAUGCAGAUCUCAGAAAAGUACUAGUUUUACGUGCUGGAGUCACAAUGAGAAUUUAUGUACCUCUGAGAGGGCGUCCUGCUCCAAAGGCAACAUGGACUAAGGUCAAUGCAAACUUGAAAGAAAGACAAGGUUUUAUGAUCAAGACAACUGAAUGGGAUACCUUCCUUUAUUGUGAGGAUAUCAACAGAUAUGAUGCUGGCAAAUAUGUCCUAACUCUAGAAAACAGUAGUGGUACCAAGUCAUAUACCAUUGUUGUCAAAGUACUAGACACACCUGGACCCCCAGUCAAUCUGAUUGUUAAGGAGACCUCGAAGGACCAUGCAUCUAUUACUUGGGAUGCUCCAUUAAUUGAUGGUGGUAGUCCCGUUAAGAGCUAUGUUGUUGAAAAACGUCUGGCUGAGAGAAAGGCUUGGACCUCUGUUGCUCCUGAAUGUCCCAAGACAUCUUUCAGGAUUACUAAUCUCGAAGCUGGUAAAGCUUACUGCUUCAGAGUUUCAGCUGAAAAUACAUAUGGUAUCGGUGAGGGUUGUGAAACAGCUGGACCAGUCAAAGCCUCAGAGCAACCUGGACCAGUUACAGAUUUUAAACCUUCAGAGAUCAACAAGAAUUCUUGCACUCUUGGCUGGAAGAAACCAAUCAGUGAUGGUGGAAGCCAUAUUGUUGCAUAUGUUCUCGAGAUCUGUGAAGGGGAAGACAAAUGGAAGCUGCUAAUGAAGUCUAAGCUCACCCAGUACACAAUGACUGAUCUUGAAGAAGGAAAGGAGUACUUCUUUAGAGUCAAAGCCAUUAAUGAAGCAGCUGAAGGACCAUCAUCUGAGCUCACUGUCUUGGCUAAAGAUCAAAUAGUCCUUCCAGACUUUAAUCUUAAAGGUUUGCCAGACUCUACCUAUGUGGCAAAGGAAGGAAGCACUGUUCGCCUUAAUAUCCCUAUUUUUGGUAUCCCAGCUCCUGCAGUCACAUGGAAAAAGGGUGAUGUUACUUUAUCAGACAGUGGCAGGAUCUCAGGUGAAUCAACGGCAACAAACACGGUCUUGUUGGUUCGUGAUUGCAAUAGAGGUGAUGCUGGCAAUUUCACUGUUAUUUUGAGAAACAGUGCUGGAACAAAGGAAUCAGCUAUUGACAUUAAAGUUGUUGGAAAGCCUGGAAUCUGCACCGGUCCCAUCAAAUUUGAUGAAAUCACAGCUGAAGCGAUUACUGUAGAAUGGGGUCCACCCAAAGAUGAUGGUGGAUCAGAAGUUACCAACUAUAUUUUGGAGAAGAGGCAUUCUACUGCCAACAAGUGGGUCACAGUUGCUUCUGCAAUUCAAAAGAACUCUAUGAGAGUUACAAGACUUCAUGACGGAACAGAAUACAUUUUCAGAGUUUGUGCUGAAAAUAAAUAUGGAUUUGGAGAGUUCCUCAAAUCUGAUCCAGUGGUUGCUAAACAUCCAUUCAAUGCACCAGGGGCUCCAGCACCACCUGAGGUUGUGAGCAUUCGUCAUGAGUCUGCUAUCCUAACAUGGUCUGAUCCAAAAGAUAGUGGAGGCUCACCCAUCACAGGAUAUUACGUGGAAUUCAAAGAUAGAAAUAGCCUGAUGUGGAAGAGAGCCAACAAGACACCUUUGAGAGUGAAAGAAUGCAGAGUAACCAGUUUGGUUGAAGGACUGGAAUAUGAAUUUAGGGUCAUAGCUAUGAAUGUGGCUGGACUUGGAAAGCCAAGCAAAACAACUGAAUCACUUGUUGCUCUUGAUCCAAUUGAUCCACCUGGUAAACCUGAUGUGAUCAGUGUCACAAGAAACAGUGUAACACUAAUUUGGGCUGCAGCCAAGUAUGAUGGUGGCCACAGACUGACUGGCUAUAUUGUCGAGAAAUUAGAGCAUCCUGGAAAGACCUGGAUGAAGGCCAACCAUGUGAAUGUCCAAAGCUGUGCAUACACUGUUACAGACCUACAGGAAGGCUGUACUUAUGAAUUCAGAAUAAGGGCUAAAAAUGCAGCUGGAGCUAUCAGUGCUCCCUCAGAGACAACUGAGCCUCUUGUCUGCAAAGAUGAAUAUGAACCACCAACUAUCACAAUUGACCCUGAAAUGAAGGAUGGAGUGACUGUGAGGGCUGGAGAAACAAUUGUCGUAACAGCAUCAAGCAUUCUUGGGAAACCACCUCCUACAACGGUGUGGUCUAAGGGUGGAAGAGAAUUCAAGACCUCAGAUAUUGUCCAAAUUACAAGCACUCCCACAUCUUCAACACUGUCAAUCAAGUAUGCCAGCCGAAAGAACACUGGGGAGUACACUAUUACUGCAAGUAAUCCAUUUGGUAUUAAAGAAGAAAAAGUCAAAGUGAAAAUCCUGGAUGUGCCUGGACCUCCAGGUCCUAUUGAAGCCAGCAAUGUCUCUGCUGAAAAAUGCACUUUGACAUGGUUGCCACCAGAAGAAGAUGGUGGCUGCACUAUCAAAUCAUAUACAUUAGAAAAGAGAGAAACCAGCCGCCUUCUCUGGACAAAGCUUGCUGAAGAUGUUAUGGAUUGCCGCUAUGUUGCCAGCAAGCUGAUAAAGGGAAAUGAAUACAUAUUCCGUGUUUCAGCAGUCAAUCAGUAUGGUAUUGGUGAUGCAACACAGUCUGGACCAGUUAAAAUGGUUGAUAGUUUUGGACCUCCUGGGCCACCAUCAAAACCAGAAAUUGAUAAUGUCAGUAAAAAUGCUGUAACAAUUUCCUGGAAGAGACCAAUUGUAGAUGGAGGAAGUGACAUUAGAGGCUAUAGUGUUGAGAGAAAAGAGAGAAGAGGAAUGAGAUGGGUCAGAGCUUCAAAAAAGACCAUUUCUGAUCUACGUUAUAAGGUCUCAGGCCUGUCAGAGGGAACUGAAUAUGAAUUCCGUGUAACUGCAGAGAAUAAGGCUGGUUUUGGCGAGCCCAGUGAGCCAUCACAGCCUGUAAUGACAAAGGAUAUUUCAUAUCCACCAGGACCUCCAUCCAACCCACGGAUUACUGACACCACCAAAACUACAGCAACAUUUAACUGGGGUAGACCCUUCUAUGAUGGUGGACUUGAUGUUACAGGAUACAUUGUUGAACAUAAAAAGGAAGGUGAUGAUGACUGGGUUCAAGACACAACUACUCCAUUGAGAAUAACAGAAUUUGUAGUUUCAAAUCUACAAUCAGGAGGAAAAUAUCACUUCAGAGUCAGAGCACUGAAUUCAGAAGGACUUGGUGAACCCUCUGAAGUUGAGCAAGUUGUUGAACUGGUGGAUCGAGAGGAGGUUCCUGAAUUUGAACUUGAUGCAGAGUUGAGAAAAACACUUGUUGUUAAGUCAGGUGCUUCAAUCCGCAUAUUUGUGCCAAUAAAGGGCAGGCCAGCCCCAGAAGUAACAUGGCAUAAGGAAGAUGUACCGCUUAAAGGCCGUGCUCACAUUGACACUACUGAAUCAUACACUCUAGUAGUCAUCCCUGAGUGUACAAGAUAUGAUGCAGGGAAAUAUGUCCUAACAUUGGAAAAUGUUGCUGGAAAGAAGUCUGGAUUUGUCAAUGUUCGUGUUGUGGACACCCCAGGACCUCCAGUGAAUUUGAAACCAAGUGAAAUCACAAAACAUAGUAUUACUUUACAAUGGGAGAUUCCAAUCAUUGAUGGUGGUUCAAAGAUUACAAAUUAUAUCAUUGAGAAGCGGGAUGCAACACGAAAGGCUUACUCAACCAUUACAGCAAACUGGCAGAAAUGCUCGUACAAGAUUCCAGACUUGGAAGAGGGUGCUGAAUAUUACUUUAGAGUUUCUGCUGAGAAUGAAAGGGGCAUCGGUGAACCAGCAGAGACACCUGAACCAAUUAAAGCUUCUCAGGCUCCUUCUGCACCAGAUAAUCUGAUUGUUUCAGAUGUUUCCAAGGACACAGCAACUCUUGCAUGGACUAAACCAAAACAUGAUGGUGGUAGUCGAAUCACUGGCUAUGUGAUAGAGGCUCAACUGAAAGAUUCUGAUCAGUGGACACAUGUGACAACAAUAAAAGCUUUAGAUUACACUGCAACAGAAUUGGUGGAAAAUGCAGAAUAUGUGUUCCGCAUCUUUGCUGUAAACAGCUCGGGUAGGAGUGAACCUCGUGAAAGUCGACCAGCUGUAAUCAAGGAGCAAACCACUGCUCCAGGAUUUGACCUCAGAGGUAUAUAUCAGAAGAUGGUGGUAGCUAAAGCAGGUGAUAAUCUUAAAGUUGAGAUCCCUGUUCUGGGACGUCCAAAACCACUUGUUGUAUGGAAGAAAGAAGAUCAGGAACUUAAACAGACACAGAGAAUAAACGUUGAAAAUACUGCAACUUCUACAAUUCUCAACAUUAAUGAAAUUAAGAGAAAAGACGGAGGACAGUAUUCAAUGACAGGAAAGAACAUCUUUGGAACUGUGACUGAAAUCAUUACUGUUCAAGUACAUGAUAUUCCAGGACCUCCAACUGGACCAAUAAAACUGGAUGAGGUUUCUUGUGACUAUGUGAUAAUAUCAUGGGAAGCUCCAGAAAAUGAUGGAGGAGUUCCUAUUAAUAACUACAUUGUUGAAAUGCGUGAGACAACUGGCACAUCCUGGGUAGAACUGGCAGCAACUGUUAUCCGCACAACAUUUAAAGCAGCACGCCUUACAACUGGUAUUGGAUAUCAAUUCCGUGUAAAAGCUCAGAACAGAUAUGGUGUUGGACCCUACAUAACAUCAGAACCAGUGGUGGCUGCGUAUCCAUUUGAUGUUCCAGGACAGCCUGGAAUUCCACAAAUAGUUGCCUUCACCAAGGAUUCAAUGACAAUCAGCUGGAAUGAACCUUCUUCAGAUGGAGGUAGCCCAAUUUUAGGAUACCACAUUGAGAGGAAAGAGAAGAACAGCAUACUCUGGCAGAGGAUCAGCAAAGCUCUAGUUGUUGGCAAUAUGUUUAAAUCACCAGGUCUGAUUGAUGGUAUUGCAUAUGAAUUCCGUGUUAUUGCAGAAAAUCUGGCUGGUCUCAGCAAAGCAAGCAAGCCAUCUGAGAUGACAUAUGCACUUGAUCCUGUAGACCCCCCAGGUCAACCAGUGGCACUUAACAUAACUAGACAUGAAGUUACUCUUCAGUGGUCAAAGCCAGAGGGCGAUGGUGGUUUCUCAAUAACUGGAUAUACAGUUGAAAAAAGAGAGCUGCCUAAUGGUCGCUGGCUCAAAGCCAACUUCAGCAACAUUCUUGAAACAAACUUUACUGUUAGUGGUCUCACAGAAGAUGCUUCUUAUGAAUUCCGUGUAUUAGCAAGAAACUCAGCUGGGGCUGUCAGCAAACCAUCUAAACCUUCAGAGGUCAUUGUCUGCAGAGAUGACAUUGAAGAGCCAAAAAUUGAUGCUGAUGCAAGUUUCAGUAGUGCUGUGGUAGUGAAAGCAGGAGAUGUCUUCAAGCUAGAUGCACGUGUUACAGGUCGCCCAAUUCCAUCCUUGGUUUGGACUAAAGAUGGCAAGGAGCUUGAGGACACUGGAAAACUAGAGAUCAAAACAUCAGAUUUCUAUACUUGUUUGAUUAACAAAGAUUCUUUACGUAGAGAUGGCGGUGUAUACGCUCUAACUGCUAGCAAUCCGGGAGGAUUUGCCAAAUUUGUCUUCAACGUUAAAGUUCUUGACAGACCUGGCCCACCUGAAGGACCACUGCAUGUCACAGACAUGACAACAGAGAAAUGUAUUCUGUCAUGGCUGCCACCACUUCAUGAUGGAGGAGGAAAGAUUGAAUAUUACAUCAUUCAGAGACGUGAAACAAGUAGACUUACAUGGACAAAUGUAGCCACGGAUUUACAAGUAAACCGCUAUAAGGUUACCAAAUUGCUGAAAGGAAAUGAAUAUAUUUUCAGAGUCAUGGCUGUGAACAAGUAUGGAGUUGGAGAACCUCUUGAAUCUGAGCCUGCUGUUGCCACUAACCCAUAUGUGCCUUCUGAUCCUCCACAGGCACCAGAAGUAACUGCUAUCACAAAACAUUCAAUGGUGGUGUGUUGGGGACAUCCUGAACACAAUGGUGGAAGUAGUAUAAAUACCUACAUCAUUGAGAGGAGAGAUAAAACUGGUCUUCGUUGGGUAAAAUGCAAUAAAAGAACUGUUACUGAUCUGCGCUUCAAAGUGUCAGGACUAACACCUGGACAUGAGUAUGAAUACAGAAUCCUAGCCGAAAAUGCUGCUGGCUUAAGUGCACCAAGCCCUUCAAGUCCAUUCUACAAAGCAUGUGACACAAUAUUUCAACCUGGACCCCCUGGAAAUCCUAGGGUUUUGGAUACAAGUAAGUCAUCCAUUACUAUUGCUUGGAAUAAACCAGUUUAUGAUGGUGGCUCAGAUAUCACAGGCUAUAUUGUUGAAACAUGCCUGCCAGAGGAAGAUGAAUGGACAAUUGUCACUCCAAAGGCUGGGCUAACAGCAACAUCAUUCACCAUAACCAACCUUAUUGAAAACCAAGAAUAUAAGAUCAAUAUUUCAGCUCUUAACUGUGAAGGUGUUGGAGAGCCAGCCUCUGUACCUGGUUCACCAAAAGCAGAAGACAGACUCCUUCUACCCGAAAUCGAGCUUGACUCAGACCUUCGCAAAGUAGUGAACAUCAGAGCAUGUAGUAACUUAAGAUUAUUUGUGCCAAUUAAAGGAAGACCUGCACCAGAAGUCAGAUGGUCAAGGGAGACAGGUGAACCCCUUGAUAAAGCAUCAAUUGAAAUUACAUCAUCUUUCACCACAUUGGUUAUCGAGAAUGUAAACCGAUUUGAUGGUGGAAAAUACAUGCUAACAGUGGAAAACAGUUCAGGAACUAAAACGGCGUUUGUUAAUGUCCGAGUUCUUGACACUCCUGAUGCACCACAGAACCUUACAAUCAAAGAAAUCACAAAAGAUUCUGCUUCCCUCAUCUGGGAUCCUCCAGUCAUUGAUGGUGGAUCAAGAAUCAGGCAUUAUAUUGUUGAAAAACGUGAAUCUACACGAAAAGCAUAUUCCAUCGUUAAUACCUCCUGUCCCAAAACAAGUUGUAGAAUUGGAGACUUACAAGAAGGAAGCAUGUAUUUCUUCAGAAUUUUGGCUGAAAAUGAGUAUGGUGUUGGUCUUCCAGUAGAGACCACGGAAGCUAUAAAAAUCUCUGAGAGACCUCUUCCUCCUGGAAAAGUGACUCUAAAAGAAGUAACUGGCAACAGUGUAACACUUUCUUGGGAGAAGCCGGACCAUGAUGGAGGAAGCAGAAUUACGGGUUAUAUUGUUGAAAUGCAAGGGAAAAACAGUGAAAAAUGGACGCAAGUAAUGACUGUUAAAGUAACAGAGGCAGUUGUUGUUGGCCUAACACAAGGUGAAGAAUACUUCUUCCGUAUUUCAGCAACUAAUGAAAAGGGAACCAGUGAUCCACGUCCACUUAGUGUCCCUGUGGUUGCUAUGGAUGUUGUUAUUGCUCCUGCCUUCAAACUUUUGUUCAGCACAUUCAGUGUUCUGGCAGGUGAUGAUCUGAAAAUUGACGUGCCUUAUGUUGCUCAGCCCAAGGCAGCAGUUACCUGGCAAAAAGAUGGUAUUGCUCUGAAAGAGACAACAAGAGUAAAUGCUGAAAUAGCAGAGAGACACCUUUACCUUGUGAUAAAAGAGGCAACACGGGAUGAUGUGGGCAAAUAUACUAUUAAACUGACAAACUUAGCUGGUGAAGCUACAGCAGACAUCAGUGUUAUUGUACUUGAUAAACCUGGACCACCAACUGGCCCAAUCAAAAUAGAGGAGGUAACUGCAGACUGUGUUACAUUGUCAUGGCAGCCUCCAGAGUACGAGGGAGGCUGUAGCAUUAAUAACUAUAUUGUGGAAAAACGAGAUACAUCCACCACCAACUGGCAGAUUGUAUCUGCAACAGUGGCAAGAACAACAACUAAAGCUGCAAGAUUGAAGACUGGCUGUGAAUAUCAAUUUAGGAUUGCUGCUGAAAAUAGAUAUGGAAAGAGUUCAGUUCUUUUGUCUGAGCCUGUUGUUGCACAAUAUCCCUUUGAGGUUCCAAAUCCACCAGGAACUCCAACUGUUCAAUCUGCUACUAAAGAAAGCAUGGUUAUUGUGUGGAACAAACCCAGUAGUGAUGGUGGAAGCAAGAUUUUGGGAUAUCACAUUGAGAGUAAGGAAAGAAACAGCUUGUUGUGGGUAAAGCAAAACAAAACACUCAUUCCAGACACAAGAUUCAAGAUAGGUGGCCUUGAAGAAGGCAUUGAAUAUGAAUUUAGAGUUUAUGCUGAGAAUAUAGUUGGUCUAAGCAAAGCAAGCAAAGUAUCAGAAAUCCAGGUGGCUAGAGAUCCAUGUGACCCUCCAGGCAAACCUGAAGCAGUGAUUGUCACCAGAAGCUCUGUAACACUCAGGUGGACACCACCACAGUUUGAUGGCGGCAGCAAGAUUACAGGAUAUGUCAUUGAGAAAAAAGAAUUGCCUAAUGGCCGCUGGAUGAAAGCUUCUUUUACGAAUAUCAUUGAGACCGAAUUUGUUGUCAGUGGUUUGGUAGAGGAGCAGCAGUAUGAAUUUCGUGUCAUUGCAAAAAAUGCUGCAGGUGUGUCUAGUGUUCCAUCAGACAGUACUGGUGCAAUCACAGCCAAGGAUGAAGUUGAUCCACCCCAAAUUGACUUGGAUGCCAAAUAUUCUCAAACUAUUGUUGUUAAUGCUGGAGAAUCAUUCAAAGUAGAUGCAAGAAUACUUGGCAAACCUAUUCCUUCAGUUCACUGGAUAAAAUCUGGCGAAGAACUUACAAAUACUGCAAGACUUGAGAUAAAGAAUACUGACUUCACAACUACUCUUAGUGUGAAGGAGGCUAUCCGUGUUGAUGGAGGGCAGUAUACCUUGCUAUUAAAAAAUGUUGGUGGAGCGAAAUCAGUAGUUGUCAAUGUCAAGGUUCUGGACAGACCUGGGCCUCCAGAUGGCCCAAUUUCAAUCUAUGGGGUUACCAGUGAAAAGUGCUGCAUUGGCUGGAAAACUCCAUUGCACGAUGGAGGUGCAGAGGUGUCUCAUUACAUUGUGGAAAGAAGAGAGACCAGCCGCUUAGUUUGGACUGUUGUGGAAUCUAAGGUACAAACCCUCAAUCUGAAAAUUACAAAACUCCUUCCUGGAAAUGAGUAUAUUUUCAGAGUGAUACCUGUAAAUAAAUAUGGAAUUGGUGAGCCUUUAGAAUCUGAUCCAGUGAUUGCAGCAAAUCCAUUUGUACCACCUGAUGCACCAAGUAAUGUUGAAGUGUCAAAUAUAACAAAGGAUUCCAUGGUUAUCACAUGGCAAAGACCCACUAAUGAUGGCGGCAAUGCAAUUACAGGAUAUAUUGUUGAAAAGAGAGACAAAGAAGGUGUUAGGUGGGCAAGAUGCAACAAACGUGUAGUGAGUGAACUACGCUUUAGAGUAACAGGACUUCUUGAAAACCGAAGUUAUGAAUUCCGUGUGUCUGCUGAGAAUGCAGCUGGAGUUGGUAAACCAAGUCCACCCACAGUGUACUUCAAGGCAGUGGAUCAAGUCUUCAAGCCUGGUCCACCAAACAACCCCAAGGUAAUUGAUGUCUCAAGAGCAUCUGUUGUCCUGCAUUGGGGAAAGCCAAUUUAUGAUGGUGGCUGUGAAAUUCAGAGUUACAUUGUUGAGGCAUUUGAAGUCACUUCCGAUGAAUGGAUGAUGUGUACACCACCCUCUGGAAUAACAGAGACAAGAUUUGAAGUUAAAAAACUGCUUGAAAAGCAUGAGUACAAAUUCAGAAUCUGUGCCAUAAAUAAGGUUGGUGUGGGAGAAACUGCUGAUAUCCCAGGAUCCAUUAUCAUAGAGGAUAAACUUGAGGCACCAGAUAUUGAUCUUGAUGCUGACUUGAGAAAGAUGAUUACUGUCAGGGCUGGAGGCUCUCUAAGAUUGUUUGUUCCUAUUCGUGGACGGCCAACUCCUGAAGUCAAGUGGGGAAAGGCUGAAGGGGAAAUCAACGAGGCAGCUCAAAUUGAUAUUACAAGCAGUUUCACUUCACUCAUAAUUGAAAAUGUUAAUAGAUUUGACAGUGGAAAAUACACUUUAACUCUGGAAAAUGCCAGUGGAACAAAAUCGGCAUUUAUUAGUGUCAGAGUAUUAGAUAAUCCUGAUGCGCCUGCAAACUUCCGUGUGAAGGAAAUAACAAAGAAUUCAGUCACUCUUACCUGGGAGCCACCGUUGCUAGAUGGUGGAGCUAAAAUUAAAAAUUACAUUGUUGAAAAACGAGAGAGUACAAGAAAGGUAUACUCUGCUGUUGUUACCUGCAACAAGAUGACAUGGAAAAUUGAACCACUCCAAGAGGGAAGCAACUUUUUCUUCAGGGUUCUUGCUGAAAAUGAACAUGGUAUUGGAUUGCCGGCAGAGACUCUAGAACCAAUAAAAAUCUCAGAGGUGCCACAACCCGCUGGUAAAGUUUCUGUAGUGGACGUUACAAGGAAGAGUGUUUCCCUUAAAUGGGAAAAACCAGAGCAUGAUGGAGGCAGCAGAAUUACUUAUUACGAAGUUGAAAUGCAAGCAAAGGAUCAAGAUAAAUGGUCUCUUUGUGCUCAAGUAAAAUCCCUCGACACUGUUGUAACUAAUUUAGUCCAAGGUGGGGAGUACAAUUUCAGAGUUAUUGCCGUCAAUGACAAAGGAAAGAGUGAUCCCAGACUCUUGGCAAAUCCUGUUGUUGCAAAGGACCUUGCUAUUCAGCCCACAGUAAGAACAAAACUUAGCACCUACAAUGUACAGGUUGGGCAAGAUUUGAAAAUUGAAGCACGAAUUUCUGGUCAUCCAAAACCAACUAUUACAUGGAACAAAGAUGGUUCAGCUCUGAAACAGACCACAAGAGUAAAUGUUGCUGACACUGCACAUCAUACCACUCUUACCAUCAAAGAUGCAACAAGAGAAGAUGGUGGUAUGUAUAACAUUGCUGUGGCUAAUGUACUUGGACAAGCAGAAGCCACUGUUGAAAUAAUUAUACUUGAAAAGCCUGGCCCACCAACUGGCCCAGUCAGGAUUGAUGAAGUGAGUGCAGAGAGCAUUACAUUAUCUUGGGACCCACCAACAUACACUGGAGGCUGCCAGAUUUCAAAUUAUGUUGUCCAAAAGAGAGACACCACCACCACUAACUGGGUAGUUGUUUCUGCCACAGUAGCAAGAACCACACUUAAAGUUAGUAAUUUAAAAACUGGAGCUGAAUACCAGUUUAGAAUUUUUGCUGAGAAUAGGUAUGGUAAAAGCUAUGGCAUUGACUCAGAUCCGGUUCUUGCCCAGUAUCCUUUCAAGGAGCCUGGGCCUCCAGGAACUCCAUUUGUGUCUGCAUUCACAAAAGAAUCUAUGGUUGUUGAAUGGCACAAGCCAGUCUCAGAUGGUGGAAGUGCUAUUCUAGGAUAUCAUCUAGAGAGAAAAGAGAAAAAUAGCAUUCUUUGGACAAAGAUCAAUAAAAUACUCAUUCAAGACACCAGAUUUAAAACAUCUCCAUUGGAAGAGGGCAUUGAAUAUGAAUUCAGAGUCUAUGCUGAAAACAUAGUUGGAAUUGGAAUGUGCAGCAAAAUUUCUGAGGGUUGUGUGGCACGUGACCCAUGUGACCCACCAGGCACCCCUGUGCCAGUGAUUGUGACAAGACACUCAGUGAAACUUAGAUGGACACCACCGGAAUAUGAUGGAGGCAGCCUUGUCACUGGAUAUGUUGUGGAGAAACGAGACCUGCCAGAGGGUCGUUGGAUGAAAGCUAGUUUUGCAAAUAUUCUUGAAACUGAAUUUACAGUCACAGGCCUGAUAGAAGACUGCAAAUAUGAUUUCAGAGUUAUUGCCAGAAAUGGAGCUGGAUCAGUUAGUAGACCCUCUAUGAGCACAGGCUCAAUUACAGCUAAGGAUGAAGUUGAACCACCAACCUAUGAGGUUGCCUCAGAGUAUAGCCAAAUUUUGACCGUGAAUGCCGGAGACACAUUUACCCUGGAAGCAUCCAUACUAGGAAAGCCUGUUCCAACAAUGCAGUGGUUUAAGAGUGAUGUGGAAGUUGAAAAUUCAGCAAGAGCUGAAAUCAAGAACACUGACUUCAAAGCAAUUCUUGUUGUCAAAGAUGCCAUUCGAAUUGAUGGAGGACAGUACACAUUGCACCUCACUAAUGUGGCUGGAACAAAGUCUGUUUCCUUCAGUGUAAGAGUCCUUGAUAGACCUGGACCCCCUGAAGGUCCUUUUUCUGUCUCUGGUGUAACAUGUGAGAAGUGCUCAUUGUCAUGGCUGCCUCCAAAACAUGAUGGUGGCAGUAGCAUUUCUCAUUAUAUCAUACAGAAGAGAGAAACAAGUCGUCUUGCUUGGACUGUAGUUUCAGGUGAUUGUGGAGCAACCAUGUUUAAAGUUACUAAACUUUUAAAAGGAAAUGAAUACAUAUUCCGUGUAAUGGCUGUCAACAAGUAUGGAGUUGGUGAACCACUUGAAUCUGCACCAGUGAAUAUGAGAAAUCCUUUUGUUCCAUCUGGGCCACCUAAAGAACUAGAAGUAACAAAUAUUUCAAGGGAUUCUAUGACAGUAUGCUGGACUCGUCCUGAGACUGAUGGUGGAAGUGAAAUUGUUGGUUAUAUUGUAGAGAAGAGAGACAGAGCUGGAGUGCGGUGGACAAAAUGUAACAAACGCAGAGUCACAGACUUACGUUUCAGAGUCACAGGCUUGACAGAGGAUCAUGAAUAUGAAUUUAGGUUAUCUGCAGAAAAUGCUGCUGGAGUUGGACAGCCAAGUCCACCAUCUGUUUAUUACAAAGCCUGUGAUCCAACAUUUAAGCCUGGCCCACCAACUAAUGCACACCUUGUUGACACUACAAAGAAUUCAGUCACAAUUGCAUGGAGUAGACCAAUAUAUGAUGGUGGUUUAGACGUCCAAGGCUAUGUUGUUGAGAUAUGUAAAGCUGAUGAAGAAGAAUGGACCACAUGUACUCCACCCUCUGGAUUAAAUGAUACUACAUUUACAAUAACUAAACUUACUGAACACCAAGAAUACAAAGUCCACAUAUGUGCUUUUAAUAAACUGGGUGUUGGUGAGCCAGUGUCUAUCCAAGGAACUGUCAAACCAGUGGAUAAGAUGGAUGCCCCUGAAAUUGAGCUUGACUCGGAGUUGAGGAAAGGAAUUGUUGUGCAUGCUGGAGGGUCUAUGAGAAUCAACAUACCAUUCAAAGGACGCCCCAUUCCUGAGAUAAACUGGACCAAGGAUGAGGGAGAUUUACCAGAUAAAGCCCAAAUAGAAAAGGGACCAGAUUACACUCAGUUAUCAAUUGAUAUAUGUGACAGAAAUGAUGCUGGUAAAUAUACUCUGACUUUGGAAAAUAAUGCUGGCACUAAAUCAGCCUUUGUGUCAGUAAAAGUACUCGAUACACCAGGUGCUCCACAGAACCUUGUUGUGAAAGAUGUAACAAGAAACUACACCACCCUCGUUUGGGAACCUCCACUUAUAGAUGGUGGUUCAAAAAUAAAAAAUUAUAUAAUUGACAAGAGAGAAUCAAAUAGACAAGGAUUUGUAAACAUUACUACCAAGUGCUCCAAGACCAGCUUCCGUGUUGGUGAUUUGACAGAAGGUGGUGUUUAUUACUUCAGAGUCAUGGCAGAAAAUGAAUUUGGAAUUGGUCUCCCUGUAGAAACAGAAGAAUCCGUGAAGACAGCAGAUCCUCCUUUAUCUGUCGGCAAGGUAACUUUGACUGAUGUGACAAAAACAACAGCAUCACUUUCAUGGGAUAAACCAGAUCAUGAUGGUGGUAGUAGAAUCUUGGGUUAUUAUAUUGAAAUGCAGCCAAAAGGAUCAGAGGAAUGGACAAUUGCUACAGUCACCAAAACAGGUGAAGGUACAGUGACAGGACUUAGUUCAGGACAAGAGUACCUCUUCAGAGUUUUAGCUUACAAUGAGAAAGGAAAAAGUGAUCCAAGGCCAUUGACUGCUCCUGUCGUAGCCAAAGAUGUUACUAUUGAACCAAGCUUCAAACUACUUUUCAACACAUACAGCGUUCAAUGGAAACCCCCCAGCAAUAAUGGAGGUAGCCCUAUUAUUGGGUAUCACCUUGAGCGUAAAGAAAAGAACAGCAUCUUAUGGACCAAACUUAACAAGCUUCUUAUCGCUGACACUCGAUUCAAAACAAAUGGUCUGGAGGAGGGAAUUGAAUAUGAAUAUAAAGUGUUUGCUGAAAAUAUGGCAGGAAUCAGUCCAUCAAGCAAAGUCUCAGAAAGUGUUGUUGCACGUGAUCCCUGUGAUCCCCCUGGAACUCCUGAAGCCAUUGUUAUCACAAGAAACCUAGUAACUCUUCAGUGGGCAAAACCACAGUAUGAUGGUGGCAGUGCUAUUACAGGAUACAUUAUUGAAAGGAAGAAGCUGCCUGAAGGUCGUUGGAUGAAGGCCAGCUUUACAAAUAUUAUACACACACAAUUUACAAUAACUGGAUUGGAAGAAGAACAAAGAUAUGAAUUUAGAGUAAUUGCCAAAAAUGCAGCUGGUAAUUUAAGUGUACCCUCUGAAAGCACUGGACCCAUUACUGCUCAGGAUGAGAUUGAAGCUCCAUCUGUCUCCAUGGAUUCAAAAUUUAAAGAUGUUAUCACUGUAAAGGCUGGUGAGUCCUUUUCUAUUGAUGCAGACAUUGCUGGAAAACCUCUUCCUGAUAUUAUGUGGCUUAAGGAUGGAAAAGAAAUUGACAGUGCUACACCCAGAAUGGAGAUUAAAUCCACCAUCACACAAACAGUUUUGACUGUUAAGGACUGCAUUAGAGUAGAUGGUGGUCAUUUCCUCUUAAGUCUCAGUAAUGUUGGUGGAACCAAACAGGUACCCAUUAGUGUCAAAGUUCUUGAUAGACCUGGUCCACCUGAUGGCCCUCUGAAUGUAACUGGUGUCACAGCAGAAAAAUGCUAUUUGCACUGGAGCCACCCAUCACAUGACGGUGGAGCUGGCAUUUCUCAUUAUAUUAUUGAAAAGAGAGAAACUAGCAGACUGUCAUGGACAGUAGUGGAACCUAAAAUUCAAGCAAUUAGUUACAAAGUCACUAAACUCCUACCUGGUAAUGAGUAUAUAUUCAGAGUCAUGGCAGUGAACAAGUAUGGUAUUGGCGAACCACUUGAUGGCGGAUCACAAAUUGAUGGUUAUGUUCUUGAGAAACGUGAUAAAGAGGGUAUAAGAUGGACAAAGUGUAACAAGAAAAGACUGAAUGACUUGAGAUUCAGAGCCACUGGGCUUACAGAGGGACACUUCUAUGAAUUCAGAGUAUCUGCUGAAAAUGCUGCUGGUGUGGGCACACCAAGUGAACCAUCUCAAUAUUACAAAGCUUGUGAUGCAACUUAUCCUCCUGGUCCUCCUAAUAAUCCUAAAAUAACAGAUCACUCAAGCACAACUGUUUCCUUGGCAUGGAGUAGACCAAUUUAUGAUGGUGGAGCACUGGUCUCAGGAUACAUUGUUGAGGCAAAGGAAGUUAGUGAAGAUGAAUGGACAGUAUGCACUCCACCAACCGGUGUGCAAACAACUCACUUCACCGUCAAAACAUUAAAGGAAAAUGCAGAAUACAACUUCCGUAUUUGUGCACUAAAUAUUGAGGGGGCUGGAGAGCAUGUUGAUGUUCCAGGAUCUGUAAUUGCUGCUGAAAAACUUGAAGCUCCUGAGAUAGAACUUGAUGCAGAUCUUAGGAAAUGUGUGACUGUGCGUGCCAGUGCAACACUUCGAUUAUUUGUCGCCAUAAGGGGAAGGCCCGAGCCAGAGGUUAAGUGGACAAAGGCAGAUGGUACCUUACCAGAGCGGGCUCAAAUUGAAGUAACAGGCUCUUAUACUGUGCUUGUUAUUGACAAUGUUAACCGAUUUGAUACUGGAAAAUAUGUUGUGACCCUUGAAAAUAAUAGUGGCACAAAAUCUUCAUUUAUUAAUGUCAAGGUCCUUGACUCUCCAAGUGCUCCAGUGAAUUUUGAAAUUAAGGAUGUAAAGAGAGAUUAUGUCCAGCUACAGUGGGAGCCUCCACAAAUUGAUGGUGGAGCCAGGAUCACCCAUUACAUUGUGGAAAAGCGUGAAUCUAAAAGGCUGGCAUUCACAACUGUGACAAACAGCUGUGUCAGAAAUUCAUUCAAGGUUGAUGAUCUCCAAGAAGGAGGUCUUUACCACUUCCGUGUUUUGGCUGUGAAUGAACUUGGUGUUGGUUUGCCUGCAGAGACCAUAGAGGCUGUCAAAGUUUCCCAAGCACCCUUACCACCUGGUAAAAUUACAGUUGUUGAUGUAACUCGCCACACUGUUACUCUAGCAUGGGAAAAGCCAGAUCAUGAUGGUGGCAGCAAAAUCACAGGCUACACAGUGGAAAUGAUGACUAAGGGAUCAGAUAAAUGGACUGUAUGUGCUACAGUAAAGGCACUCGAAACCACAAUUGAAGGACUUACAACAGGAGAGGAAUACAGUUUCAGAAUUACAGCAGUUAAUGACAAAGGAAAGAGUGAUUCUAAACCCCUGGGAGCAUCUGUUGUGGCACGAGAUAUUACUAUUGAACCCAUUGUUGAUUUGCUGUUUAAUACCUACAGUGUGAAGGCUGGAGAUGAUCUCAAAAUAGAUGUUCCAUUCAGAGGCAGACCUCUUCCAGAGGUUACAUGGAAAAAGGAUGGUCACUCAUUGAAGCAAACAACCAGAGUUAAUGUUUUGACAUCAAAGACAUCAUCAAAGAUUGUCAUCAAGGAUUCAACAAGAGAGGAUGCUGGAAAAUAUGAAAUUAUUUUAACCAAUUCGAUUGGCAUUAAAUCAGCAGAAAUAUCUGUUAUUGUUCUUGAUAAACCAGGUCCACCAGGUGCAAUCAAGGUAGAGGAAAUAAGUGCUGAUUUUAUUUCACUAUCAUGGGACCCUCCAAUUUAUGAUGGUGGUUGUCAAAUUAAUAAUUAUGUAGUCGAGAAGAGAGAUAUGACCACUACAGCAUGGCAAAUUGUUUCAGCAACCGUUGCUAGAACAUCAAUCAAAGUAACUCGUUUGACACAAGGAACAGAAUAUCAGUUCCGUGUUGCUGCAGAGAAUCGUUAUGGAAAAAGCCAUGCAAUUGACUCUGCUCCAGUAGUUGCACAGUAUCCCUUCUCACCUCCAGGCCCUCCAACCAGUCUUCACAUUGCUCAAGCCACUAAAUCAGGAAUGCUAGUUACCUGGAACAGACCAGCAAGUGAUGGUGGCAGUCCCGUCUUUGGAUAUCACUUGGAAUGCAAAGAUCAGAGCAGCAUUCUCUGGGCAAAGAUGAACAGAGGGCCUAUUACAGAAACUCAGUUCAAGGUAACUGGUUUGGAAGAAGGUCUCUUGUAUCAGUAUAGAGUAUAUGCUGAGAAUAUAGCUGGCAUUGGACCUUGCACAAAGGCAUGUGAUCCUGUUUCUGCCCGAGAUCCAUGUGCACCUCCAGGUCAGCCAGUAGUUAUGAACAUCACAAGAACAUCUGUUUCUCUCUCCUGGGUAAUACCUGAGUUUGAUGGUGGAGCUAAGGUGACUGGUUACAUUGUUGAACGCAGGGAACUUCCAGAUGGACGAUGGUUAAAGUGUAAUUUCACCAAUCUUCAAGAAACAUUCUUUGACGUGACUGGUCUGAUGGAAGAUCAGAGAUAUGAUUUCCAUAUAAUUGCUAAGAAUGCAGCUGGCUUACUCAGUGAACCAUCAGAGGGUACAGGACCUGUGACUGUAAAAGAUGAUGUUGAUCCACCACGCAUCACAAUUGAGGACAAGCUAAGACAACUGGUUGUAGUGAAAGCUGGAGACAUACUUAGAAUUGAUGCUGAAAUAUCAGGACGUCCAAUUCCUGUGACUUCAUGGGCAAAGGAUGGGAAAGAAAUUGAAGCCAAGGCCAGAUUUGAGAUUUCUUCAACACUCACUAGUACAACAAUAAUUGUGAGAGAUGCCAUUAGACGAGACUCUGGACAGUAUGUUCUAACAUUGCAAAAUGUUGCAGGCACCAGAUCUUUGGCAGUAAACUGUAAGGUCCUGGACAGGCCUGGCCCAUCAGCUGGACCGUUGGAAGUAACUGGUUUGACUGCAGAGAAAUGUACAUUGAACUGGGGACCACCUCAAGAAAAUGGAGGUGCUGAAAUUCAGCACUACAUAGUUGAGAAACGUGAAACAAGCCGGCUUGCCUGGACUCUGGUCUAUGCAGAUAUGAAAGCCACAACAUGUAAAGCAACAAAACUGCUCAAAGGCAAUGAGUAUAUAUUUAGAGUUCGAGGAGUUAAUAAGUAUGGAACCGGUGAAGCUCUGGAGAGUGAUCCUGUUAAGGCAAUGGAUCCAUUUACAAUCCCUGCUGCACCUACAAAUGUUGAUGUCACCAGUGUUACAAGUGAAGCAAUGACAAUUUGCUGGGAAAGACCUGUCUCUGAUGGAGGCAGUAGUAUUUCUGGCUAUGUAAUUGAGAAACGUGAGAAAUCUGGUCUCCGCUGGGUACGUGUCAACAAAAAGCCUGUUUAUGACUUAAGAGUAAAAGCUUCCAAUCUCCGUGAAGGAUGUGAGUAUGAAUACAGAGUAUUUGCAGAGAAUGCUGCUGGUUUGAGUGCACCUAGUGCUGAAAACCAUGCUGGACUUAGCGACCCCAAGGACAUGGUUUUACCCGUGCUUGUAAAAGAUCAGCUGGAGGCACCUGAAAUUAACAUGAAGGACUUCCAACACAACACUGCCUAUGUUAAGGCAGGUUCAAAUCUCAAGAUUGAGAUCCCCCUCACUGGUAAACCACUACCAAAAGUAUCCCUAUCUAAGGAUGGACAGGUUCUAAAGUCAACCAUGAGAUUCAACUCAGAUGUGACAACUGACUCCCUUAUAAUUUCUUUGCGUGAGAGUGUUGCUUCAGACGCAGGCAGAUAUGAUAUCACGGCCUCCAACUCCAGUGGAACCACAAAGUCUUUUGUGAAUAUUGUGGUCCUUGACAGACCAAGCCCACCAGUUGGUCCUGUUGAAAUGUGUGAUGUCACAGAAGACAGUGUCAGUCUAAAAUGGUUGCCUCCUGCUUAUGAUGGUGGUAGCCCAAUCACCAACUACAUUGUUUUCAAACGUGAGACCACUACUGCAAACUGGAUAGAAGUCUCAUCUGCUGUUGCACGGUGCACAAUCAAGAUCAUGAAGCUGAUUAAUGGAGUUGAGUACCAGUUUAGAAUCAGGGCUGAGAAUCGUUUUGGCAUCAGUGACCACAUUGAUUCACCAACUGUUACAGUCAGUCUUCCAUACACACUCCCUGUGGCACCUUCACAACCAUGGGUAUCAACUGUAACAAAGGAAAGUAUUACUGUUAACUGGAAGGAGCCAUCUUCAGAUGGUGGAAGCCAUGUCUUUGGAUAUCACCUUCAGAUGAAAGACAGAAACAGCAUUCUUUGGCAGAAAGUUAACACUACUGUUAUCCGUGCUACACACUUCAAAGUAUCAAACGUGAAUGCUGGUCUGAUCUAUGAGUUCAAGGUUGCAGCUGAAAAUGCUGCUGGCAUUGGUCCAGUUAGCAAGCCCUCAGAUCCUGUGCUUGCAAUUGAUGCUUGUGAACCUCCAAACAGCCUUAGAGUCACUGAUAUCACAAAGAGUUCCAUUAGCCUUUCCUGGGAGAAACCCUCAUAUGAUGGAGGAAGUAAAAUUACUGGAUAUUUGAUUGAAAGGAAAGAUGGUCCAAAAGGCAGAUGGUCAAAAGCUAAUUUGACAAAUGUUACUGACACAAAGUUUACUGUAUCAGGCUUGACUCAGAAUGAAUCUUAUGAAUUCCGGGUCAUGGCUAAGAAUGCAGUUGGCUCCAUUAGUAACCCAUCAGCAACUGUUGGACCAGUCACAUGUGUGGAUACAUAUGGUGCCCCUGAGAUUGAACUUCCUCCAGAAUAUUUUGAUGUUGUGAAAUAUAAAGCAGGUGCUACAGUUCAGCUUAAAAUUGGUAUUAUUGCUAAACCUCAACCAACAAUUGAAUGGUACAAGGAUGGAAAAGAGCUUGAGUCUGGAGCUCAGAUUUCCAUUUCCAACACCACUGUGUUUGCAUGCAUCUCAAUCAGGGAAGCCAGCCGUUUGAAUAGUGGAACAUAUGAACUCAAGAUAAAGAACUCUUUAGGCUCAUCAUAUGCAGCUGUCAGAGUACUUGUCCAAGACAAGCCAGGACCCCCUGAUGGAGAGAUACAGUUCAAGAAAGUCACAGCAGAUACUAUGACUAUCAUGUGGGAUCCUCCAGCUGAUGAAGGUGGAGCAAUGGUUACCCACUACAUUGUGGAGAAACGUGAAACAAGCAGAAUUUUGUGGUCCAUUAUCUCAGAAAAACUAGAAGACUGCAUUGUCACAGUCCCAAGGCUAAUUAAGGGCAAUGAAUACAUAUUCCGUGUUCGUGGUGUAAACAAAUAUGGAGUUGGAGAUCCUCUGGAAUCUAGACCAGUAAUUGCACAGAAUUCCUUUGUUCCUCCUAGUCGGCCUUCUAAACCCCAAGUCACAAUGAUUACCAGGUCAACAAUGACUGUGGUAUGGGAAAGACCAAGUUUAGAUGGUGGCAGUGACAUUGAUGGAUAUUACUUAGAGAAGAGGGAGAAGAAAAGUCUACAGUGGUUCAAGGUUAUUAAAGAUCCAAUUCGUGAUACCAGACAGAAAGUCAGCAACCUCACAGAAGGAAAUGAAUUUCAGUAUCGUGUCUGUGCAAUCAACAAAGCUGGAGCAGGCCCAUAUUCUGAUGUGUCCAUCUUUUACAAAGCUUAUGACCCAAUUGAUCCACCAAGUGAGCCAACCAAGCUCAGAGUUGUUGAUUCAACAAAGACAUCUAUUACCCUUGGAUGGGUCAAGCCUGUCUAUGAUGGUGGCAGCGAAAUUACAAGUUAUGUUGUUGAACAAAGAAUGGCAGAUGAGACCGAAUGGGGCACUAUAAGUUCUAAAGGAGAAGUAAGAACAACUGAGUUUGUAGUGUCCCACUUGAAACCUGGAGUGUACUACUUCUUCCGUGUCUCUGCUGUUAAUUGUGUUGGAACUGGACAUUCAAUUGAGAUGGUGCAGCCAAUGCAAGCCAAAGAUAUUCUGGAGGAGGCGGAUGUGGAUCUUGACAUCUCAAUGUCAACUCAGUACAUAGCAAAGGCUGGUAGAGAUGUGGAGAUUGUAAUCCCUCUUAAGGGUAGACCUACUCCAAAUGUAACAUGGAGAAAGGGAGACAAAAACAUUAGUGGUGAUGCAAGAUAUGCCAUCAGAAACACAGAAUACUCAACUACACUCAUAAUUCCAAAGGUCACAAGGGAUGACACUGGCAAAUAUCUUCUUGAAAUUGAAAAUGGGGUUGGAGAGCCGAAAACCAUCACAGUGUCUGUUAAAGUAUUAGACACACCAUCUGCUUGUAAUAGGUUGAUAGUGAAGAAUGUGACACGAGGUAAACUCACCUUGAGCUGGGAACCACCCUAUAUAGAUGGUGGCUCUCCAAUCACAAACUACGUUGUUGAAAAGAAGGAUGCUAAGAUGAAGGCAUUCACCAUUGUGACAAAUGAAUGUGCCAAUACAACCUACAGGGUUGAUGGUCUGUCUGAAGAAAUUUACUAUUUCUUCCGUGUUUCUGCUGAAAAUGAAUAUGGUCUUGGUGAUCCUUGUGAGACUGCACAGCCUGUAAGAGCAACCGAGAUGCCUGGUGCUGUAAAAGGCCUUGUACUGGUGGACUCAACUAAUACAUCUGUAUCGUUGGCGUGGACAAAGCCUGAUCAUGAUGGUGGCAGUCACAUUUCUGAGUACAUUAUUGAGAAGAAAACAAAAGAAGAGGAAGCUUGGAGCAUUGGUGGUACAUGCAGGCGUUGCCAGUAUGAGGUAACUCACCUUAAAGAACUUUCAGAAGUUUACUUUAGAGUAUUCGCAAAAAAUGAGAAGGGUCGCAGUGACUUCUCUCAAAUUGGACCCAUCACUGUAAAGGAACUCCUUAUACCACCUGAGGCAAACCUUAUUGACUAUCCUAAUUCAGAAUUAAGUGUUCGCAUUGGACAAAAUGUGAAUAUUGAUUUGCCCUACAAGGGUAAACCUAAACCAACGAUUCAGUGGAUGAAAGAUGACAUGCCACUCAAGGAAAGUGAACAAGUUCGUUUCAGGCAAACAGAGAACAAGGCAAAUCUCAUUGUAAGAAAUGCUAGAAAGGAGAAUGCAGGAAAAUACACCUUGGUCCUUGAUAGUAAACUUGUCAAGAACUUCUUUGACAUUAAAGUCAUUACACUUGGGCCACCCUCUCAGCCUAUAGGUCCAAUUCGUUUUGAUGAAAUUAAAGCCCAGAGCAUUAUCAUCUCAUGGGAUGAACCCCAGGACAACGGUGGAGGCGAGAUCACCUGCUAUAGUGUAGAAAAGCGAGAGAAAUCUCAAGCAGCAUGGAAGAUGAUUUGCUCUAGUGUGGUCAGGACCACAUUCAAGAUACCAAAUUUGGUUAAGGGUACUGAAUACCAAUUUAGGGUGCGUGCAGAGAACAAAUAUGGAAUGAGCGAGCCUCUAACCUCAUUAGAUGUGGUUGCUCAACACCAAUACAAGCCACCAGGUUCACCAGGAAAACCUGUAGUAUUCAAUGUUACAAGUGAUGGCAUGACUGUUCAGUGGGAAGCCCCAGGAUUUGAUGGCGGUUCUCCAAUCACUGGAUAUCAUCUUGAGAAAAAAGACAGGAACAGCUUAUUGUGGAUGAAAGUGAAUUCCAGUGUUAUCUCUGGAAGAGAAUACAGAGUCAUUGGACUUAUUGAAGGUCUGGAGUAUUCAUUCAGAGUUUAUGCACAAAACAAUGCUGGAAUGAGUCCAGUCAGUGAACAGAGCAAGCACAAACUGGCAAUCUCCCCUGUUGAUCCUCCAGGCACACCUAACUGCAUUGAUGUUACAAGAGACUCUGUAACACUUCAGUGGGAACCACCGAAGCGUGAUGGAGGCAGUAGGAUUGUGGCAUACAGUGUUGAAAGGCGUCAAGGAAGAGCACGUUGGUUGAGAUGCAAUUUCAUUGACAUCAGCGAAUGUCAGUUUACUGUAACAGGUCUUGCUGCUGGUGAUCGCUUUGAAUUUAGGGUAAUUGCCAGGAAUGCUGUCGGAACAGUUAGUCCACCUUCUCAGUCAUCUGGCUACAUCAUGACCAAGGAUGAAAGUGUUAUCCCUGAGAUUCAGUUUGAAGCUGAGAAGACCCUCACCAUCAAGGCAGGAGAAAAUAUUAAACUCAACUGCAGUAUAAGUGGCCGCCCUGUACCUCAAGUCACAUGGUAUAAAGAUGGAAAGGAAGUUGAUAAAAUGCUGGUUGACAUCACAACUGUUAUUGGAUCAAGCUCACUGUUCAUCAGAGAUGCUGACCGCAAUGACCGUGGUAUCUACACAGUUGAGGCCAAGAACAGUUCAGGCACAACAAAAGUGGAUGUUCUUGUCAGAGUACAAGAUACCCCUGGACCACCUGAGGGCCCGCUCCGCUUCACAAAUAUAUCUGCAGAGAAAGCAACUCUUUGGUGGAGCCCACCUGAAAAUGAUGGUUGUGCACCUAUCACUAAUUAUGUAAUUGAGAAGCGUGAGACUUCCAGAAUUUCUUGGGCACUUGUAACAUCCAAGUGUGAAGCCUGCUCCUUUAAUGCCACAAAACUGAUUAAAGGCAAUGAAUAUCAGUUCCGUGUAUCUGCUGCCAAUAAAUUUGGUGUGGGCAAGCCACUAGAGUCUGAGCCAAUCAUUGCUCAGAUGCAAUACACGGUACCAGAUGCUCCUGGAACACCUGACUGCACCCAUGUGACAGGAAACAGUAUCACUCUAUGCUGGACAAGACCGAGACAUGAUGGUGGAAAUGAGAUUAAGCAAUAUAUUCUUGAAAGACGAGAAAAGAAGAGCUUAAGAUGGGUGAAGGUUUCUGCAAAGAGACCAAUAUCUGAGCUUAGGCAUAGAGUAACAAACCUUACAGAAGGAAAUGAAUAUGAAUUCCGUGUUAUGGCUGAAAAUGGUGCUGGAAUUGGACCUGCAAGUGGUACAUCCAGAUUGUUCAAAUGCAGAGAACCAACAAGUGCACCCAGUGCUCCAACUCUGGUGAAGGUAAUUGAUUCCACCAAGAUGUCUGUUACCUUGGAAUGGACCAAACCAGUGUUUGAUGGUGGUAUGGAAAUCAUUGGUUACAUUAUUGAGAUGUGCAAGGCAAGCCUCGAGGAAUGGCACAGAGUCAACAACCAGACUUGCAUCCACACACAUUACGCAGUAACAGAGUUAGAACCUGGUGAAGAAUAUAAAUUCCGUGUGUGUGCAGUCAAUGGUGCUGGCAAGGGAGAAUUCUCUGAGACUCCAAAUGUAGUUCAAGCAGUUGAUAGACUGACCUCACCUGAAAUUGAUAUAGAUGCAAACUUCAAGCAGACACAUGUUGUGAAGAGCGGCGGAACAGUUACACUUCAUAUUCCCUUCUGUGGAAAGCCAGCCCCACUUGCCACAUGGACAAAGGCAGAUGGAGAUCUUGGUGUAAUGGUGGAUAUUAAUACCACAGACACAUUCAGCACUUUGACAAUUGAAAAUUGCACCAGGUAUGAUGCUGGCAAGUAUACACUCUCUCUUGAAAACAACAGUGGUCGUAAAGCCAUUACAUUAACAGUCAAAGUGUUGGACACACCUGGCCCUCCUGGACCUCUCUCAUUCAAGGAUGUAACAAGAGGUGCUCUGACACUCAUGUGGGAUGCACCAUCCAAUGAUGGAGGUGCACGUGUUCAUCACUACAUUGUUGAAAAGCGAGAGGCAAGUCGGUUAAGUUGGCAAGAGGUCAGUGAAAAGUGUACACGUCAAAUAUUAAGAGUGGCCAACCUUGAUAUUGGUGUAGCAUAUUUCUUCCGGGUUAUUGCUGAAAAUCAGUAUGGCAAAGGUGAGCCAUUUGAAAUGAUGGAACCUAUUAUAGCCACAGAAGAACCUGCACCUCCUAAGCGACUGGAUGUCAUUGAUACUACAUCCUCAACAGCCAGUUUAGUAUGGAUGAAGCCUGAGCAUGAUGGUGGAAGCCGCAUUACUGGAUACAUUGUUGAGACUAGAAAGAAGGGUUCUGAUCACUGGGUUGUAGGUGGUCAAACCAAAUCUUUAAAAAUGGUUCUUGAAGGCUUGGUUGAGAACACAGAAUAUGAGUUCCGUGUUAAGGCUCAGAAUGAUGCUGGCAUUAGUCAGCCACGAGAUGCCCUAGCCUCUGUCAUUAUAAAGGAGCCACGUAUAGAGCCAACAGCGGAUCUCAGUGGUAUAGAUAAACAGCUCAUCACUUGCAAAACUGGAAAUUCCUUUGCAAUUGAUAUUCCAAUCAGUGGCAGACCAGCCCCCAAGGUAACAUGGAAGCUUGAAGAAAUGAAACUUAAAGAAACAGACAGAGUGUCGAUUAAGAUUUCUAAAGACAGAACAACUCUACUGGUUAAGGAUGCCAAGAGAGGUGACAGUGGAAAGUACUAUCUCACACUUGAAAAUGUAGCUGGAUCAAAAACAUUCACUGUCACUGUCAAUGUCAUUGGUAGACCAGUCCCACCAACUGGACCUGUUGAAAUUUCAGGAAUAUCAUCAGAAUCCUGUGUAUUGACUUGGGGAGAAUCUGCAGAUGAUGGUGGAACAGACAUAACCAAUUAUAUUGUUGAGAAACGUGAGUCUGGCUCCACAAAAUGGCAGGUUGUGAAUUCAAGUGUGAAACGGACCACCAUCAAAGUAACUCAUCUCACAAAGUACAUGGAGUACACUUUCAGAGUCUGUGCUGAGAACAAGUUUGGUGUUAGCAAGUCUAUUGAAUCUCAAGCUAUUGUUGCUGAGCAUCCAUUCAUCUCACCAAGCCCACCAACUCGCCCAGAUGUAGUUUCAGUGUCUGCUAAUGCAAUUUCUAUCCGCUGGGAUGUGCCAUAUCAUGAUGGUGGAAGCCAAGUAACUGGAUACUGGAUUGAGAAAAAGGAGCGUAAUACCAUUCUGUGGGUGAGGGAGAACAAGAUUCCUUGCCUUGAGUGUCACUACAAGGUCUCUAACCUUAUUGAGGGCCUCGAGUAUCAGUUCAGAGUAUAUGCAAUGAACAUCGCUGGUUUGAGUAAAGCAAGUGAACCAUCAAGACCAGUACUGGCUCUAAAUCCAGUUGAUCCACCUGGCAAACCAGAGGUUUAUGAUGUAACCAAGACGUCAGUGUCUAUUAAAUGGUCUAUACCAUUCAAUGAUGGUGGCAGCAAGAUUGUUGGAUAUGUGGUUGAACGCAAGGCAUUAAGUGAUAAUGAAGAAGCUCGUUGGUUGAAGUGCAACUACACUACAAUCACAGAAAACUUCUUUACUAUUACAUCACUCAGUGAGGGAGAGCAGUAUGAAUUCCGUGUCAUUGCCAGAAAUGGUGCUGGAGUCCACAGCAUGCCAUCUGAAUCAACAGGACUUAUCACAUGCAAAGAUGAAUAUACACCACCAAAGGCUGAGCUGGAUAGUAAACUUGUGGGUGAGACGAUCACUAUUAGAGCAGAAUCAGACCUGGUUCUUGAUGCUGCUGUUGGUGGAAAACCAGAGCCUAAGGUUUUUUGGGCCAAGGGUGACAAGGAGCUGGAACUCGGAGAGAAAUACUCACUGACAUACACAAGUACAAGAGCGAUGGCGAUCAUUAAGUCAUGUAAUAGAAAUGACACUGGAAGAUACAUCCUUACCGUGAAGAAUGCAAGUGGAAUCAAAACAGCUGCUGUCAAUGUUAAAGUACUUGAUACACCUGGUCCACCUGAGGGUACAAUAACAAUUAGCAGGGUCACAGAAGAGAAAUGCACAGUUUCCUGGAAGAUGCCAAUGGAGGAUGGUGGAGAUCGUGUCACUCACUAUAUUGUUGAAAGACGUGAGACCAGCAGACUCAACUGGGUCAUCAUGGAAGCUGAAUGCAAGUCUUUGUCUUGUGUCAGCACAAAACUGAUCAAGAACAAUGAGUACAUUUUCCGUGUCAGAGGUGUAAAUAAGUAUGGGCCUGGUGUACCCUUAGAGUCUGAACCAGUGAUUGCAAGAAAUGCUUACUCUGUUCCAUCACCUCCGGAAGCACCAGAGAUUACUGCUAUUGGAAAAGAACAUGUCAUUAUUGAGUGGCUGAAGCCAGAGAGUGAUGGCGGAAGUGAAAUCAAAAACUACCUUGUGGAUAAACGUGAGAAGAGUAGUGUUAGAUGGACAAGAGUGAACAAAACCUACACCAUUUAUGAUACACGCCUCAAAAUCACUGGUCUCCUUGAGGGUAGUGAUUAUCAGUUCCGUGUUGCCGCUGUCAAUGCUGCUGGCACCAGUGUUCCAAGUGAUGCAUCUCAGUACGCUCACUGUAGAGACCCAACAUAUACCCCAGCUCCACCAUCAGUUCCUCGUGUUACAGACACCACAAAGCACAGUAUUAGUAUAACAUGGACACGACCAAUGUAUGAUGGUGGAUCCGAUGUCACAGGCUAUGUUGUUGAAAUUCUGGAGGAGGGAACAGAGCAAUGGUAUAGAGCCACACAGAAGAUACUGACAAGUACUCAGUACACAGUAGCUGGUCUGACAAGUAACAAAAAGUACAGCUUCAGAGUGGCUGCAGUCAAUGCUAUGGGUACUGGAGAGUUCAGUGAAGGCAGUAUUGAGGCUGCACCUUCAGAAAGAGUCGAAAUUCCUGAUAUUGAGCUACCUGAUGAACUGAAGAAGACUGUUUGCAUCAGAGCUGGCAACACUUUACGUCUUCAUGUAACUACAACUGGAAGACCUGCACCAGUUGUUACCUGGAGAAAGCCUGGAAUUGACCUACAAUCCCGUGGAAUCAUAGAUACUACAGAAAACACUACAACUUUAAUAGUUGAGAAGGUUCAUCGUUACGAUGCUGGAAAAUACACAAUUGAGGCAGAAAAUCCAUCUGGCAAGAAAAUAGUUACCAUUCUUGUCAAGGUUUAUGAUACUCCUGGACCAUGUGGUGCAGUAAAUGUUAAAGAUUACACAAAAGAGUCUGUUGUAAUCACAUGGGAUGUGCCUACUGUUGAUGGAGGUGCUCACAUCAACAACUACAUAAUUGAGAAGCGUGAAGCUUCAAUGAAAUCUUACAAAACAGUUACAACAGAAUGCAAGAAGACAUUAUACAGAAUCACUGGACUGGAAGAAGGAACACAGUACUUAUUUAGGGUAUUGCCUGAGAACAUAUAUGGUAUUGGAGAACCUUGUGAAAUUACUGAUCCAGUAUUGGUUUGUGAAGUUCCAUCUGUUCCUCAAGAUCUGUAUGUAAUUGAUACCACAAAAUCUACUGUCAUUCUUGGAUGGGAAAAACCAAUUCAUGAUGGUGGCAGCAGACUUUCUGGCUAUGUUAUUGAAGCCUGCAAAACUGAAAGUGACCGCUGGAUGAAUGUCGCUAGUGCAAAACCAUCUGUGCUACAGCACACAAUUGUCUCACUGAAUGAAAAUGAGCAAUAUCUCUUCAGAAUCAGAGCUGAAAAUAGCAGAGGUGUCAGUGAGCCCAGAGAUCUCAUGACACCUGUAACAAUACAGGAACAGAAAGUCAUGCCAAAGAUUGACUUGACUGGCAUCCCACAAAAGAUUGUCAAUGUGCCAGCUGGUAAGCCAAUUGUGCUCAACAUUCCCAUUAAAGGUAGACCUGCACCAGUGUGUUCAUGGUUCUUUGGUGGAGUCAAGAUAAAGGACAAGCUUGACCGCAUCAAGAUUGAGACAACUGCUAAAUUUACUAAGCUGACAGUCCGUGAAACCACAAUUGAUGAUACUGGUGACUACACUCUUGAAGUGAAAAAUGUCACUGGAACAGCAACUGAGGUCGUCAAAGUUAUCAUUCUUGACAAACCUGGAGUACCUGUUGGGCCUAUGAAAAUUGAUGAGGUUGAUGCCAUAUCAGUGACCUGCAGCUGGGAACCACCACUGAAAGAUGGAGGUGCGAAUGUCAGUGGUUACAUUGUUGAGCAGCGGGAUGCGCAUCGACCUGGAUGGAUGCCAGUGUCUGAAUCUGUCACAAGACCCAUGUUCAAAUUUACAAGACUUGCGGAAGGAACUGAAUAUGUAUUCCGUGUUGCUGCAACAAAUCGUUUUGGUAUUGGCGGGUUCUUGCAAUCUGAAGUUGUUGAGUGCAAGAGUGCCAAAACUGUACCUGGAGCACCCAGCACACCUGAGAUACUUGAUGUGUCUCAUGAUGGCAUGACACUUACUUGGUCACCACCCGAGGAUAAUGGUGGUUCUACUAUCGCUGGCUACAUCAUUGAGCGAAAAGAGGCUGGAUCUGACAGAUGGAUUCGUAUAAAUAAGAAUACAGUGACCAUGACAAGAUACAGAGCCACAGGACUUAUAGAGGGUCUUGAAUAUGAAUAUAGAGUUACAGCAAUCAACUCUAGAGGCUCUGGAAAACCAAGUGCAAACUCUAAACCAACUAUUGCAAUGGAUCCUAUCGAGCCUCCUGGUAUUCCACUGAACCCAAGAGUCACAGAUACCACAAGAACAUCAGUUUCACUUGCUUGGUGUCCUCCGGAGGAAGAGGGAGGUGCCACUAUAACUGGUUAUCUAAUUGAGAUGCAGAAGGUUGACCAGGUUGAAUGGACAAAAUGCAACACAACACCAACAAAGAUUUGUGAAUACACUCUGACACACAUGCCUCAGGGAGCUGAAUACAAGUUCCGUGUGAUGGCAUGUAAUGCUGGUGGAGCUGGAGAACCAGCUGAGAUUCCAGGAGUGGUCAAAGUUACAGAAAUGCUUGAAUAUCCUGAUUUUGAGCUGGAUAAAAUCUACCAGGAAGGCUAUGUUGUCAGACAAGGUGGUGUCAUCAGGCUAUCUGUGCCCAUCAAGGGCAAACCCUUCCCAACAUGCAAGUGGACAAAGGAAGGUCGUGACAAUUCUCACAGAGCUAUGAUUGCAACCAGUGAAGAACGUACUGAGCUUGUGAUUAAGGAAGCCCACAGAGACGACACUGGCACCUAUGACCUUGUGUUGGAAAACAAAUGUGGAAAGAAGGCUGUCUAUAUUAAGGUUAAAGUUAUUGGGCGCCCAGAUCCACCUGAGGGUCCUCUUGAAUUUGAUGAUAUUCAGGCACGUUCAGUCAGAGUGAGUUGGAGACCACCCUCAGAUGAUGGAGGCUCUGAUAUCUUUGGUUACAUUGUGGAGAGGCGAGAGGUGCCUAAAGCAGCUUGGUAUACUGUUGACUCACGUGUGGUCGAUACAUCCCUUGUGGUCAAGGGACUGAAGGAAAAUGUUGAAUAUCACUUCAAGGUUACAGCAGAGAACCAAUUUGGCAUAAGCAAAUCCCUGAAAUCUGAUGAAUCUGUUACACCAAAGACUCCUCUUUGUCCACCAGAACCUCCUAGUUUCCCUCCAGAAAUCAUGGAUGUUACAAAGACCACGGUUGGCCUAUCCUGGUCAAGGCCAAAGGAUGAUGGUGGAUCUCGUGUAACUGGAUACUAUGUUGAGAGAAGAGAGGUUUCCACUGAGAAGUGGGUGCGUCAUAACAAGACUCAUAUCACAACGACAAUGUAUACUCUCACUGGUCUCAUCCCUGAUGCAGAGUACCAGUUCCGUGUGAUUGCUCAAAAUGAUGUUGGUCAAAGUGAGCCUGGACCUGUAUCCGAGUCAGUUGUGUGCAAAGAUCCAUUUGAUAAGCCAGGCCAACCCGGUGAGUUUGAUAUCAUCUCUAUAACCAAGGACAGCAUAACCAUUCAUUGGUUACGUCCUGAAUCUGAUGGUGGAAAAGAGAUCCUUGGGUACUGGAUUGAAUACAGGCAAGCAGGUGAAAGUGCCUGGAAGAAAUGCAACAAAGAGCGUUCAAAGGACAGACAGUUUACCAUGGGAGGACUCAUGGAAGCUACAGAGUACGAGUUCAGAGUGCUUGCUGAAAAUGAAGCUGGACUAAGUAGACCAAGAAGAACAGCAAUGGGCAUUAAAACCAAACUGAGUGUCGGAGAGGCUCCAUGCCUGAAAGAGGAAAUCAAAGAAAUUACCACUAAACUAGGAGAAUCUGGAACAAUGGCAUGCCAAAUUAUUGGAAGACCUCUUCCUGAAAUCAAAUGGUAUAGAUAUGGAAAGGAGUUGAUCCAGAGCCGAAAGUACAAGAUGAGCUCUGAUGGACGAAAUCACUCUCUAACAGUAUUCACAGAUGAGCAAGAAGAUGAAGGCUUGUACACAUGCAGAGCUAUCAAUGAGGCAGGUGAAAUUGAGACCAGUGGCAAGCUCCUGUUGCAGGCUGCACCACAAUUCCAUCCUGGAUUCCCAUUGAAGGAGAAAUACUAUGCAGGUUGUGGAACAAGCCUACGUCUCCAUGUCGUUUACAUUGGUCGCCCUAUUCCACAAAUCAUGUGGUUUUAUGGCAAGAAGCCUCUCAAUCCAUCUGAGAAUGUCAUAAUUGAAAACACAGAAAGUUACACUCAUUUAGUUAUCAGAAAUGUCCAGCGUAAGACAAAUGCUGGAAGAUAUAAAGUGCAAAUGAGCAACAAAUUUGGCACAGUGGAUACUGUUCUCCGUGUUGAAAUCCAAGAUAAACCUGUAAUACCUGAAGGACCAAUUGUUGUUGAUGCUCUCUUGAAGAGUUCUGUGAUCAUUAGCUGGAAACCACCCAAGGAUGAUGGUGGAUCAAUGAUCACGAAUUACAUUGUAGAGAAAAGUGAAGCAAAAGAGUGUGAACAAUGGCAUCUUGUGUCAUCAGCUAUCUCAGGAACCACAUGCCGUGUUCCAAACCUUAUUGAGAGUGCUGGAUAUUACUUCCGGGUUUCUGCACAGAAUCAGUAUGGAAUAAGUGAACCUCUUGAGAUUCCAUCUGUUGUCAUUAUCAAGAGUCCAUUUGAGAAACCUGGAGUCCCACAAAAGCCAUUUGUUUCUUCUGUAACAAAUGAUUCAUGUGUUGUUUCUUGGAAAGCACCAACCAGUGAUGGAGGUGCCAAAAUUAAGAACUAUUACCUUGAAAAAAGAGAGAAAAAACAGAACAAAUGGAUUGCAGUUACUACAGAAGAAAUCCAUGAGACAUCUUACACUGUUAAAGGCCUUCUUGAAGGUUUUGAAUAUGAAUUCCGUGUCAAAUGUGAAAAUAUUGGUGGAGAGAGUGACUGGAGUGAGAUUUCAGAACCAGUCAUUCCAAAAUCAGAUACAGCUCUCCGUGCCCCAUUCUUCAAGGAAGAAUUGAGAGACAUGUGUGUCAAAUACAGGGCAACUGCAACAUUUGUCACAAAGGUUAUCGGACAUCCCAUGCCAGUGGUUAAAUGGUACAAGAACGGCAAAGAAAUUUUACCUGAUGGAGAGAAAACAAAGGUCCAAGAAUUCAAGGGAGGUUACUUCCAAAUUGUUAUCAGCAAUGCUGAUGAGAAUGAUGCAGCUGUUUACCAAAUUAGAGCUACUAAUCAGCUUGGAUCAAUCUCAAAAAGUGUGAACCUGGAGGUUGAGGUUCCUGCCAAGAUUCACUUGCCAUUACAUCUCCAAGGCAUGGGAGCUGUUCAUGCCAUUCGUGGUGAAGUGGUUACCAUCAAGAUUCCCAUUAGUGGCAAACCUGAUCCUGUUGUGACUUGGCAAAAGGGACAAGAGAUGAUUAAUAAUACAGCUUACCAUCAAGUAAUUAUCACAAGAUCUUUCACCUCCCUGGUGUUCCUAAAGGGAGUACAAAGGAAGGAUUCUGGCUACUACAUAAUUUGUGCCAAAAAUCGAUUUGGUGUGGAUAAACAGACAGUUGAACUUGCUGUUGCUGAUGUCCCUGAUCCACCAAAAGAUGUUAAAGUCAGUGAUAUUGGCAGAGAUACACUCACCCUCACUUGGAGUCCUGGAAAUGAUGGUGGAAGUGAAAUUAUCAAUUACAUUAUAGAAAAGUGCCCUACCACUGGAGACAGAUGGAUUCGUGUUGCUCAGACAUCUGAAACCCAAUACACCUUGAUGAGUCUCUUUGGCAAAACAAAAUACCAGUUCCGUGUGAUUGCAGAAAACCAUUUCGGCUUGAGUGGUCCAUCUGUGCCAACUGAUCCUGUGACAACAAAAGAAGACAAGUUAGCAAUUCGAAACUAUGAUGAGGAAGUGGAUGAUACAAGAGAGAUUACAAAGGAGGAGGCACCACAUUCAAAAGUCAAACUUUUGCCAUCUCUGUACACAGUCUCUGAGGAACUUGCACGAAAUGGACAGUUUGGAAUUGUACAUCGCUGUGUGGAAAUUAGCUCCAAGAAGACAUUCUUGGCAAAAUUCAUCAAAGUUAAAGGUGCUGAUCGAGAACUGGUUGCAAGAGAAAUUGAGACACUCAAUAUUGCAAGACAUAAAAACAUUGUUUAUCUUCAUGAAUCCUUUGAUAGCCUGGAAGAAUACGUCCUUAUCUAUGAAUUCAUAUCUGGUAUGGACAUCUUUGAGCGUCUUGGUACUAAUUUUGACCUCACAGAGCAAGAAAUUGUUCGAUAUAUGAGACAAGUGUGUGGAGCCCUUAAGUUCUUGCACAGUCACAACUACUGUCAUUUUGAUAUCAGACCUGAUAACAUUGUUUAUUCUACAAGGAAGAGCAAUACAAUCAAGAUCAUUGAUAUGGGUCAAGCAAGGUUGCUUACACCUGGAGAAAACAUCAGGAUUCAGUUUACUGCCCCUGAGUACUGUGCACCUGAAAUCCACAACAGUGAUUUUGUCACCACUGCCACUGACAUGUGGUCUGUAGGUGUUCUUGCAUAUGUCCUCCUUAGUGGACUUAAUCCAUUUGCUGCUGAAUCACACCAGAAAAUGGUUGAGCACAUUUCAAGUGCAGAGUAUGUGUUUGACAGUGAAGCCUUUAAAGAGACCAGCCUUGAAGGUAUGGACUUUGUCGACAGACUGUUGACUAAAGACCGCAAGCUACGUAUGACUGCCUCUGAAGCUUUGGAGCACCCUUGGCUCAAGAUGAAAUUGGAACAUGUUAGUUCAAAGGUCAUCAAGACUUUGAGACACAGAAGAUACUACCAAUCACUGGUGAAAAAGGAAUGGAGCACUGUUAUUUCAGCAGCACGUGUUGCCUAUGGUGGUGGCUACAGAAACCAGAGAAAUGUUUCUAUUGGCAGAGUGAAAGUUGGACAUCCUGAACAAGGCUUGAGAGCGGGUCCUGUCAUGCAUUGCUCUGCUGAAGAGGGAGGACAUAUCAGGUUUGUGUGCUACAUUGAGAACUACAACAGAAACACCGAAGUGACCUGGUACUUUGGUUCCCGCAAACUGACUGCAAGCCACAAAUAUGAAAUCAGUUAUGCUAAUGGAGUUGCUAGCAUCUAUGUUAAAGACAUUGAAGAAUGUGACGAUGGAUUUUAUAGAUGCAAGGUUGUCUGUGAAGAUAGGGAGGAUAGUGCAUAUGCUGAGUUGUUUGUUGAGACAGUUAGGUCCUACCGAGAAUACUAUCUGGGACGCUCGCUCAAGAAACCAAGGCGUAGAAUUGACAAAACAAAAAUUUUGCAGAGGCCUCCAGAGUUUACUUUGCCAUUGUACAACCGUGCAGCAUACAUUGGUGAAGAUGUGCGCUUUGGUGUAACAAUUACAGUCCAUCCAGAGCCAAGUGUAACAUGGUUAAAGGCCGGGCACAGGAUCAAACCAGAUCCUACAAAAUACACAUUCACAAGUGACAAGGGUCUUUAUCAACUCAUGAUACACAAUGUUGAUCUCAGUGAUGAUGCUGAAUACACUGUUGUAGCAAACAACAAGUUUGGUGAGGACAGUUGCAAGGCCCGUCUCACUGUAACACCACAUGUUGUUGCUGAGGACAAUAUGAGACCAAUGUUCAAACGUCUCUUAGCUAAUAUUGAGUGUGUUGAGGGUCAAAGCGUCCGCUUUGACUUAAGAGUAUCAGGAACCCCUGCUCCAACUCUGAAAUGGGAGAAAAAUGGGAAACCUCUUGAGUUCAGACCACAAGUUGAAGUAAUUCAAGAGGAUGUAGAACAUCAUGUUCUACAUAUCAGAGAAACCCUCAUAGAGGAUUCAGGCACAUACAGAGUCACUGCAACAAAUACAGAUGGAUCAGCAAGUUGUCAAGCUUCUCUCAAAGUUGAACGCCUAACAUACACAAGGAGGGAGUUCAAGAGUGAGGAAGAGAGGCAGACGUAUGUAAGGAACCAAAUAGAAAAGACACUGAAAAUGGCGCAACAGUUCUCAACGGCAGAGGUUGUUACACUUAACCCUGUAGCACAGGAAGCUUUGAAUGAAGCUGCUGAAUUAUAUAAACCUGCAUUCAGCACCAAAAAUGUGCAGGGUGAGUUUGACAUCUCUAUUAAAGAGGAUCAAGAACUAAAGAAAAUAAAAGAGGAAGAGAAGAAGAUACGUAUGCCUUAUGAAAUCCCUGAAGCUCGUGCAUAUGAUCCAACUGUUCUCAGUGAAGAUAAGUUGAUCAAACACUUUGUGCCCCUAUCUGACAUGAAAUGGUACAAGAAACUACGUGACCAGUAUGAGAUUCCUGAGAGAAUGGAAAGAAUUGUCCAGAAGAGACAGAGGCGUAUUCGUCUUUCCAGAUGGGAGCAAUUUUAUGUCAUGCCACUGCCUAGAAUAACUGACCAGUACAGACCAAAGUGGCGCAUUCCUAAACUUACACUAGAUGAUUUAGAAAUUGUUCGACCAGCAAGAAGAUCACCAUCCCCUGAGUCAGAGGCAUCAUUCAGACUGAGAAGACGCUCACUAGGAUAUCUUUCAGAUGAGGAGCUCCUCGAGGGUGAGGACUAUCUGACAAUGAAGAGAACUGAAAAAGAAAGGCAAGAGCUUGAAGAAGAACUUGAACUUGGCUUCUCUGCCUCUCCACCCAGUGGAAGCCCCGUCCGCUUUGAGCUGUCUGCACUGCAUCAUGCUUCACUCAGACCUGUUCACAAAGCUGAAGUGAGACGCGUAGAGACAAAACAUGUAACAACAACUGAGCAAGCUCGGGGCUCUCCUCCUCCCAUUUCAUAUUUCAUGAGGAGGAGGAGAUCAUUGUCUCCAACAUACAUUGAACUGAUGCGUCCUGUCUCUGAACUCAUCAGAAAACCUCGUGCCCGCAUCUCAACAGAGGCUGAAGUUGAAAUUAUUGAAAGAAGAUCACCCACCCCUGAGAGGACACGUCCUCGAUCACCAAGUCCUGUGUCAACUGAGAGAAGAUCUUCCAGAUCCUCCUCUAGAUUUGAAAGGUCUGCAAGAUUUGACAUCAUGUCUAGAUAUGAAGCAAGAAAAGCAGCUCUCAAAUCUGAGCGCAAGUACCAGGUUGUGACACAACAGCCCUUCAGUCUUGACCAUACUCCACGUAUCACAGUAAGAAUGCGUUCUCACCGUGUACCAUGUGGACAAAACACUAAAUUCACAUUGAAUGUUCAAUCAAAGCCAGAUGCUGAUAUCCAGUGGUUCCAUAAUGGACAACAAAUACAAGAGAGCAGCAAAUACCAGUUCACAAAUAUGAGUGGAGUCCUGUCUCUUCAGAUUAAUGACUGUCAGGAAGAGGACAGUGGCACAUACCGUGUCGUCUGCACAAAUUCAAAGGGUGAGGCAUCAGACUAUGGAGCUCUUGAUGUUUCAGGUGGAGCAUUUACUACGUACUCUUCAAGACGUAGAGAUGAAGAGGCUCCAACACCAUUUGUACCUGAUAUAACAAAAACUGAUUGUUAUCAUUCAACAACAAUCAGAGCUUCCUCUGCCUCAAGAACUCACUUGGAGAUCAAAGAAACCAAAACUAAAUUGACAGAAAGACGUGAAGUUUCUGCCUUUGAAAAGUAUGAAUCGCAGAAGCUUGCAUCAUCUCCAAUUAGAUAUGCAUCCGCUGAAUACCUAUCAUCAGCUUCAUAUUCAUCAUCUGAAAGGCAUACAACAUCAAAGAUAAAAGAAUCAGAAACAACAUCUGAAGUUUCAGUAAAGAAAGUGAAAGCUACUCUUUCAGCCAAAAUACUCACAAAACCACAGUCUCUGACUGUAUCUGAGGGUGACUCUGCACGAUUUGUCUGUGAUAUUGAUGGAGAGCCAGCACCAAGUGUCACAUGGAUGCAUGAGGGAAGAACAAUUGUCUCUUCACACCGUAUCCAUGUGUCUACAACACAAUAUAAGUCUACAUUUGAAAUUUCAUCAGUUGUGUAUUCAGAUGAAGGCACUUACACUGUAGUUGUAGAAAAUUCAGAAGGAAAGCAAGAGGCAAGGUUUACCUUAACUAUUCAUAAACAAAUAAUUAAAGAGGAAGGUAUGCUUACACAAGUGAAGCCACCAGAACCCUCAGUGACAUCUCCAGUGCCAUCAGUUAAAUCUCCAGAGCCAUCAGUUGCAUCUCCAGUGCCAUCAGUAAAGUCUCCAGAGCCCUCUGUGAAAUCCCCAGUGCCAUCAGUAAAGUCCCCAGAGCCCUCUGUGAAAUCACCAGUGCCAUCGGUAAAGUCCCCAGAGCCCUCUGUGAAAUCACCAGUGCCAUCAGUAAAGUCCCCAGAGCCCUCUGUGAAAUCACCAGUGCCAUCGGUAAAGUCUCCAGAGCCUUCGGUAAAGUCUCCUGUUCCCUCAGUGAAGUCUCCAGAACCCCAAAUUAAAUCACCAGAACCCACUGGUGUUAAAUCUCCUGAACCUCGAAUUAAAUCUCCAGAGGGUGUCAAAUCCCCAUUGAAAUUGAAGUCACCAGAGCCAGCUGCCUCUCUUCAGAGGGUAAAGUCUCCACCUCCUAUUAAGUCUCCUGAACCAACCACCCCUCAAAGAGUAAAGUCUCCAACAGCUCUGAAGUCUCCUGAGCCUAUAGCUUCACCUCCCAGGGUAAAAUCCCCACCUCCAAUUAAGUCUCCUGAGCCGGUUGCAUCCCCUCUGAGAGUUAAAUCCCCUACAGGACUUAAGUCUCCUGAACCUCAGAGAGUCAAAUCCCCACCAACAGUCAAAUCUCCUGAGCCGAUCAUGUCACCUAAAAGAGUUAAAUCUCCACUUACAGUGAAAUCCCCAACCCCCUCAAAGGAAGCACCACCAAAGAUCAUUCAGCAACUCAAAGCUGAAGCUUAUGAAGACAAAAUUAAGAUGAUCUUUGUUGCAGAGAGCUCAGUAAGAGAAGUUGUGUGGUACAAGGAUAGCAGAAAACUGAGUCAAAGUAGUCGGUUUCAGAUUCAUUCAUCUGCAGAUGGAACUUGCUGUCUCUAUAUAUCUGAUGUCUCAGAGAGUGACCAAGGGGAAUACUCCUGUGAAAUCAUAAGUGAAGGAGGAGCAGUGUCAAGAACAUCAUUCUCUUUUGUUGGUCAAGUGUUCCAAGCAAUCUACACAAAAGUAACUGCAUUCGUGGCUACACAAAUGGCAGUUCAAGAAUCCAUGUCAUCCCAAAUACGUGGGGGAAGCGAAAUGAUUCUUAAAAGGGACAGUGCAGCUGUUAGCAGUGUGCAUGAAAGCUUUUCUUCUAAAUCCAUCCAAAUGGAGAGCACAAUGCAAGAGGCAUCCUUCAGCAGUUCUUCAAUGGCUGAGAUGAAAUUUGAAACUAUGUCAAUGUCUAGCAUGUCCUCUAUGACAUCGGAGUCAGUAUAUGCAGUGAGCUCAAGUAGUAUAAUGUCAAGUCAUUCACAUGUUGAAGAAUCUUCAGUUAGAGCAGCCCUCCACAGUGCUCAAGGCUUGGCUCCAAGAAUUGAAGCUCUUCCCGAAGAUAUCAGCAUCGAAACUGGAAAGGUUCUAACAGUGGCCUGUGCUUUCUCUGGAGAGCCAGCACCUCGUAUUGAGUGGUCACGUGGUGGAAAGAAACUGCCUGGCGAGGAAGAAAGCAGUAGGUUCCAUAUCGAGACAACAGAGGACCUAACCACACUCAUCAUCACUGGUGUGAAAGAGAGUGAUGCUGGGACAUACACACUCAAACUGUCCAAUGAGCAUGGAUCUGACAUGGCAACUGUUACCAUCAGCAUUCGAUCAAAGUAAAGCCAUAAUUUCUAUCCCCACCCCUUCCUUUAUGAAGCGACUUUUGUAUUUAUUAAAUGAACGGAGAAAAAGUCUUGAUAAAUACCUGGAUAUCUGUUCCUGUAAAUAUAAACUAUUUUUAUACCAAACUUGACAUUCAUUUAUGCCAAUCUAGACUAAAGUCUAAAGUUAUUAUAAAAUAUGCCAUAUUGGAUAAUUAUGACUUAGGAUUUUGAUCCAUUUUUCUGUGACAUGUACAUAAUGUAUAUAGCCGAAUUUAACGGUUAUGGAAAAUGUAUGAAUUGUUAUUUAUAACAAUAUUAACUGAAACAAAUGGAACUAAAUGUUUAUCAGGAGAAAGUUUCACAUGGAACGAAUACCUUGAUAAACCUGAAACUAAACUCUGUGCCUCAACAAUAAGUUGAAGUCUUAAGAUUGCCUCAACAGGUAGAGAAGGCUCCCUGUUGAAGUUAACACUAAAUCUAAGAGACUAAGUUAUACCUGCAUGUUUACACGUGCAGUGAUAUUAUAAGCAUACUCUUAUGCAUUGUUACUUGAACGUAAGGCCUUGAGUGCUGUUUGCGUUUUACCCUCAUGCAAGCAGGGCGACUAGGCCUUGUGUUUAGACUGACUAUGUCAUACCACCAUUUUAAUGACAAGCUCAAUGUGCGAGCGGCCUGCACUUUAUGAGCAAACAUUUUUAAUGUGCUCUGUUUCUGGCAAGGGACUGCUUGAAUAAACUUUCAAAAUUAACAUCUCCUGGCCAAUAAGGAAAGUAUAUCUUGUACUUCCUUGCAGAAGCAGAGCCUCCUCUUGGAGGAUUGCUUUGAAGCAUUGUGUGUUUGUGUGUUAGCUUUAGAAUUCACCUUGUCAGUUGUUGGGCAAACAUCAAGAAAGUGUGCCACAGCAACUCCACCUGCUGUGCAAUGGGAAAGAAAUGGUUUAGUACCUAAAUGCCCUGCACUUUGGUUUGAUUUUAUGUAGAAUUGUAGUAUUAUCUAUAUAUGCAACCUCCUUGAGUAUUAAUGAUUCAAUAAAGCAUGUUCUCAGCACUAAA